CCUGCACAGGUGGGAGCCAAAUGUGGCUUUCAAAAGCGGCAUGACUGCCUGCCUUCCAGUUAAAACAACAACAACAAAACCCAUUGAAAUAACUAGGAAUUAAAGUAAUGCUGUUUAAGAGGCUCAGACCCCCGUAUGUUCUAAAAUGGAGUGGAAGGAGAUAGGGAAGAAACAUGGGCAGGCCGUUUCUUCAGCUGCGAUCAGGUAAGUCAGGAGCAGCUAGUGCAAGCCUUUCAUUCAGGUACGGGGUUAUUUGCAUGCUACCAUGUCAUUUAUUACAAGGCAACUUGCAUGUAAAAUUGUUUCCAUCUGUGACAACUUGGAUGCCACCAUUAAAGCAGGGUCAGUACAGGGGGAAUUUCUAUCAGCGCCUUGUUUACUUUCUUGCCUCAAUAUCCUCCUCGUUUAUCUUUGUGGCCUAUACAAUCCCAGGCAUUUUAGAGUCAUGUCCAUCUUGGCCAGAGAUAUCCAGUCAGGAGGGGCUGAUUUCUAUGCCAGAAAUGGUCACAUUUCCGUAUUAGAAUAGUGCAUUGGUCUAAUGUUUUCUUAAUGGAUUUAGGCAACAAUCUUAACCCAAUUUACCUGGGAGUAAGCCCCUCUGAAUUCAGUGGGGUUUACUUCUGAGUAGACAUAGUUAGGCUUGUGGUGUUAAUUAUUGAAAGCAUUUAUAUGUAUCUCUCAAAAAAGUUGGAAGUCGUUUAUAAAUUGAGUUCCCCACUGCUAUGGGAAAGCACAUCUUGGUUUAAGAAGGCCUUAGUUUAAGAACAGACUUCCAGAACGGAUUAAGUUCGUAAACCAAGGUACCACUGUAUACAAAUUAAAGCAAUUGUGUGAAAACAUGAGCUAAGCAAGCCAGCAGAGGGUGCACAGAGAAAGACUCCCCCCCCCCAAAAAAAAAGAUUUUGUGCACGCUGCUUGGAGUUCCAUCACAGAAGGUGGGACAGCAGGAUUAAAAAAUAAAACCGAGAAAACAUGCGGGAAGACAUGAACUAAGCAAGCCAGUAGAGGGAGUACAGAGAUCACUGUUUUCUGAUCCUCCAGUAAAAGCGCAUGUAAUAAUUUUUCCUCUUGUAAGUAUCCAUGUCUUACUCUCACCCAUGUAGAAGGGGCAUGCAAACAACUACUUAAACAAGUUGUAUCAGAUGCAUCCUGGUUAAUGAAAUUUGCACUAUAGGAGCUGUGUACAUGGUUUAAGUUAUCUUCCUUUCCUUGGAAAAGCUGGGUGCAUGAGUACCAUAAGAAUAUUGGAUUUAUGUCAGUGUACUGUAUAAACCUUGACAUAAAUCUCUGGCUAAUGCUGUUGGUACUAUUAUUUGUAUGCCUUUUGCCCCUAGGCUUCAAGAGUGGGUUACAACAAUAAAUACAAAACCAUCAAAUAUGAAAAUAAAUUCAGUUAUCUACAUUCUGUGGUCCUAGCAUAUUGACUAUCAAAGGCCUGUUGAAUAAUACACAUUUGAAACAAGGCAGGGUUUCUGCCAGCUGUAUACCAAGGGGAGUGGUGUGCCCUAGUUGAGAAGACCCACUGUCAGGUUACUGCUUCUUGAGGUUUGCUUACAGAUGGCACUACUAGCAAGACCUUUCCAGCAGCUUUCAAAUCACAGGUUGGCUGAUACAGGGAGUUUCUUUCUCUAAAAGCUAUCUCCAGUAAAUCCACCUGUUUCUUCUGCCUACUGGUUCACAUUCUAAUUCCUCACUGGAGUUGUUGUUGCCAGCUACUUGGAUAGCUGAUCAUCCACAGAGAGACCAGUUUGGGUCUCAGAGGGUGGGAGCAAAGAUUCACAGUAAGAGCCAGAGGCCCACUCUUUUGCAUUCUGGGAACAAGCACUAAUCACGACUACGUAUCUUGCCAAUUCAAACAAUGCCAUGCUGCCAAAAGAAGUGUGAAAAAUUAGUUAAACAAUACAGAAUAUUUGGAAACUCUUGUUUGGCACAUGGGUAGUGUCACAUACUACAUUUUUCAGUUUGUUCCUGCUUGGACAGUGUACACAAUAACAGUGUUAAUGUUAGAUGAUACAGAAAUGACUAACUGCAUUUAAUCUUCAACCUCAUUCUUAGCCGUUCAGUAACCAAAUCAGAUUCCUAUCUGUGUUUAACUCCCUUCACCCAAGACUCCUCCUCAUUCCUUUCUGGAACAGUUGUAGCAAAGAGGGCCAUUGCUUGUAAACCCAUCUGUUCAUCUCCUCUUACUGAAUAUUUAAAAUCUAGAAAGGAAUUCCUGGUUAAUCCCAAUUGCGCAAACACAAAAACUAAGGAACGUUGUUGUUGGAGAAAGGCACUUGGAAGUGCAUUUUACUGCUAAAUAAUCUUGGGGAUCUUUUUUUGGACUGUGUUUAUGCAGAUUGGUAGGCAAAAGACUGCCCCUGCCCCAUGAUAUCAGCCUGCCUGAUCUCUGGAGAGAUCCUCCCCAAUGCCCUGCCUUUAUCUGAGGUGCAUUUGAUAGAAAAGAGGCUGUUCUUCAGGUCAGCACCUACCGGUAGGUUGCUGAAUUCCAUCCCCCAGAAUAUUUUUAUAGCUUUCUAAUACCUUUUUGUUUAGGCAGCCAUUUCAUCUGAGUCGACUGAUUACUUUUUGCAUUGUUGGGUUGCUUUCUAAAACCUCUAAAUUCAUUUUAUUUUAAAUCAGUUGUUUUAUGGCCUUGUCUUGGGCAGUAUCUAAAUAACACUUCCUUGUCAGCGCAAGGAUUUAAAGUUAUGCAACAGAAUUUUCUCCAUGCACCCCCGAAAUCUAUUCUAGGGGUUCCCCCAACCCUCCAGAAUAGAUCUGGGGAGAAUGUGUGGUUCAUGAGGGGAGUGUUCAGUUGCACAAUUGUAAAUCCUUGCAUGGAUGGGAUGCAUUCGUUGAAUACCACCUUUCUUUAAUGGAAUCCCUUAUUUUAUUGUGAGCCACCUAAAGUGCUGUGUGUUCUAAAAGGUGAGCUAGACACCUCCACACCAUACAUUUAAAGCACAUGUAGACCACUUUAACAGUUAAAGAAUCCUGGGAGCUGUAGCUUAACCCCAAGAGAGCUGCAAUUCUUAGCACACAUAACUCCAGUUCCCAGCUUCUUCGGUGGAAGCCAUGUGCUUUAAAUGUAUGGUGUGUGUGUAUUUAUUUAUAAAUCUUAUAAAUAAAAAUGAAUGAUACCUCAUAAGUAAUAGCAGCAUAGCUUCUAAGUCUCAUCUUAGUUAUGGAAUUUAAAACAUAUUUUGUCGCAUUGUGCAAAAUAUGAGCAAGCCAGGGCUGAACUGAUACUAGCCUUGCUGGUACCUUUCCCGGGAAAAUCAGAGGCUCACUAUGUCAGGUUCCUACUGGAAGACCGGACAAAUGCUAGAACAUUAGCAGUGGCAAAGUUUUUAUAGGUGGUUGCAAGAACAAAUGAUCCCUAUAUUCUAAACAAAAUGCUUGUUUAACUUGGAGGUAGGCUGUAUGAAUUGUGUACUGCUUUGUAAUGAUUUGUUGGGUCUCUGGACCGUAAUAAAGGUUGAUGAGUUAUGGAAUUAUUAUUAUAUGAAGUGCUCUGUAUCAGAAAGCCACAGUAAAACUGUGUAGCUCUCCUGUAAUUAUUUGGAACCUGCUCUCUUGUUUGCAGAGAUGGUCUUUGUACCUCUAUUGUUACUUGCAUAUGAAAGCAAUAAUUACAGAACUGAGGAACUUUGGGAGUGUGGGGAUGAGAGAGGAUUAAUUUCUGCCCAGCUAUGCCCAUAAAAUGAGAAAGGAUAGUUGUGGGUUAGAGGUUUAGGGCCUUAGAAUAAGGUUCCCUACAGAGGCCACAUGUCCUUUGCAUUUGGUCCUUGUGGUCUUCCCUAAAACUGCUGCAGAUAAGUCAUUUUUCCCCUUUUGAAGCUGAGCUAGCAGUAGUGCUGCCAAGAGCUCCAGCUGAAGAGCAAAAGGUCUUGGAACUGUAGCUUGCGGAAAAUCUAUGUCUUCUCUCCAUUCAUUCUGGAAUAGUGCCAAGGGUGAACUAAAGCCAAAUGUAUGAGAUGCCUUAUUCAAGAAAUCAACAUUUGUUGUGCAACACACACACACACACACACACACCCUUAUCACAGCACUGAUGUAGGAAACUUCCUGUAACCACGGCAACAUGUUAGAUUUUACUUUCAUUUGAAAGUGUUAUCUUGUACUUAAAGUGUUGGCUGUGAAAACUGGGGGAUCAGUUUGUUCUACAGUCAAAACUUCCUGGAUUUGAGAGAGGCUUCCCAUGGAAAAGAAAACCCCAGCAUUUCUGUUAAAUCUCUCCACCAAACUCAGAAAAGUCUUACUUGUUUAUUUAAAAGAUACCAUUUCAAAUGUAACUGUGUGUGUUUUAAUUUAUUUUUCUUCCUCCAUUUGCCUCUUACUGCCAAAUGAAUUGUAAAGAGUGCAAGUCUAUGUACUCAGAAGUAAGUCCCGUUGAAUUCAGUGGGACUGAAUUCUCACAUGCCUAGUAUUCAAGUUGAAAUGGAUUGCCUGGGUUUCCCCAUUACUGAAAACAUUUCAUGUUUUAAUUUCAUUGAUUAAUUUCAGCAUGUGUGCAGAGUGCCCAGAGAAUGGUCAGAAUGUAUAGGACACUUCAUUAAAUAUAAAAAAAUAUUUCUACUAUAAUCAUAAUAAUUUUAUUGAAGUUUUCCAUGGUGUUCAGAAGCCAAGAAAGCAUCCAGAAAGUCUCUAGGUAAUAUCAGUCUCAGCAUUCCCCCAUGUCCCAUGACAAUAGAAUUGAUCCAAAGUGAUGCAGUUUUCCAUCCCACUGGUUUAAAUGGGAAAGGAGUAAGUAUGUCGGAACAUAGAAAGCAGAAUCAGACCACUGGCCCAUCAAGUUUAGUAUUGGCUACACUGACUAGCAGCAGCUCUCCAGGGUUUCAGACCAGAGACUUUUCCCAGUCCUACUUGGAGAAUGAACCUGAGGUCUUUCUGCAUAGAAAGCAGAUAUUCUAUCCCUGACUUGUAGCCCUUCCCCCAAUAGAAAGUCCUAUUGACUUUUAAUUAAGAAUGCUAAUAGGGUUACCGUUACCUGAAUCACAUCCAUAAGCAGCAAGACAAGUUUGUUAUGCAAUUAUAAGAAAAAUCUUCCCUUCAGGGGCCUGGGAGCUUUUCUCCAUCAAGCUAAUAGGGGUGUUUUUUUGUUGAGAUCGGGACCAGGAAAGGAAUUGUAAAAGCUCUCCUCCUUGCAUGCUGCACUUCCAAAAAAAGUUACAUGCAGUUAGUGUUUUUAAGCAUAGUUUCAAAUGAUGAUGUGCUUAGCAUCUCUUCCAGUUUGGUUCUUCGACUGUAACGUUCCUCAGGACAGGAACCUGCCCUUUGUGCUUUAUAGUGUGUCAUGAGCAUUGAUAUUAGUAUCAGUGGACUUAAACGUUUGUGGAUGCCUUUUUCCUUCUAGCCAUGAGCUGAUCCAAUGUAUAGAAUACACAUUUGGAUAGCCCAUACUUAAUGUACAACUUGGUAUUUAGGUUAUCUGAAGCAACUAAUGCAUUUUUUAAAGAUGCAUUUUUUACACGCGCAAUCACUUAAGAAGGACAGUUAAGGCUGAAAGCCCGUGCAAUCCUGAAAUAAGCAGGGCUUACUUCUGAGCAAUCAUGCAUUCAGCUGAGCUCUAAGUGGUAUUCUUUGUAAUGUUCUGGAGAAUAUGCUUUCAAUCCCCACCUAACAAUUACGUUAAUAUCAGGGGUGCAGUGAAAAUUAGCAUAUAAAUCGGAUUCAGAAUUUCAUCUGAAACACCUCUCUCUUCACCAAUAGGGUUGCUAGCCACUAAAGUUGAGAUUGUGCCUGCUACUUUAAAAGCGCAUGAAGACCCUAACUGUUAUGUUCCUCUUUCACGUGAUGUAAAAGCCAUUACUGGAACAACAGUGGAAUACACUGCAAGUUUAGUGCUCAUUUCUGUGCUCUUUGCUUCCGUUAAUAAUCUAUUUGCAGAUAAUAUGGAAAUGAGUGCUAAACUUGUGCUAUAUUCCCAUAUAGUUCUGGAAGUGGCUUUUACAUUGUGUGAAAGCUCAAAUAGAAUGUAGAAAUUAACAGGGAAAUGUGAAAAUGGAAUAAACUGUCAUGUGAAUGCAGUGCUUGAUUUCUUUUUUGUUUAUUUAUAAUUUUCAUUUAUGUGUAUUACAAUUAUUCAAUCAUAGUUUUAGCAUUUCAAACUCCGACUCCCUUCCCCUUCUUUCUGUGAUUCUUUACAUUUCUUUUCAUCUUCCUGCAUAUUCCAAAUUAUCUCAACAUAUUCUUUUAUAUAUUCCCGUAUAUAUCCAUAUAUAUUUUGAAACUGCAGGUUUUUACAUUAAUCCUGAUUCCUGCCAAUGUCUUAAUCUGUUUACAGUUUGUUUGUAAAUAAUAAACUAUUUCCAUUCCUUUCUUUAAAAAAUGUUAUCUUGAUUUCUUAUUCUCCCGGUAAGUUUCACCAUUUCUGCGUAGUCCAUUAACUUCUGUAUCCAUUCUUCUUUCUUCGGGACCUCGUAUUCCUUCUAUUUUGGGGCAAGUAACAUUCUUGCAGCUGUGGUUUCGUAUAUAAAUGCAUUUCUAUAAUGUUUAGGUAGUUUUGAUCCCAUGAUUCCCAAAAGAAAAGCUUCUGGGUUUUUUUAAAAUAAAUGUUAUCUUAAACAUCUUUUUCAAUUCAUUCUAUAUCAUUUCUCAGUAAGCUUUAACCUUAUUACAAGACCACCACAUAUGAAAAAAAUACCUUCUUUCUCUCUACAUUUCCAGUACAUAUUCAAUUUGGAUUUGUAUAUUUUUGCCAAUCUACUAGGUGUUAGGUACCAUCUAUAUAACAUUUUCAUAAAGUUUUCUCUUAAACUAUAACAUGCUGUAAAUUUUAUAUCCGUGUACCAUAAACGUUCCCAUGCAUCCAUUUCUAUAUUAUGACCAAUAUCUAUUGCCCCGCGCAGUGCUUGACUUCUGCUUGUUCUGUUGCACAGGACAGAAGGAUGAGCAGCAGGUUAGAAGGUGGUGCUUAUCUGAGCUCUUUAAAGAGACAGGUAGAGCAUCUUAGUUACGGUAGUUUCAGGCAGCCUUAACCUCUGGGAGCUCUUUAAGAAACACAUUUCUAAAUACCCCAGAGACUGCCAUUUUAAACACCACCUGUUUAAUUAGGUUACACAACUAAUCACCCAGAUCUCUUGGAAUAUUGUCUCUGUUUGAAUUGGCUUCCAGAGCCAUUUUCUCAAUUUGCUUUGGGCUUCUUUCCUAUGAGGCUGUGAGAUGAAGACCUUCCAUACUAUUACAUUUUAGAAGUAGAAGGUGAGUACUAUCUGUACUGCCUCUUUUCACUUUCUGCAUUCCCAGUUAUCAUCUCUCUCUGCUGGUGGUGGUGGAGGAAAAGUGGAACAGAAUUGGACAGAGCAGAAUGGAUCUCUGCUGUUUCAAAACUGGAUUACACCAGUGGAAACAACUGAGAUGAAGAUUUGUUAAUCCGCCAAAGUGAGUCAUAUUCUAGAGAAAAUGCUUUGGGAAAGAAACUAAUUAAUGUUUUGGUCGUUGUGUGAUUACAAUAUCUAGGAUGGGAACGCAUGUCCAAUACUACCAAUAAUUAGCUUAUUCUGAGGAAAUGUAUUUAAGAUUUAACAUAAUGCUGAGAUUUCCACACCUGAAUGGCAGCUAUGUGGUUUGCUAAAUGGAGAGGCAUUCUAUCACAGGUGGAACUUGUUAAAAAUCAGGUACUGCAGCUGAGGAAAGAAAACAGAAAAAGGGGAGGCUCCUUUGCCUGAUAUUUUAGUGAAGUCAUCCAAAAAUGUUUGGAAGUUGCUUUGAGUGAAUUUUUGAAUGGUGCGAUUUGAAGAGAGAAUAGAUGUAAGUCUAAAGGGAGGGAGGGAGGGUUGUUGGUCUGUGGUGUUAAUUGUGCUUCUUCAAGGCAUGGAAUGCUGAAUAAUUUUAACAAACACAAAAAUUCUCAAACAUUGAUGUCUGUGCUAUUUGAUCUGAGAGUGUCCCACACUUGGUAGACCACACUGGAAAUUCUGACAAUCAAGUUAAUUAACUUGUAGCACCUCACUGCAAUGCUUCUGUUAAGGCUUAAUGUUUCUUUAACACCUGGUUUUCCUUGAGCUAAUUCUUAGGUAGCUUUCUGCCUGCAUUGGCCUCAUUAAUUCAUCUGGUACUUUACAGAUAUAGUAGGAGAAGAAGGUGAAACUAAAGAAUAGGAGAGAAGAGUGGUGAAGAACCCAGGGCUGGGCUAGGAAAUUUUCAAAGUUGGUAAUUUCUGGCAGUUACAUAGUAUAAACAUAUGUAAUCAGUAUAAAAUACUCUCUAAAACACAGUAACCCUGGGUGGUGGGGAUUUUUUUCCUCAUUCAAUAACUCUCAACUCUAAGCAUUUCCUGAUGAUAAAACAACAGGGGCCGAUCUUAUUCCCAGUGGGUGGGGUGUUCUGAUCCUGAGAUGUGGGAGGCAGGAAGGAGGGAGUUAAAUGAAAACCAUAUGUUGUCUGACUUUGCCUCUGUUAGAUUUCUGAAGUUUUAUAGUAGAAAGAGACAGAUACUAGAUUUAGUUAUUGGUUAGCAUGAACGGCUCCUGGAAAUCUGUCUCAAAUGCUCAGAUAGAUAGAUGCAAGACCAAAUGUGUCUCCUUUGCCAUAGGUGCAGGAAUUUUAGUGGUUUGUCAGUGCUGCUAAAUCACAAUAAGGCUGCAUUCAGAUGUGGGGCUUACUGCAAUAGUUUUGCUGGGUAUAAUGCUAGCACUUCUAUCCCAAUUUCUCACAUUCCUUUUCCACCGCAGUACCUUGUUGUGUUAUGCAACUGUGGCUUUUGAAUCAAUAUACAGUACAGUGGUACCUCAGGUUACAGAUGCUUCGGGUUACAAACUCUGCUAACCAAGAAGUGGUUGUUCCAGGUUAAGAACUUUGCCCCAGGAUAAGAACGGAAAUCGUGCGCCAGCAGGAGGCCCCAUUAGCAAAAGCACACCUCAGGUUAAGAACCGUUUCAGGUUAAGAACGGACCUCCAGAACGAAUUAAGUUCUUAACCCGAGGUACCACUGUACUGCCUUGACCUGUUAAUUUUGAAAUGGUGGCAAAGAGCUGUCGGAAAAAGGAUGCCAACAGGAUUUCCUAGGCCUGGUACAGUGUAUGUAGUUUGGGGCCCCUGCAGUCUAUAAGAGCUGUUGCUUAUAUUCACUUAGGCUAUACGAGUUCUUGGUGCUUGAAACCAAAGGAGGGAGGCUGUGGCUAUUGUGCCACAGCCAUGAGGUUUUGGGUGUUAAUUUCCAUUUCUUGAGUCAGUUGAUAACAUGGGCUCAUAGGUUUACAAAAAAAGGAAUGCUAUAUUGUAUUUUUGAAAUAAUAUGCUUACUUUAAAUCCCAUUGACUUUAGCUAUGCAAUUUUGUGCUGAAUUACAGCCUUUAUUUUUACUUCCUGCUUCAGGAAGUAAUUCCUGAAUACUGAAGCUAUUACUGCUUCAGUAAUAGCCCUUAAAGUGGCAUCCAUAAAACCGUUCUUGAUACUGGCCAAUGCUUGCUCUUUUUAUUGCCUGAUGACAGUAAAAAGUGUCAAGUGCCUUGGACUCAGUAUAAUAUUGAGACAGGCCAUGGUAUCUUCUUAUGUGUACAUGUGUAUUCUUAUUUUCUUUAGCUAUAUCAAAUUAAUCCCACCCCAGUCCUCAGGAUCAUUGAGUGGAGACAACGUUAUUAUUGAUCCAGAAAAGAGUUUGUUUUGUUAUCUCUUCUGCGGACUGAGAAUUCUUGGACAGAUCUGCGAGACAACAGGAAAUGUGCUAAAAAUUAAGUGAACAAACAGUUCUUGUUCUCAUGCUUGAAAUGGCUUGAUGCAACUCUAUAUUAGAAAUGCUUGCUUUUAGAUUCAGGAAACCAAGAUAGCAGAGCAAGGUUACAUUUUCCUCAUAUUGCAUGCCUAACUGGCAAGUUCAAACUGUGCAUGCUGCAAAAUAGAAUGACUUGCAGUGCGAUCCUUUCCCCCAUGCUCAGUGCUGCUGGAUUAGGGUUAGGUUUAGGAGAUGUGUCCCUCUGUCGGGCUCCACCAGUAGGAGGCUUUGUCACUGUGGAGGUCCCUGCUGCAGCUGCUGAAAGAACAUAAAGUGGAGAAGCUCCUACCAGCAGCAGUGUUCCUGCUGACAGUAGCUUGCUUAGAUCCUGAAACAGGAUGUUACUGGGGUGAGGAAGGAGCAGAGCUGGCCAUGGAUUCACCAGAUCCACAGCUUCAUUAUCCAUCUGAGAGGGAGCCAGUUUGGAUCCCAUUACUGUCCCAGCCUGGAGUGCAACAGCAAAAAAAUCGGGGCUGGAACAACACUCUGGCCUUCAGAAGCCAACAGAGCUGCAAAUUCUAUUGUGAAUUUGCUAAUCUGUGCCUCCUGGCCACUCUUUCUGCCCAUAUAUAUAUAUUUGACAUACACCGUGUGACGUGUGGAAACUGGUAUUUCCCAUCUCGUAAUCACUGACUGUUUUGAAGCUACUGUAUAUUCCGAGUGGUUUUGUUUUUAGAAAAGACCUACUUACAGUGUAUGUAACCCAGGCAGUUUCAUGGCAAGAACUUGAUGGCGUUAGACCUUGAUGUUUACCCUCUGAUUUGCUCCAUAGAAACAAAUAGGAACACAGGAAGCUGCUUUACAUCAAGCCAUACAUGAUCUAGCCCAGCACUCGCUGGCAGCGGCUCUUCAGGGUCUUGGGCAAGAUCUUGCUCCUCACCUGCACCUGUUCCUUUUAAAUGGAGAUGAACUCAAAACCUUCUGCUUGCAAAGCAAAUGUUCUGCUACUGAGCUGUGGUCACCCCUGCCCCUUUGUUGUAGAUGUUUCUCCCUAUCUCUAGUUUUAAUUCUGUUCUGUAUUUUGGAAUGUGGAUAUUUUAUCUCUAACUGUUGAAACAGUUGCUGUUUUGGCCCCCAGAGAUGUUGGCACAACAAUAUGAGUUAAACCAGCCCUAAGAUUUGUAGCAUAUCUGCUAAGGGCUUGAUGGGUUAUAAAUGCAAUCAGUUGCCAAGAUAGAAACUGCAAAACGAAGAGCUUUCUAGUACAAGGGAAGGCAAAAUUAAGAGAAGGAAUCUCCAUUUCAUAAUUAAAAUUAAUGAAUGAUCAUGUGGCUGAAAUCACAGGUUCCUUACCUCAGUUUUCCUAUUGCAGCACAUGAAACGGAAAACGCGCCAUCUUUUUUGGCAAUCCAAUGGCGCUAAUCAUUGCAAGGCAAAUGGUCUCUUGUGGCAAGUCAAACACUCCUCCACGUGAAGUCUAGGAAAUACUAUUUUUCACACGAGGAUUUAUCCCCUCUGAACCACACACUUCUCUAGGAAUGGAUAUCAAGCAUAUGAUGAUUAUAUAGCAAAAUGCGCAUAUCCUAAGUGAUUGCAUCAUCUUCGGCUUGCUAUAGUAUCAAGAGGGCCAGCAGAUUCAAUCAGCAAGUGGAGAGCCUUUGGCCACAGACCUAGUUAGCCCUACCAAGCCUACCAGUCAUAGGAAGGUUUGAAAGGGAAUUCCAGCUGCAGCUACAAAGGAAAAAGCUGGAGCGUGCUCCUGAGCCUUCCUCUGCAGCCAUGGCUUGUAUUUUCAAUCACCUGUUGUCAUGUGAUGUUGGAUAAUUGACAGGAGGGUGACUUCAUCUACCUGUCCAAGGGGCCCACAGAGGGCCAGAUCAACACCUCUCUGGAUCAAAUGGUACUGUCAAAAGCAGAAUAUUUGUUUUUGGACUUGUAGCUUCACUGCUCUGACUAAUUGAUCUAGCACUAUACUGGCGAUUCACUAAAGAACUGGGAGGAUCUGAACCAUGUCCGUAGCCAAGGGUGGGCAGGGAGGAGUAACUCCCCCCCCCAAUAAUUUUUUUAAUAAAAAUACAUAGCAAACUGAGGUUCUUCCCCUGCUAACAAAAGGCCUCCCCCCCAACAGAAACCCUGGCUGCACCCAUGAUCUGAACAGAAUAUGUGUGUGCUUUUGUUCUUUGUGCCCCACAGUAAAACAUGUUCCCCGCUGCUGGAGAUAUCAAGCUAAAACACCUUUCAAACACAGGAAUAGCUUGAUAUUGACUAGGAUACCUUGGGGGCCCUUUAACGUAAAUCCUUUCGCUCUCCCACAUUCACUACUGUUGAUGCUAUUUUUUCUUUUGAAUCUGCUUUCCUUCAGUUCUGUCUGAUGAUAAUUCCAUUCCUUCUAAGGAAGGAUCUCCCUUAACUUGUAUGUGUGUGAGAGAGCGUGAGCGUGAAUGCACUACUGCCGAGCUGACACAUGGUGGCUACAGUUUGCCCCAGUUCCAGAGUGUCAUCCAAAUAUCUCUGUACUCCCAUAAGUUCACCACCCCCCCAUUUUAUUUAUUUAUUUAUUUAUUUAUUUAUUUAUUUAUUACUGAGGUUUUUAAGGUAGAUUACAAAGAGGAGAAUAAUGGUAAGGCAAUAUUAUAUGGUCAGUUAAAGUACAGAAUAAUGCUUAUUUUCAAAUAGCUUAAUUAGAUUGAUAGACAUUGGUUUAAUAAAGAUAAUAUAUAAAAGUACAAAUAUUAUGCAUUUCUAGCUUAUUUAAAAUGACACAACCAAGUGCUUAAACUGUAAUAAAAUAGUAUAGCUGUAGCGUAUAGUUUCUGAUAUGAAAUACAAAUUUGUUUGUUCAUGCACUUUGUUCUUGCACACCCAUUCCCUUCAAACACUUUCACUUAAUCAAGAUGAGGAUUUAAUUUAAGCCUAUGCUGGGUAGUGUUAGUUCAAGACUGGCCAAGAACAGUUCCCUAACCCAAGUGACUAUACAAUGGCAAUCCAAGAUACACAACCCAGGAUCCCUUGAAAUGUCGUGGAGGUAAUUCUUGGCAUUUGCAUGGCUGUACACAAGGUGAGGGUUGUGCCCUGGCCUGACUGGCAAGUUGCAACGGAUUAUAGGGUGCAUGUCUCAGAUCUCAUGCUGCUUCAUUGGCAUCCAUGAAAAAGCUGUUGCCUCCAGCAACGAUUUGAGUUGCUUGUGCUGCUGACACCAGCUCUGUUCAUUCAGCAGAAGGAACUGAGAAGAAUGGAAGGAAUCUGCCACCUUUCAUCCUCUCCCGGCCUCCCUACAGUGUAUACUCAGCAGGAUGUAAAUUUCUGUUGGCUGGCUAGUCCUCCUGAACUACAAAUUGUGGACUGUGUCCUUCUAUUCAGUGUCUUGGCCCUUGCUGCAUGAGUGCCUCCUUAACUCAUCAAGUUGUGCUUCUGCUUGGCUGUGACUGGGUCCAACUCUCUGCAGGAGUAGCACAAUUCAUGUGGUAGGCAAGGGAACAGAUUUGAGCUGGCCUGACCACUUUUUGAAAGCUUGCUUCUGUUUUUCCCCUCCACCCUUGCAGCAUGAACAGCCAGGAUAUUUGGAGAGCUGUGAAUAGUUCGGAAGGGCACAAAAUCCUUAUUGAGGCAACAGGGACUUGAGGCAACGAACCGUGUACUUCAAACUGUGUGUCUGUGUAUGUUGAGAGAAGGUGCAGUGGGAACCUAGCGAAGUAGGUUACCUUCCUUGGUAGUGUGGAAUUCGGUCCUGCUUGUAUUGCUCUUUUGCAAAACUUGUUGCAGCUUUGCUUGCUGCAGUGCUCCGAGAAGCUGUGUGUGUGUGUGUGUGUGUGUGUGUGUGUGUGUGUGUGGCUUUCCAGUCAGCAAAAACUCGCUUCAAACUCGAGGAUCUUUUUCCUCUCGCUCUCUUUCUCCAUGCUGCCAAACUGAGCCAGGUCCUCUGAAGAGCAGCUCAUUCCUGUACAAGCAGUUGGCCUCCUCGAGGGGCCCUGACCUUAUUACCAGUAAGGGGAUGCUUCUCUGCCACUUCCAGGGAGGGAGGGUCAUGAGAAGCAGCCAUGAACGUGAUGAGAAUGUAAACAAUGGGCCAGAUGCACCUUCCAAGACCUACAUGGGGGACAGUUUCCUGAGGUGAUACAAAAUUCGACUUUACAGAACUGUGUUUCAUUUUGUGUAGGGUCUCCCCUUCCCUUUUGAUUUGCUUGCCCAAAAGGUAAGACUAACAGUGUUUGAGUCUUGCUGACAUAACUCAUUCCCUUUUACUGAAUAAUUAAACAUAACUGUAGCCUGUUUUUUGCUUUGAGCUAUCCUUAGAAUGCUAAUGCCACUUGUGAAGAGGGUCAUUUUGAUCGGGGUCCUCUCAGACCUUAACCCCGUGCUGCCCGGAUGUGACGUUAGAGGGGUAUAUGAUUUAUUAUAUUUAAGAGCUGCAUUGGUCUCUCCAAUUUAUUCUGUACCAACCUGAAGGCUGUGUAACUUGUCAGUUAAAUUGCUUGCCUCCCGUUCUAACACUGAUCAGUCUGCCCACUGCUAGAAGAGGUGGGGGUGGGGUGGGGUAAUAAAUGAGUGUUGUGUCUUUUAGCAAUAACUAAAGUGAAGCGCAGGAUAUUCCUAUUAAGCUUUUGGUAUCUUUUAUUCGCAGGAUCAGCUGAGCUCAUUAAAGCUAAUCUCCUAAUAUCUUAUACAGAAGCCUAUUGCCACAUGUAUUGCUAUGAGUUUAGAGGGGUAGGCUUUUGCCUGAACCCCCUUCUAAUUCCUGGAUCCAGACCAGAUUCAAGUUCUGGAAUAGCCAGGCUACCUUCCUGGUGUGGUAACUGCCCUCCAAGUAUAGGCCAUUAAGGUAACAAAGGAAGCGGCUCUGUGCCAGACAACAAAUGGGCGGGUAGAUAGAAAUACAAAAGGCCUGAGUUGGGAGUUGACUUAUGUGAACUAGAAGCUAGAAGUAAGGCUGAAGGCUGGACAGCUGGGACACAGAAUGAUGCCUAAUAUGUGCUAGAAUCCAAGACUGUGGCUAUGGGAGAAGCAAGACUAUCUUGGGGUGUUAAUGCUGUGAGCCUGUCCAUCGUAGGCUCAGAUUAUAUAUAUGCGUACAUAAACCAAAUAUCAUAAAGACAUCACAGUCUCCGCUGUCUCUCAUUUCAAGGAGAAAAAGAACCCCUGGGGAAGUGCCUGAAACCCCUGGAAUCUCGCACCGCUCAGUGACUGGGGUUGCAUAAAACAGUAUUAUAGUUACAAAUCGGCCACUUGACAGCAGGUGGAGUCUAGCCCAUGUCCUCCCUUUAUUCAGGUUUGCUUAGAAAGUAAAUGUCAGCCUGAUUCUGAGUAUGGAGACUAACCUUUUCUCUUCUCAUAUGUGCAUACAUGAAAUUGAAUAAAUAAGCAGACUCUCCACUAUGUUGAAGGAAUUUAGUAUAAAGGGGCCCACUUGGGAAAGAUGUCUCUUGGCACAAUCAGGGGAAGUGGUGAUAAAAUCCCUUUUUAAAAUAUACUUGCAAACAAAUGCCAGAAAACUGGAGCUACAUUAAAAGAGAUUUCUGAAGAAAUAAAAGGGAAAGACUGCUGGGUGGCAGUGGUUUAUAAGUCCUGCUUAAUCUGCAUGCUAAAGUUCUUCAGGAAAAAGGAGCUUAAUGAAAAAUGCUAAUUACUGAAAUCAUGUAUUCAUUAGUACCGUAGAUGCAGCAUGAGACACUUGAAGGAAGAAUUUCUAAAGUAUUUUUGGUGGUAUUCUUAACUGAGAAAGCCAGUUUAGCUGUUUGACUGCUGCUUCUUUUCCAGGUCUCAACUGCUGUUGUACCACAUAUGAGAAUCAAAUCCUGAACUGGUUGCUGUAAAUUUCUGCAGAUCAAUGUCCAAGAAUUAUUACAACAGACUUCAAGAAGCAAUGUAUUAGGAUGGCACUGUGCCAUUUACAGAGGGCAUUUCCUAUGGCCCUCUUAAUCAGAUGCUCAGUAGUGAGCCACAAAAGAGAGCCUUUCAGUGGUGGGCCCCUAGAUAGGGAUUUUUUUCCGCAGGGAAAAAAAGCCUGCCUGCCACUAUGUUGUUACUGAUUUGGUACUAGGUCAAGACUUCUCUGUUCCAAUACCUGGUUUUAAGGUCUUGUAGUACAGUUGGUGGUUUAAAUGGCAACAUUAAAUGGCUGUUUUUGUUCUGUGGUGUGUCUAUAGUCUUGAAUUCUGAUGGCUGGUUGCAUCUCAAGUUUAUUUUACAGCAUGGUUUUAUUGUAAUUUUUAUUCUCUUUUCUUUAGUACAAUGUCUUGAGAAUUUAUGAGGUGUCUCAUAAAUAUAAUUGUGAUACAUCCUUUGUAGAUGUGAGUUGAACAGUGAGUCCUCUGCCUUGCAAUAUGAAUUCCUUUGUCCUCUUUCCUCCCUGCCUUACUUCCUCCACAGUCCUUUUUGCAAACUUAGGUGGGUGAUGGGGUGAUGGAUCAUGACUUAUGCAGUGGUGCCUUGGUACCUGAAAGGCUUGGCUCCCAAAUGUCGCAAACCUGAAAGUAAGUGUUCCGGUUUGCGAAUCUCUUUCAGAAGCCAAACAUCCGAAGCGGCUUCCACUUGAGUGCAGGAAGCUCCUGCAACCAAUCAGAAGCAGUGCCUUGGUUUGCGAACGGUUUCAGGAGUCGAAUUGACUCCCAGAACGGAUUAAGUUCGAGAACCAAGGUACCACUGUAUUGAAUUUGUUGGUCACCUUUCUACAGGGAAAAACAAAACUGUACCAAAGAUAGAAGAAUAAAAAUGAAGCAUUAAAAGUUUCAUACUGUAAAAAUAUGAAACCCAGUCUCAAUAUGGCAAUCAUGUCAUAGUUGUGUACAUAUUGCAUCUUUUAAAGCACAUUCUCCCCCCUCCCCAAUAUUUCUGGCAUUGUAGUUUGUUAAGGAUUGCUGAGAAUUGUAAUUCAAUGAGAGGUAAACUACAGUGGCCAGAAUUAUUUGAGGAGGAAAAUGGGCUUCACAUGUGCUUUAAGGAUAAGAGUGUGUUCACAACCUUUGGUGUUUGACCUUGUGAACUAGCCUUUAGGCCAGCAGGUAGUUAAUUACCUAAUACUUGUCUGUGAAGCGAGUGCAAAAUCACUGUGUGAACAACGCGGAUUCUGAGCUGGCAGGUGACUGAAAGUUUUAUUAGAGAAAACUACAAGUUUAUUAUAUAUGCAAGUGGAUGGGAAUUGGUCAACCUAUGUUAUUCUGUUACUAAAUUAUAAGAAACAUCUUAUAUUAGAGCCAAAUGAUGUGGCAGAUUUAACAUUUCUUCUUCCCUUGCUGUGUUCACAUGCGGUGGUCUCUUCUUAUGGAGCUUAGAGGCCUUUUUUAGCUCACAGAGUCUCCAACAAAUUUGGUAAGAAUACCCUUGUAAAUGGCUUGCCCAUUUGCAGCUCUUUCCUAGUAGCUGAACCCUGGGGAAGAAGCCAUGUCCGUACAAGUCCUGAAGUCUGGCAAUAAGAGAACAAGAUAGUUGUUGGAGACUUUUAAAAGCAAAAGUUUUUGUUUUGUAGUUCUUGACUGGAACCACUUCCUCUUUCGUAGGAAUAGUGUCUGCUAAUGCAGAACAGAGCCACUUCUCACUAUUUUUAGUUGAAAAGCUUUGUGGUUUGCCUUGUGACCAGCUUCUGUUUUGACUCUGUUCAGACAUCAUGUGCUGAUCAUCCAGACAUCCAUGCUCCAUUCUUCUCUUUUUCAUGUCAAUUCCCUCUUCCAAGUUCACUCUAAUUACAGUUCAAACAUCACAGCAAGCUAUGGCUAGAGGAAACCUGGCCCUGGAGGACAGGAGAAAGAAACUAGGUAACGCAUGAGGCCAAUCUUCUGAACCUGUGUCUGAAUCAUCCAUAUCUAGGAACCUUGACUAUUCAUUUUUAUUUAUAUUGCACAUUAAGCACAUCUUAAGAGCUGCCUUACAUCCCAAAUACUUGUGUAUGCAAACCAAUGAAGAUGUAUCUAUAGUCUUUGCACCAGCUAUGAAAGUUUUUUUCAAUAUUUUUUGUUCUAAAAAGUAACAUAAUGACAAGCCUUGCCAGACAAUAACCUAAAACAGGUUAUUUUAAUAAAUGGAUAUCAAUAAAAGAUAAAGAGCUUACUUUCCUGAAUGUGGUUUCAAGUAUAAAUGGAAUGUAGGUGAAAUUAUUAAAUUUGUAUUUAUAUAGAAUAGUUCAUCUUAGUGAUUGUGAUGUGAUUAUUUUUUUAUUAGUGUGAAGGUGAAAAUAAAUGUGGACUUCUUGUCAUGUUGCAUAAUCUCUCUUACCCUGCAACAUCCCACUGACCUUAGUUCUCUCGUGUGCGAGAGAAAAUGAAACCCAAAGAUGCUUGAUUCUUGGUCUCACAAGAGCAUGAUACCCCAAAAAUGAGCGUCUUUUGGUCAGACGCUCUGGAAUAAGGUAGCUGAUUUGUGCCAGAGCACCGGACCAAAAAUGGGACAUCCCAGGGAUCCAAUCAGAAGCUGGAAUAGGCUUCUGUUAUUCCGGGAUAUCCUGCUGAAAUCCCGUUGAGGAUUAGGGCUGGGCAGUAUCAGCUUUUCAACAUCACGGUGCAUCACCAGCCAAACAUUGCAGUUUGGUGAUAUACAGUGAUGUUGAAAAAAUGAGAUGCAUUAGCCUCUGCCUGCGAGGCAUUGUGUGAAACUGUCCCAGCUCUCAUCUUGAGAGCUGAGGUGGUUUCUUUUUUUUUUUUUUUAAAGAUAUUUAUUAGGAGUUUCCAAGUUACAGAAAAAGAAAGAGAACAAUAAAGAAUUAAACAAAACAAAACAAUACCUUACAAUACAUCCAAAAAGAAAAAAAAAACCAAUACAAUAAAACAACGAAAAAACAGAACAAAAACAUUUAAAAACACAUCCAGCCUUUCCAUGUAUUUACCUUUCAUAUAUUUGUUUCAUCGACCUCCUCACACCUCCCUUUUUUGUAUUCUAGUUCAAUUAGCUAUUUCAGCAAGUCCUUUCCAUCUUUCUCAAUUUUCGUUCUAAAAUUUGACUUAAGACACUCUAACCUUGAAUUUUCCACUUUGGUCCAUUAACAGUCUAUUUUUACUUGAUUCUUUAUAACAUUUCUGCUAAAGCCAUAUAGCUUCGUUCCAGCAUCCUUCUAACAUUCAUUAAUUUUGCAAUAUUUCUGUAAAUAUACUUUAAAUUUUUUCCAAUCUUCUUCCACCAACUCUUCUCCCUGGUCUCGGAUUCUGCCAGUCAUUUCCGCCAGUUCCAUGUAGUCCAUCAGCUUCAUCUGCCAUUCUCUUUAGAGUUGGAAAAUUCCACUCCUUAUAGCAGUUUCAAAGUCCUCCUCUAGAGGGAAAUAGUUACUGUUUAUAUUAAGUUAGUCCAAAGUAUCCCUUUUUUUUUCUUUUUGGAAGUUACAAUUGCACCAUUAUAUUUAGUAUCAAAUCUCAACUUUUAAAUCAAGAAAAAAUAGUUGAAACUUUUGAGUCCAGCAAAGAUAGUUAAAACAAUGUAGUUAAGGUAGUUAAAACAGUGUAUCACUCUUGUUUCGCUGACAGUCAGAAUGAACGAUCUAUUCACAGUCUAUGCGGAGCUCCGAAAUGCAGCAGUUUUAAUGGCUGCCAUCCCCAGGUUCCGAGCGAUGGAAAUUUAGCUUCUCGCUCUCUUUUAGCAGGCAACUAACGUCCAAAAACUCCCCCCCUCUUCCCCUGCUUCCAAGGGGGGAUCUCUAUUUUUAUGCUGGAAAUUUAAACGUUUAAAGUAGACUUUUCAGGCCCUAGCUUAAACCUGUUUGCUUCCGAUUAUUUACAAAAAGAGGAAAGGCGGACUUCCUGUUUUAAGCCUCCCCCCGUUCGUUGUCAAAUUCAGCUUUUAAAACUCCAAUUCUUCACUUUACUCAUGGGUAGUUAUUUUUAAGUCCAAUUGUCCACAGGAAAAAGUCAGCGCUCUCCGGCAACGGCUGUGCGGCUUCACUCCGUGAAAGUAGCAGUCAGUUCGCAGCACCGCGCCACUCACCCCACUUCGCUCCGGAGCCCAAAAAUGGGAUUCCCUGCGAGUAGGGUGUGGGAUGUAAACACAGGAGCAGUCAAUGACAACAUUCCUAGAGUGUACAUGUUAGAACAUGGGGAGGGAUGUCAGUCCAGCAAGCAGGUAAACUUCCUGGGGACGGACUUCCUCCGCAUGUGACCAGAGGUGGGUGUGGCCUCACCUGUGCAGGUAAUGACAAAAGCACAGGGCAGGCAGCCACUCUCUCUCUCUGCCAUUUUCCUUCGAUGAGGAAACAUCUAAGGAUGCUCUCUUGGCUCCCAGCCAAGAGAGGAGAUAAGGACUAUCUUGCUACAAGAUAGAUUCUAAAUGUAUGUAACCUUUUUAAGCUGUCUGCCUUCUGGGAUCAUAUUGUGAACAGAACGUGAGUAAACUCUUUUAUACUUUUCUAAAGACUGUGUCGUGUCUUAUAUUUUAAGAGGGAACAAAAGGGGGAAUUACCAGAGUAAUUAUUAUAGAGGUUCUAGCGAACCUGUGCACACGUUACCGUUGCGAACCUAAAGGGGAAUGUCUAUAAACUCUGCUGAUAUUUUGGGAACUUGUUAGCACAAGUUGGAUAAGGAUAUAAUUAGUCAAUAUAUCCUCUCCUGCACCCCAGAACAUUCCCACAUAGGGGAGGCGCUCUUGGUGCCCGCCGAAUCCCACGUUCCCAGGCUACCUCCACCUGGGAUUUUUAAAGGGUCCCCACCUUCGCCGCGGCGGGAAGACCCAGUUCUCACGGAGCAGGUUCCUCCGGUCAGAGGAACUCCGCCAUUAGCCGAUGGCGCCGACCCGGAAGUCCUAGAGCUGAGGUGGUUUCACCCAGGCACUCGCGGGCUGGGACAGUGCAGCUUGUUUGCACAGCUCAAUUGGGGAUUGGGAAGGUUCCCUUUCUGCACCUGAGACAGCCCUGGUGCUUUCCCUGCUUGUGCACGAGUGGCAGGAGCCUCGGGGCUGCUUUGCGCCGCUCACCUGGGGGAGAGAAAGGCUCCCCCUCCCCAGCUGUGAUAGCCCCGGUGCUCUGUGCACAAGUGAGCAGAGCAUCGGGGCUCCUUUAACUACUCGCAGCAACUGUGCUUACUAGCUGCAUUUUGCUCUGGCAGGGAUGGAGCCUAGUCAGGUUGAAACAGGACAGAGUUUAAUUUCCUUGCCAAAUCAUGAGGCUCUGCAGACUUCAGAAUACAAUGGAGACUGGAAUUAAACAAAUGGAAGAUAAAUUGCUACUAAAAAGUAAACAGGUAGAUCUUGCUUUCCACUGUAUUGCUGACUGCAUCUUGUUAAAGAUCACUUUGCUGAAUAGCUUGCGCCUUAUGGGAUUUGGACAUAGAUUUUGCAAAUUCAAGGUGAUAUUUGAAAUGACAGAUAUUGGCAAUUUGUGUUACUUUUUUGGUGCAUGGGAAGCUAAACAAAGUGCAAAGUUGAGAGCAUAUGUCUAUGGUGAUGCAGUUCCAGUGAAUUUGAGAAGACAAAAACAGAAAAGGCUGCAGGAGGGUGCAAUGAAAAGAUAAAGGUGCAGAUUUAUAUUAUAUUUAUUAUAGGUACAGUAGUUUCAAGGCUUUGUAGCAAAACCCAAUGCUAUCCAACCACCUGUGUCAACUUCCAUAGUAUUAUUUUUUAAUCAAGCUUGAUGGGCUUCAUCUCAUUUUGAUCUGUACAGAUCUCACUUCCUUAAAGAACUUCCUGUUUGAAACAUUGACAAAUGUGUGCUUUAUGUAACUCUCACUCAGAUCUGGCUGAUGAAGAACUGGUUAGGCUCAGGCAAUAAGUUUGCAGUACACUUGUGAGUUUGCCUCUUCCCUUUUUUAGCAGUUAACCCCUACUGCAGAUGACUAAAGCUGCCUUCUGUUUUCAAAGCCACUUCCUAUUAUUCCAAGUAAAAAAGCCUGAAGUCUGCACUGAUACAUCCAAGAAUUGAAAUAUGUAAGCCAAAGUGUUGCAAAUUCGUAUGGUGGAAAUGUUACUCUCAUAAUAAUCUUGGACAUUAUAUGACAUAAGCAUAGCACUUUAUGAGAAAUUAGGUUAACAAUGGUUUUGGCAAACUACUUCUAUUUCUAUAUUUUUCUACUUGGAAAUUGAAAAACUUUAUUUCAUUCACUUCAGAUAUACUAAAGAUCCCACUGCAGAACUGGUAGCUUUAUUUUGCUCCUGGCAUGUGUAAUUACUAUGUGAUUUGUCUCAAUAACACAUUGGGCUUAUAUUGCUAUGCAAAUUACUUGAUAGAUUCAAAUGACAAACUCUAGCAAUCGCUUAGUGCAGCCACUCUGCUGAACCCUCUACUCUUCCUGCCCCUUCACCAUACAUGACAACCCAUAAUAUUGCAAAGAGCUGCAAAUAUGGUUGUAAAUAUACAGUAAAAUUAAAAAGAAACAAAACAAUGUGGCUAAUACAUUGUUUAUUGAUAAGUGAUAACCAAUAAAGUUGUCAAGAAACUAUUUGCAUACAUGCAUUCUUUUGGAAUAAUUAAAGCACACUAGCAUAUGUUUAAAAUCAAAACUAUUUACAGCAGCUUAAAAUUUAGGUUAACAGGCAUAGCAGGAUUUUCCCAAAUCCACAGGCUAGUAGGGUAGAGUUGUCUCUUGCUUGCAUAACUUCCUGUAAAAAAGUUCCAAAUGUGUCUUGGAAUAUAUUUUUCUUUUUAAAAGAUUUACUUGCUAUUUGAAUUCCUGAAAUGAAGGUAGAACAGUUUUUAAAUAAGUUUCCUAAAUGUAGUUCCUUAGCUUUAUAACUUGUACUAUGGAAAGGUGAACAUAAGGAUUAAUAUUCAGAGAAUGUAAUAUCAAUAGAAAUACUACAUUGCUACAGGCAAACCUGCAGUAAGUUAUUCCUUGCGGAGGAGGGAGGUAUGUUUCUAUCCAGCUUUUAUCACAUCUCUUCUCCUCAUGUCUCCAGUAGAUCCCAAACAGAUCCAUGCCCUCCAGAUGAUUUACACUAUAAUUCCCAGAAUCCUCUGCAGUAGUAUUUUAUUGCAGGUGUGUUCUGCAAUAUGUUCCUAAGACAAAUCAGAGCUUAGUGGUAAAUUUAUUCAGCUUUAAUUUGUUCUGUGAUGCUUCCCCAAUGCCACCAUGUUAUAUUGCUCUCUGGAGAGGCUCUAAUGCAACAAAAAUGGGACAAAAAUAAACCAGAACAUAUGAAAUAGUUAAUUUCUGUUAAUUCUGAUUGUGAAACAUUUGUAAUGUGAAUGAGCAUUCUGCCCAAUAUAGUUUUGCAUUCACAUUGAAAAGUGGUUUAAAAGAAGAAACACUUUCUGGACUUUUUCCACUUGAGGCAUAAUGUUGUUCAAUAAAACAAAUACUGUAUUUUCCCUCCAUAAGGCACACCGGACCAUAAGGCACACCUAGUUUUUAGGGGGGGAAAUCAAGAAAAAAAAUCUCGCUGGCUGUCUUGGCUUCCUCUUUAGCCACGCGCAACCUCUCCAGGCAGGAGAGGCUGCACACGGCUUUGGCAGAAGCCAAGACAGCGAGCGGGAUGGAUCCCGCUCGCUGUCUUGGCUUUGUUUUUAGCCACGGGGCCCAGAACAGGUCUGGGAGCGGCGGCAAGGUUGCGAAGCCUUUGGAGCACAGCGCGAGUUCCUGCUGCGCUCCAAAGGCUUCAGGCGGCUAUCCCUCUCGCUCUCCAGGCUUCAGUGAAAGCAACGCAUAGCCUCUAGAGCGCGGAGGGAGCGCUCCCUCUGCACUUUGGAGGCUUCGCGUUGCUAUCGCUGAAGCCAAGGAGCCUGCAUUCGCUCCAUAGGACGCACACACAUUUCCCCUUAAUUUUUGGAGGGGAAAAAGUGUGUCCUAUGGAGCGAAAAAUACGGUAAUAGCAACUGAUAGGUACACCUAUCCUUUGCAAAACCAUCACAGAUUAUAUGAUGUUUGUUUGUUGGCAUAUUGAACAGAGCUUGGCGCUUUGAAUAUUAUGUCCUUUUGUCUAAAGCAGGGAUAGGGAACCUGUGGCCUUGUGGAUGUUGUUGGACUUCUGUUGCCAUUGUCGAGAGCUCCACAGGUUCUCCAUAGCCAGCUCUAAAGCAAAUAGACAAAGGGGGGUAGGGAGUUGAGGAAGUGAACAGCCAGAUUCUGGAUAAUGCUUGGGGAAUACGGAUAGUAUUCAACAAAGUUUUACUCAGAAUAAACCCACUGAAAGUAAUGAAUACGACUUAGUUAAAACCAUCAAUUUCAGUGGAUCUGCUCUGAGUAAAACCUAGUUGAAUACCACCUUGUUUAUUUUCUGACAUAACAGCCAACAAUUCAAACUGGAGAAUCCAUUCAGGCUUAAGUGAUACACUUGAACAUAAUCUGCAAAUGAAAUAUAUCUGUAAGGUGACACCACGUGUGGCACACUCUAGCAGUUUGAGGGAAGAGGUCCUGGCACUGCUGUCUUUUCAGUAUACUCUCUCAUCCUAGGAUGGGAAUAGUUAAAAACCUACCACUGAAGGAAAUGUCAAUGUCAAAGCAGUGUUUUCCACAAAACAUCUAUUUGAAUAUUAAAUACUCUGGAGUAGUUGCACUUUCAUUCCAACGGUCAUUGUGGAUAUGACUGCCAAGGUUCCACAACUUUUGUUUGAACUAUUCAUUUAUCAUAAUGAAAUGACAAACACGAUUUAUCUGGUAUUGGGAAAUAUUGGGCAGUGUGCAGCGCUUCCUGCGCAUGCAGUCUGAAAUCUGUACUGUAUUAACCUUAAAGUCAAGCUAUGGAGAUGGGAAUAGGAUGGAAGGGAGAGUGGGCUUUUAUCUGUUGAGCGCUUAGCAUUUGUUAAGCAGUGGGGGGAAUAUAUGAUUUUAGCAUGACACAUAAUCACUGUGGAGCAUUUCCUGUCACAGGAUAAAGUAAUGGCCCCUGGCUUAGAUGUGGGGUGCAGGGGGGGGGGAUGAGACAGGCAGAAGGUAGCUCAGGAUCUAUGGAUAUAGUUUCUGAGUGAUUUGAGUUAGACCAGCAAGGAUUUUUGACUCCCAAUUUAGCAGAAAUAAAAUGGCUCCUUUCUGCCCCUUGGCCGUCCUAAUUUUGCUGCUGAAAUUAAGACAGCUUGGGAUAUUUUUUAUGUGCAGGAUUGUGAGCUCCUGUACUCGUACCCUGUACCCUGGGCUCAGAAUUAUUUCAUUCUAAGUGUAUAAGAAUCUUGAGGAUCUAGGAAAAGCAAACUCGAACCUGCAAGCCUAAUUUCUGCCUGCCUUUGGCUUGCUUUUAAUAGGAAUCUGUCAAAUUCAAAGAUAGCUCUGUGCAGUGAGUAUGACCUGUAAUACUUAAAUGAAACUUCCAGGUUGAGACGCAUUUGCAGCAACAGGAGGAGGCAGCAAACUGAAGGGAAAGCCUGCCGUGUUAAUGCCUUGCUUUGGGGUUCCCAGACACAUCUGGCUGGCCAUGGUGAGAAACAGGAUGCUGGACCCUUGGUCUGAUCCAGCAGGGCUGCUAUUCCCACACAUAAGAGAAGAACGGAGCAGUAAGAAAACUGGAAAACAAGGAAGUUUGUUAUACACACUGUUGAGCUGGAGGAGCUUGGAAGUAGUACAGAGAACUGCCUGCCUGGCAAUGUUAUUCUGUGGUUGCCUAACUCUUUUAUUUGCACUGCAGAGCAAUCAGCAUGUUUUUUGUUUUUUAUAAAAUGUGGCAGCUGAGAUGCAGAUCUGCUCUGAGUCAGGGGGACUCCGUCAGGCUGCUAUUUCCUUUUCAGCCUGACCCCAGAUUGUUUGGAAGGAGUUUCUCACUCUUCCUCCACCCAAUUCCUCCCCCCCCCUUUCCAUCCUGGCCUCUGAGGGGUGUUAACAAAUUACAUGCAUGCUCUUUAUACAGCAACCUUCUCUCCCCACACCCCCAUCUGAUCUAAAAGGAGAAAACUGCCUGGGAGAACUGCAUUGUCAACGAUGGUAAAUUUUUACUCAGCUCAUUGGAUCUUAAUGGGCUAGCUGUGCCUCUGUGGGUUGCACAGCAAAGGAUGGCAUACCCGGGGAGGUCUCGUCUGAGGAGGUCUUUCAGUGAGCAUAUCAGGGUCUCCACCAACAAAGCCUGGGAUGUCUUCUGGAAGAGCGCACGAGAAAAACGCUUGUCAGGUCAGUUGUCUGCGUUCUUUCACUACUAAUCUUCACAAUUUACUUGCCUUUAUUGACUGUGUGGACUUCCCAUACCAAAAAUGGAGAGGAAGUCUCUUAGGGAGCUAUCAAUGUUGUAUUGGCAUAAGUAUAUAUGUUAUCCCACCUGAGAUCGUGGAUCGGGGUCAUACCUUGGUAGUUCAGAACAGGAAAUGCAGGAUAUCGACUCAUUGCUUUCUUAGCUGUUGAUGCAAACCAGCCUCAGUACAUCACUUUCCCAGUUAAAUAUGUCAAGUGAAUAUGUAAUAAACUAGACAUUGGAAUUUGGAAUCGUGUGAAAUCCUGGAUUGUGAAAUGUCAGAUUAGUCCUGUUCUUUCUUAGUGCAUGCAACUCUCAAGUGUGGUGACCACAAACAGCUGUUAUGAAAAGCCGUAGAAGAAAUCUAAAACACUUGGAACGAAAUGGUUGUAUAUACGUUCAGUUCACUGCAGUAUGCAAUGUUUUGAUGUUCUAAUGCCAAAUGGAGCAUAUAUAACUAUUGAACCUUAAAUCUAUGUGAUAGCGUGCAGACUGACAUGUUGAUACCCUGACACUCAGUAGGGAAAUCUGGUAAUACCAAGCGAAACAUUUUAGAAAUGUGUUCUAAAUACAGCACUUUUCAAAUGGUGCAGCUGUGUUCGGAGGACACCUCUUUUUUGGCAACGAAAUUUUGACUUUUUAGCUUAACCCCAGAGUCAUCUGCGACUGGACCUAAUGGUCAGGGGUACCUUUACCUUUUUAAUACUGCUUAGCAAUUAACCAGAUCUGUUGUUAGGAGAAUAUUGCUUCCUGUUACCCCCAAGUUCAACCAGGUGAGUAGGGACUGUGGGAGGGAGGCUUUGCACCUGUACCAGAAUGGGGCAAGUGGGGUUCUGUGUCUGUCUGUCAGCAUGUCUGCUAGCAGUGGGGCGGGAGAGGGGGCAGAGCCUGAAGCUAUCAAAGUCUACUCUGCUCUUGGCUGUGGUCCUCUAUCUGGUCUUUGAAUUCUCACUCACUUGCCCUGAUGUAAUAUAGGUAUUUGUUUAUUUCUAUAUUACAUUUAUAUCCCAUCUUUUUUUCUGAAAGGAGUUCAAGUAGCAUGCAUGGUGUUAAUUGCCAGCCUUGUUUAACUAGGUUAGUCAUAUUAGUAGGGUUUGUACCAAAUUAAAAGCAUUGGUUAGCAUUUUGAGGUACACCUUUAUAGUAAAAGAAGGACUCUUAGACUAAAGACGGUAGGACCCUAGGGUGGGGAAAGGGCAUCCUAUGAGACUUGCUUGAACCCCACACUCAAAAUAUUUAAGGCUGGGAGGGCCUGGGGGAUGUGAGUCGGCUAGGCCUUGGUCAACCAAGAGAUCCCUACUGCUCCUAUUUGGGACAGCUUUCUUUGCUUACUAUGAAUGACAUCCACCCAGGUAUUCAAGCUUAAUUGUUACAUGUUCAGGUGGACAAGUAGUGCCUUCAAGGAAAUGGUUAACUAUGUCCAAAAACAUGAGUAUUAACCAAUAGUGGAGGUGCUCAGGGCACCAUUCUAAUUGGUUCUGUUUCUGUAAAUUUUGAACGCCUAGAGAUUUUGGAAUUGAUUAAAGCAAAUGAGAGGCCCUUGGCCCUCCAAAUGUAGUUGGAGUCCAGCUCCCAUCAGUCUCAUCCAGCAUGGCCUUUUGUUAGGUGUGGUGGUGUUCUGGUCAAAAAACAUCUGGAGGACCACAGGUUCCCCAUACAUGCAUUAAAGGAACAUCACAAUUCAAACAUUGUGAUACUAAAGGUUUACUUAUACGGCUAGGUCUGCUUAUUGCCGUCUGUCCUGGUAAGGUCCAGUAGGCCUGCUGUUUAUGUUCUUUGCUGAGUCUGGGCUCAUAAAAAUGUUAAGAGUCAUAGGCAGGCAGAGCAAAGUGUCAUUGACAUGGACACAGUUGCAAAGAUAUGCUAGCAGUGGGGAAGCUGGAGAUCAGUCUUUGCCAGGAACAUCUGUAUGUGGCUUUGGGUAGGCCAGUCACUCUAAGUUUUGGUUCCCCAUAUGUGAAGUAUGAUAUACUGCCAUAUGUCCUCUUUUUCCAGUACACGUCCUCUUUUUCAUGGGUAGAGUUGUCAUAGCAAUCCAUAGAAGAAGUCGGCAAAUUUGUGCCUUUUUUUUUUUGCUCUUCAAAACAUGGCAACCCUGAAAAACUACAAUCUGUAAUACAGAUUGUGGUGUAAAAGAAGUAGGAUAAAAAAAAUAAUCAUAGGGACAAGAUUUAGAACAUGAGACAUUAAUUAAUUAAUUGCUCUUGUAAGUUAAACAGAAAAGUUAGUGCAUCUGGGAGAUAACGUUAGGAAUCUCCUUUGCCUGGCAAAGAAUAAUCCAGAGUAGUCUAAAAAUCUCAUGUAUUUGAAAAGGUUUCAAGAACUUGUAGAUACUGAUGCUUGCCAGGGUUAAAUCUAGUGAAUGGAAAAGCUAUUUUCCAGGAUCCUCUUCCAUAAUCCCCUCUCUUUCCUUUGCGAUAUUCAUCAUUGAUUGAUUGAUUGAUUGAUUGAUUAUACUCUAAUCUAUUUGGGGUAGGGUGGUAGGCACAUAUGCUUUGCAUGCCCAAGAUCCCACGUUCAAUCUGUGUCAUCCCCAGGUUGAGCUGAGCAAGACACCCACCUGGAGAGCUGCUGUCAGUCUGUCUGCAAUGCAGUGCUGAGCUAGGUGGACCAGUGGUCUGAUUCUGUAUAAACCAGCUUCCUAUUUAUUCUGUUAUCCCGCAGCACAGGCUUGCUUUUUACAGAAUUAAAGCUGGGAACCUGAAGGUUGUGGAUCAUCCUGGUGAACAUUCAUGGACUUACAUCUAGGGAAUGGUGGCAUAUCUCCAGCUCCACUUAACUUAAAGUGAACAUACGUUAUUAAAUAACUAGCAAGAUGUCUCCCCCAAUGAUAGAAGGAUGCAAAUAUAAAUGACGGGAGUGUGUGGCUGUCAGGAUGGACUGCAGCCAGGGCCCAUUAACCUCACCGUGGCAGUUGCCUCAAGCAGCAGACUGAUGACGCUGGGAGGGGCAGCGGAUCAGAAAGAGAAGGGCCUCCUCAUGUGCUUUUGCCACUCUUCUUUUGGCUGUGGAUUCAGCGCUGUGAGGAUCUUGCCGCUGUCCACCUGGGCAGGGCUCUGGGCCUGACGACACCCCAGGCUGCCUCCAGUUGCCUAGGACACAACGUCCCCAUGGAGGCCGCCACAGGGCAGAGGAGGCAGUGAGGGGUGUGGACCGCAGACACUGCCCCGUCUGCCACCCUGGUCCCCAGCAUUGCCCCCACUGGGAAUUUCCUGAUGCCAGUGAUACAGUGGUGCCUCGCAAGACGAAAAGAAUCCGUUCCGCGAGUCUCUUCGUCUUGCGGGUUUUUCCGUCUUGCGAAGCAAGCCCAUUAGAGGUUUAGCGGCUUAGCGCUACAGUAUUAGCGGCUUAGCCGGCUUAAAGAUCAGCUGAUAAGCGGCUUAACGAUCAGCUGAUAAGCGGCUUAGGCUCAGCUGUUAAGCGGCUUAAAGAUCAGCUGAUAAGCGGCUUAGCAUCAGCUGUUAAGCGGCUUAAAGAUCAACUGAUAAGCGGCUUAGCAUCAGCUGUUAAGCGGCUUAAAGAUCAGCUGAUAAGCGGCUUAGCCAUCAGCUGAUAAGCGGUUUAGCGGUGUGGGAAAAAGGAAAGGAAACCCCGCAGGAACUCGCAAGACAUUUUCGUCUUGCGAAGCAAGCACAUAGGAAAUUCGUUUUGCGAAGCACCUCCAAAACGGAAAACCCUUUCGUCUAGCGGGUUUUCCGUCUUGCGAGGCAUUCGUCUUGCGGGGCACCACUGUAGUGCUGUUGCUGCUGCUUGUUGAAUCACCCUUAACAAACUAUGAUUCCUGCAGGGGAGCACCAGUUUAUUUUUUGCCUUCGGUGGCAAAAUUUGUUGGGCCAGCCGUGGCUGCAAGAAUGUGUGGUAUUGAGUACCAGUUCCUACUUCCAGUCUGAUUUUUUGAAUGUGUUAUUUCCAUUGUUCCUCACUUUCUGCAUUCAUUUGGAAUCUCAUCUGUCCCUUUAUUCACCUUCAGUUUUGACACUGCAAGAGUGACAGAUGGAAAAGAUCAUGUUGCUUGCUCUAUUCCUCCAGCCACUAAACUGGAAUCCCUGCUUACUUGAUUUGAUUAGCAGAGAUAAGAAAACUGAUAAAGGUAUUAUACAGAGCGGCUCUCUGGGCAUCCUCUAUCUCCACACAUUUUGAAUUUGAGCUGAUCAUCAAACACGUUUAAAAACCUUGCUAUCACCUCAUUCACUCACCAGAGCAGGGGAGGGAGGAUCUCUUGCCAUAAUUCCACUGCAAGAAGCCUGCUCUUUUGACUGUGUUCAGGAUUCUCCCAAUAGCAGAUUGAUGAGAUGGCUGUGGGAGACUGGAUGUUAAGAGUAUAAUGCAAAUGUUUUUUCUCAGACACCCAUUGGAAAAUUUAUAUUGAAGUAUUAAAUAAUAUAAAUAAUCUUAAAAAAAGUUAAGCUGAAUUGAUGAUGAGAGACAUUACUUUUUGUCUACCAUUCCACCUCUCACUAUAGACACCAAUAUUUAAUUAGCCAAAAGUGGUUGCAUUUGCAUAACCUAGUCUGCAAUCCUAACCCCACUUACGUGGGAUCAAGACCUAUUGAAUUCAGUAGGACUGACUUCUAAGUAGACAUGGUUAAGAUUGCACUGUUAAUGGGCCUUUUUCUGCCCCUGCUUGAUUCCUGCUUGUUUCUGUCAUUGAGGAUUCUCUGUUCUUUCUCAUCUCCCCUACCAGCCAACUCCUCCAGUACACUCUAAAACUUCAAAUGCCAUAGAUUUAUAUAAAAGCCAGUUUGCAAUGUUCUGUUGUAAUCUAGGCCUGGCAGAUAAGAAUGACCUCAAACCUCUUAGUGGCUGAGGUCACCAAGGCCCGGUCUCAGCAGCACUAUCCCAGCCAUCUUAUAAGCAAUGUGGUUGGUUUUAUAUAUGGAAGUUUUAGAAGAAUCUGGGGGAGAGCAUGAGAUCUGGGGCCUGCAUCAAAAAAUUGUACUUCAGCCACAGACAUACCCAGUGACCCCCUAACUAUGCCCCUCUAUGUUUUCCCCCCAGUAGAAUUCAGGCUUGGAAUGAAGAAGGCAAACAGAAAGCAAAAAAUGUUCCUCUUCAACCAGGCCUUUGGCCGAUUAAUAUUCUACAGCCUUUUAAAUGUGUCUGUGGGAAGGGGGGUAUUGUUUUGUUGUUUUUGUUUUAAGUACUUAUUUGUGUUUUUAUAUUGUAUUCUGUGAGCCACCUUAAGUUGUUGUGAUGAAGGGUGGUAUACAAAAUUUAACCACCACCAUCACCUGCCACUUCUUUACAGCGGUAAGAAAAUGCCCCCCAUAUAUAAUAACAUAAUAACGAAUUAACAUAAUUAUAUAAUAAUGAAUCAACAUUUAGGUAAAACAUUAAAUACUUGGCACAGGAGGACUCCUGUGACCAAAAUGAAAUAAUAGAUUUAUUUCAGUCACUGACCAGAGUGCAACAUAAAUUAUAUAAGUUAAAACCUUAAUCGCUAAUUUAAAACAUAUUAAGACAUUGGCCGUUAGAUUAAUUCAAAGCUUGUCUCCUUAAUUUGUGACCAAAAUGGAUUUGGAGCUUUUAGUAAGUACAGCAAUGUGUUGGCACACUGCUUCAGAUUCCAGGAGGUAAUCUCUAGCCCCCUAAGGGGGGGGGGCAUAAAUACCUGACUCUUCUAUGUGUGUAGGUAGCCUCUUCCCCAACAGCUACAAUUAAUCUUUGAUGAAAUAACCAUUUUUCUUCAGCUGUUGGGAGAUGUGAGAGUAUUUUGGAGCUAAAAUAAAGCAUUCCACACAUAAGAUAAAUAAAAGCUUUAAUGGCAAUGACAGUAACAAAUGGCCAAGUUACUUGAACUGGCUUUAUAAAUAUUUUUCUUUUAAGGAGCUUUAUGGUUUGUUCAUUUGAAUCAUCUAGUCCUCUAGUACAAUCAUCUUGUGUUAAUCUCAGUUAGGAAGGAAGAGAGAUUCAUACAGCUGUCCUACAGCUGGUAUUUAUCCUGCUUUGAACAUGUAGGAGUUCCUAUAAGUGGGAUCAGUCUCCUUCCUGAAAAAGUGAUAUAAAGAAACAUAAAAGUUAUUUCUUUGUUUCUUUCUUAAAGCAAGGGUGAAGCUGCUGUCAGAGCUACCCUGGAUAUGCUCUAUUGCAUUUUGAUUUAUUUAUUUUUUGUGGUUAACUCAUUGGUUCAACCUGGGGGUGGGGAGUAACAUAUAGCUAAUUAAAGAAGGACCCCCUGGAUGGUUAAGUCCAGUCAAAGGCUACUACAGUGGUGCCUCGCAAGACGAAAUUAAUCCGUUCCGCGAGAGUCUUCGUCUAGCGGUUUUUUCGUCUUGCGAAGCAACCCUAUUAGCGGCUUAACGGAUUAGCGCUAUUAGCGGUUUAGCGGCUAUUAAAGGCUUAGCGGAUUAGCUGCUAAAAGGCUAUUAAAGGCUAUUAAAGGCUUAGCAGAUUAGAUAAAGGGGGGGGGAAGCGAAAAAAAAAUCUCUAGACUCGCAAGACAUUUUCGUCUUGCGAAGCAAGCCCAUAGGGAAAUUCGUCCUGCGAAGCAACUCAAAAACGGAAAACCCUUUCGUCUAGCAGGUUUUCCGUCUUGCGAGGCAUUCGUCUUGCGCGGCACCACUGUAUGGGGUUACGGCGCUCAUCUCGCUUUCAAGCCGAGGGAGCUGGCGUUUGUCCACAAACAGUUUUCUGAGUCAUGUGGCCAGCAUGACUUAACCGCUACUGAUGCACGGAGGACCGUGAUGAGUGCCAGAGCGCAUGGAAACGCCGUUUACCUUCCCACCCCAGCGGUACCUACUUAUCUACUUGCACUGGCAUGCUUUUGAAUUGCUAGGUUGGCAGGAGCUGGGACAGAGAAUGGGAGCUCACCACAUCGCGGGGAUUCGAACCGCCGACCUUCUGAUCAGCAAGCCCAAAAGGCUCAGUGGUUUAGACCACAGCGCCACCUGCGUCCCUUAGAUAAUUACUGAGAACUGGCUUGUGCCUUUGUUAAUUCCAGCAAAGUUGGAUGAGAAAUCUGGAGAGUGUUAGCAUUCACAUGUAACACAGAUAAAUGCUGUGAAAUUCUGAACACUUGGAGCUGCAUCUGAGUGGCCUGCUUAGCCGUUAUGGAGCACAUGAUGCUGCAGAGUUGCUUAAACUAAGCUGGUGCAAAUCUGAUUAGUAACCUAGCACCAAGGAGUUGCCUUCAUUGUUAGACAACUGUAAGGGAAAUGAAGGCACAUCUCUCAUGUAUUGUUAAAAUAAAGGCGAAUGUAAGUAUCUGCAGUAUAAGACUGAGGUGCUUCUAGUACAGUUCCAUGCCAGAAGCAAAGGGACAAGAAGCUGGGCAGGUAAAUGAAAGCCCAGGAGGAUGGCAAACAGAACAUGCUUGUUUGGGCUUCUGAUUAUUCCUAGAAGGAUUUCGUGACUGAUAUAAAAAUGGUGUUUACCUUUUUUUUUAAGGAAUCAAUAUAAAACUGUUAAAUCUCCAGAACAUUCUUGGAGCUACCACUUGGAAAUCAUGGUCAUUGAGAGGACCGUUCCCCUUCUGGAGAAAGGCUGCAAAGCUUGCACAGACGGAUGAGACAUCAGGUGGAAUCCUUUAGUCUAACAUCUGUUCGGGGGUGAAGUGGGGCUUCACCCCCACCUUCAAAUAGCUCAAUCACGGGGGUACCCUGUUAGAGGGGGUCUAGUUGGAAGUAUGUGUCCAAAAGCCAAGGAGUUCAGCACAUGGGCCAUGGAGCUUCCUGCAAUGACUUGGGAGGGCCUCUUGUGUAGACCUGUGUCUUGCAGUGGACCCAUCAACCCUAGGAUUGACUUGUCGUGCCUCAGUCCUCCACCAAGAAGCUAAGAGGGGUAUACACCCAAUGUCUACUCCAAAUCCUCCCUACAUCUGGAAUAAAUAACAUUGUGGCCAAGUUUAAAUUCCCAAAACGUUGUCCAGUUUGUUCACUUUCAUAGGGUAGGCCUUGCUCCAGUAGGAGGGAUCUCUGUAAGUGAGCCCACAAUGACAGCCCUGUGUCACUAUCAGUUGGAGAAAAGGCUUGUUUUUAGCUGGGGGAGUGAAUGAGCAAUAGUGAAUACUAGGCUUUGAGAUGGAAUUCCAUAGGAAUAUCAACUAGGUGACAAGCAAUGUUUCUACAGCAGGGUGACAGUGAAUUUUUACAUAUCCAGCUGUGUUUUAUUAUCCUCUGUAAACAUAGAAGCACGGGGAAGUUUUAAAAAUUCCUACAUAUUUUUCCAUUCCUAAUGUUUGUUACUAUUUUGGUUCUUAAUACAAAUUGCACACACAUUUUUUGUCUAGCAUUCCCCACGUCCCUCACACACACCAAAAGCCUGCUGCAGCAACGGUCAGAAUGUCCUCUACCAAACAUACAAUUGUUCUGCAAGAGUAGACAUUAAGUAGGCCUUUAAUGUGGAACUGUUCAGGGUCCUUUCUUUUCCAAUAUGUCAAUUAUAUCUUGGUUGAUCUAAGCAUCUGUUGCAGCAGGCAAAUCUCUAUAUUUGUGCUGGUUCCCAAUUUUCUGUCAGGCUCAUUCACUGCAUUGUAGAAGUAUCUAGGCUUAAGAAAAGAAUGUUAUAUUCAGUGGUGUGUGGGUGUGGGAUUCCUGUCUUUAAUUCCACUUCCAGCUUAUUUGUGAAAAACUGAAGCUGUAGAAAGGCUAAGGAACUUUAGGGUGGAGUUGAAAUGGGGAUUCCAUGCAGGAGGGAGGGAGAGAAUUGUCUGAAACUGUAGAGGAGCAGUAGUGUCUGAAGGUGCAAUCUCCAGGGCGGCUUUGUACAACCUAGUGGGGAAAUUAAUUUCUAACUAAUUUCAUCAGCCGCUGCAGAGAAUCCAGCUGUAGCAGUGUUUGGAUGAAGACCAAUCCUGGAACUAUCACUUAGCUUCCCUGCUGUGCAGUAAAAGUUGAAUUGAGCAAUCCUUUUCACUUGCCUUGGCUGCUGGAAGGAGAGGAUAUGUUGCAAAAGUGAAGAAGGGGCAGGGAGAUCUGAUGUUCAAGCAGCACUCAGUGUUGUACAGUAUUCUUUCAGUUUAUUUUCUUUGAAUGGUACACAUGUGGAAGCCAUAAAUGCAAUGUUGUUCCUUAAAAGCUGUUUAAUACUUCUCUAGUACUGGUGACUAGUACUAGAGACUAGUACUGAUUGCCGAAGAAUUGAUGCUUUUGAAUUAUGGUGCUGGAGGAGACUCUUGAGAGUCCCAUGGACUGCAAGAAGAUCAAACGUAUCCAUUCUUAAGGAAAUCAGCCCUGAGUGCUCACUGGAAGGACAGAUCCUGAAGCUGAGGCUCCAAUAUUUUGGCCACCUCAUGAGAAGAGAAGACUCCCUGGAAAAGACCCUGAUGUUGGGAAAGAUGGAGGGCACAAGGAGAAGGGGAAGACAGAGGACGAGAUGGUUGGACAGUGUUCUUGAAGCUACAAACAUGAGUCUGACCAAACUACGGGAGGCAGUGGAAGACAGGAGUGCCUGGCGUGCUCUGGUCCAUGGCGUCACGAAGAGUCGGACAUGACUAAACGACUAAACAACAACAGUACUAGAGACAACUUUCUGGCAAAGUAGUUUCCCCACAAACCAUCAAAGGAAUUUGUUUCAUAGAAUCAUAGAGUUGGAAGGGGCCCUGAGGAUCAUCUAGUCCAGCCCCCUGCAAGUUUAAUAUCACAACUGCUUGUAUCUUAUAUGCUACUAUUCAUAAAAAAAAAUCAGAGCCAUUUACAACAGUCAGUGCAGAUGAAGCAUUUGAGCAGUGGUGAGUCAUUUCUGAAACUCCCCAUUUCCCACCCAGAAGCGAUUUAAGAUGUUCAUUUUUGUGCAUCUUCAGCAGUUGUUGCCCGUAACUUCCGGCAUGGUGCAAAAACUUAUGGCAGCCAUCACAACUCUCUCACCAGGCCCUAGCCUCAAUGCAAGCGGAAAGAAUUGUGUCCCUUCAUAACCAUAUAGUCACGUGGAUGGCACGCAAAGAAGUAUGGCAAUAUAGACAGUUAAUGCAUGGCUAAACCUAGAUCUCAACGAGAUUGGUGCAGCCUCUUACAGUCCCUGGCCUGCUGUCACCAACUUUCAACCAGUCACAGGAGACAGCUCUGUUCCAGAGUGGGAUUUUGUUAAAAAUAUUUUGGGUUUCUUCACAUUUUUAGUUUCAUUUUAAAAUCAGAGUUUAUUUAAAUUGCAGUCAUUUACUGUUAAAAUGCACACUUCAUGACAUUUGUUUAUUUAAAUAAUUGUUUUGUGUACUUAUUUAAAAUGAAAACUAAAAAUGCCCUUUUACGUGAUUUUAAAGUGCCCUUUUGAGUUUGUGUCUCCUCCACCUUGCAAAAUUCCAGCAUACCGCAAAAAAAGCAUCUCCAAUACUUCCCCUUCUAUGUGCAUAAAUGAACAGUGUCUUGCCUUCUGUCUCUUUUUAAUGAAGUGUCAGUAUGACUGUGUGAAGCUAUUGUAAAAAUAAGUUAAAGCCUAAGGGGAAGAUCUGCAGGGCUGUGUACCGUCGGGAGAUUGGGAGUCUGUACAGGAGAAGAUUAAUGGAGCCAGAGGCAUAACUUUGGUUAGAGAAGGGAAGGGUGAUAAUUGUUAAAUGAUCUUCCUUAAGCUUGCUGACCAGUGACAACAUCUAGUUGUUUCUGUGAGUGAGAAGAAACAAUGAAAAAAUGCAGACUGAUGGGGGGAGCUGAGUUUUGUGCUAAUGGUAUUUUGUUGGGUUGGUUGUUUCAAGGGCUGUCUGGUCGAAGUUUAGUUUGGAAAUAAAGAACCAUAAGAAGGAAGAGCAAGGGGCCUUGAAGUUGCCCAUCAACAGUGAACACCUGAACUGCAGAGUAAGCAGGUACACAGGCAAUCUGGUCAGAGUCUUCCCUGCUAUGAUGAGAUGUAUUGUAUUACUACUUCAAUUAUAGUAAUCCUAUCUGAAUGUGCAUCUGCACACAUAAAUUAGCAUAUGUGAAUCUUCACCUUCCUUUUUCAUCCCCCCCCACCCCGACAAUCCAUUCCCUCCUAUUUUGGUGAUUUGUAUCUGGCCACCUUACAGAUAUAUAACAACAUGAUUUAAUUUAAUUUAAUCAAACACAUAAUUUAAAAGUAAGAUGGUAACACUAAAAGUAACAGGCAAAUAUCUCUAAGCAAUGAUCAAGCCCAGCGGAGCAUUUAAAAUUAUAAUACAACCACAAUAAAAGAGCAUGACAGGUUUCAGGUCCAAUUAAUAUCAUUACAAAAAAAGCUACAGUAAUACAGUAAGCAAAGAUUUUCAAGGCCUGAAGUGAUAGGUGCUUGUCUAAUAAUGCUUGGAGCAUUAAAUAAAGUGUCAGAUUAAUACAAGUGAAAAUCUCGGUCAGAAAUUCAAUACUAUCUAGUAGUAGGAAGGUCUACUGAGUUUUCAGUGGCUAAACUUAAUAUCAUUUUUAAUACAGUACACAUAAAUGUCUGCUGAUUUUGUUUUCUUAGUGCCUAUAUGCUGAGAGACAGCUAUUAGAGUCCCUGGAUUUCAAACAGAAAGCCUAAGUCUUCGAAUGGAAUUAUAAGAUAUGGGAUAGGAACAGAACUUGUACCUGUGGUUCUGGAGAAAGUGAGGAUCUUCCAGAUUUUCUUUUAAAUGCUAUGUACAACUUGGCCAAUGAAGCUGUACUGACAUUGGUUCUUACUGGACCACCGUUUUGGAAUUCUGCGCAAAGGUUUGUUAUCUGUAAAAAGGCGUCAGUGAGACAGUUGAAAAGAUGCUGUGCUUACCCCAGAAGGGGGCAGCAAAGUAGCAGCAUCUACUGCAAAUCACUACUGAAAUACAAGAGCUGAGAUUAGAAACUGCAAAUAACAAUCUUCUUGCCUUCACAUGGCAAUGCUUUUCUUUUAAAAAAAACCUGGAAUGCUAAACUAAAAGGAGAAUAGGCAAUGUGGACAACUUUUUUUAAAAAUUCUUGAAACCACCAUUGCUGCAUUUUCACUAGCACUGAUUCUUGCAGUCCUCCUUUCUUAUCAGGCUUUAAGUUUCAUACUAUUAAGUCACAGUAAUUUAUCAAGGUACCCAGUUCUGCUAAUAAAAUAACUAGUUCUUUAAACCCUCAGAUUUAGCAGGUAUUCUGCUUACUGUAGUUUUAAAACAGAUGUAAUACAAAAUUGGUAAGAAUAAACCUUUGUGCAUUCCAUAAAGAUCCUCUUAGGUGUUGAGAUCGGCAGAGGAGGCCCUUUUGGUAGUUCCACCAUUAUCUUCAGAAGUUUAGGGGGUGGGGUCCAAGAAAGGGCAUUCUUGGGGCUUUAGUGUAACCUACUUGAUUACUUCAUUAUUUCUAGAUAACUGUGGGUGUUGGUUGUGAUAAAUGGGUAUACAUAGGAUGCAGCUGAAUGGGUGUAAGGAACUCCAGAUGGCUGAAUUUCAGUUUGGGGUUUGUUGACUUUUGAAAGCAGAUUGCUGGUAUGGAGGGUAGUUUUGCCAUAAAACAAGCUGCUAGUAGCUAUCCUGUUAAAAAAACCACUCUGAAUUAGUGUCAUAAUGUUUCACACAUAGCCAUAGGCUCUGUUUGAAAUGAAGGCUACUGUAAGGAGUCUGUCUGCAUGUGAAUAAGGCUGAGAGGUUGACUGUUCCUCAAUGGGAGCUAAUGAUUAGGAUAUCUUUCCUUAAAGAUAAACCUCUUGUAUGGUGGGGUCUGAAUUUUGUGACUAGCAAAAAUGAAACAACGUUGUGGUUUUGAAUGUUGGAUGAGAGAGAGAGGUUCUAACCCAAUGACCCCCCCUCCCCCCGCAUGUCAGUUUUCUGCUUGCUGGAUUUAAUAAUGUGAUUCCCCUCCCUGCAAAUCAGAACUGACAGUACAGAACAGAAGCAGAAGAAUAGCUCAUCUGAUUCCUACCUCAUUUUGCUUUAUGUGGAGAGUAUGUUGCUGACUAGCUAGGAGGAGGAAGGUGUGUUCUCUGGGGGAGAGAUGCAGUUAUUGCACCUCCUUUACAAGUAUGCUUUCUUCCACUAUGUUGGGUUUCUAUUUUUGUAAUUAAUAUUACAAAGUAUCUCUCCUCCAAAGGAAAAAGGUAAAGAUAAAGGACCCCUGUGAACGACUCUGGGGUUGUGGCGCUCAUCUCACUUUACUGGCCGAGGGAGCUGAUGUUUGUCCACAGACAAUUUUUCCAGGUCAUGUGGCCAGCAUGACUAAGCCGCUUCUGGUGAAACCAGAGCAGCGCACGGAAACGCCAUUUACCUUCCCGCUGGAGUGGUACCUAUUUAUCUACUUGCACUUUUUUUGGCGUUCUUUCAAACUGCUAGAUUGGCAGGAGCAGGGACCGAGCAAUGGGAGCUCACUCCGUCAUGGGGAUUUGAACCGCGACCUUCCGAUUGGCAAGCCCCUAGGUUCAGUGGUGUAACACAGUGCUAAAUGCUGUAGUACUUCACUGCUUGAGAUGGGAAGUAUAUAGUACACCAAUGGAGGAAGAAGCAAAGGGAGGAUUGAGAGGCCACUUGUUAUUACUUGGUAGGUGGAAGUGUUGUAAUCUGAGCUCUCCCAGUUUUUCCCUGUUAACUUCAGAGUGCUCCAAAAGUAUGAUAUAACGGUGAAGAAGUACAACUGGCAUAAGAGACUCUGUUGUGGUUUCAGUUCUAAUGGAAGAAACAGUUGCUUGAAAAUAGAAAUGGGAACAGAAACCAGUGUGUUGUUCUAACUCAAUUACCGAGCUUGACGUAAACUACAACAAUGAUUUAACCAAAGAAACCAUCAUCCUGCCAGCUGACUGUCCACUCAGCACUAUGCUGUGAGCUGUGGGAACAACCAGAUGAAUGGCUUCUUCAUCCCCCCCCCAAAAAAAAAUCAGCUGCAGAUGGCAGGAUAAACUUUUUUUCUGACUUCAUGCAUACACACAAUUUUGUAGCAAGACAGCCCCAGCCCAGCCUGUAGUAAAAAUUACACCAUUUGAAGUUUGCAAUUGUUGGCAUCCAUCUGUUUCAGCAGGCAGUGGAAGAGUGUGCCUUCAGGGCUGAAGUCAAACCAUUGGAGAGUUACAUUACUGCUACAGGACAGACAUAUUUUGUUGAAACUUGGGCCGAUGAAGGCAUCUGAUUGUGCUGCUUCAGUCUCUCUUGAUUUGUUGCCACAGGGGCUUGAAAUUGUGGAGGUAUAGUUUGUUGAGGCUUCUGGUUAUUUGAACCCCUAGGUACCAGAAUUUGGUGUGGCAGAGUUUUACCUUUGUGAUGUUGGUGAAUUCCUUUUGGGUAUGCAGGGUGUGUGGGGGUUGAAGCACAUAGCCUCAGAUUUUGCAAAGUUUACUUGUAGGCCCAACAUCAUUGCGAAUGUGUUGAGUUCUUUAGUUAGGGUGGUUGCUGUGUUUAUACCAGUGUAAAGUUGUGUGAGGAUUUAAGUAUGCAGUUGAGGUAUCUCUUUUGAAUGUUAAAAGAUGUUUGUAAUACAUUUUGAGUUCUGUACUGGCAGGUGUCCAGAAGCAAUACCUUUAUUGGGAUUUCUGCAUUUCUAAAGGUUCGAUAUGGACUUUCUAUACAAUGGGGAGCAACAAAACAACACAACUACAUAAAAAGCAAACAGUGAAAGAUGCUGCCUUCUUUGUUACCACUAUAAAUACAGGAUGGCUUCAAGUGACAGCAGGAACCAAAUAUCAGCCAGGAGCUGGAUUUACUUCCCAGUGUCUUUGAAAGGCUAGAUCCUUCCUUCCUUUCAUUUCUUACUGCUUUAAAUUUUUAAGGGGAAAAAAUCUCAAAGUGGUUUAUUGCAUAUUAAAGCAUCAAAUAAAACAUUACUGAAGAAAGUCAAAUAUAAAGAAGAUUGUUGUUGUUUAGUCAUGUCCGACUCUUCGUGACCACAUGGACCAGAGCAUGCCAGGCACUCCUGUCUUCCACUGCCUCCCGCAGUUUGGUCAAACUCACGUUAGUAGCUUUGAGAACACUGUCCAACCAUCUCGUCCUCUGCCAUCCCCUUCUCCUUGUGCCCGCCAUCUUUCCCACCAUCGGGGUCUUUUCCAGGGAGUCUUCUCUUCUCAUGAGGUGGCCAAAAUAUUGGAGCCUCAGCUUCAGGAUCUGUCCUUCCAGUGAGCACUCAGGGCUGAUUUCCUUCAGAAAGGAUAGGGUUGAUCUUCUUGCAGUCCAUGGGACUCUCAAGAGUCUCCUCCAGCACCAUAAUUCAAAAGCAUAGUUUUCUAAAAGAAGAUAGCUUCUGCAAAUGAGGACCUACAUAAUUUCCAAGGUUGGAAUAGCAGGAAAUCCUAGGUGUUGGUUGCAACUAAUUUAUCAUUGAGAGUGCACAUAUAAGUGUGACUUGGAAUACUCUUGAGGGAUAUUUUAUCAGCUAUGUUGAUUGAUGUUUAAUGGGCCAAUGAACAUUUCAACACAAAGUGUAGAUAAUAAGUGGGGCAUACAAAGUACAUACUGUGCAAAACCCUGAUGGCUUCCAAACACAACACAAUCAUGCAUCUAUAUUGUAAGAGGGUAUAAUGCACAAAAUAUUCAUCUUUUGGCAUCUCCUGGAUUUACUGCUGAAGCUGGCACCUAAAUAAGGAUCAGCUGCCAGGUGGAGGAGCACAGAAUGUUCAGGGAGGACAAGUCAAGUUUUUACUUGUUUUGAAACAUCCAAACAAUAUUGAAAAGUCCAUGGAAAUGUGAUUAAAAUAACUCUUUGCACUAGAAAACAGGAAACCUUUGGUCUAAAUAUUACUUUAAAAUAUUGGAACGGGGAGCAGGGGGAGAGAGUUAUAGAAAUAUGUGAUUCACAUAUUAUACUUUUGUAAAUUUGAUGUAGUUUUCUAAAAUGACCAGUUUUACAUGGAAAUGUCUCCUCUUCUGUGGUUUUAUAAUAAGAUUUGGCCAUGACCCCUGGCAUCCCUACUUAGAUAAAACAAACAGUAUUCAUGUAUGUUCCUUCAACAUGAUCCUUAAGGAAAUGAGCUUUUAAAAAACAGAUAAGCGCUGACAAUAUUUUGGAACGGUACAUCCAGGAGCUUUUCCUUUAUAAAUAUGACAGGUUCAAAUUACUUUGGUGGGGUGACAGAGUGAGCUAAAUGGAAUGUCUUUGUGCCUGUUAAUGUUCAACAUGAUCGAAUGUGACCUUUCAGGUUACACAGAACUCUUCAGCAGAAGUUACCUGUUAAAUUCAAAAUUUCAUAAAACUGCCUCACUGCUUUAGACCAGAGGUCAACUUACUUAAUACUUGGGUUUUAUAAACAGCUAAACAAAAUCUCUGGGAAACUAAAAGAAGAACAUAAUAUCAAUAGCCUUUCCCUGUUCUUUGUCCCCAGCAUUUGGUAAUCAGAGGUAUAGUGUCUCUGAGCUUAAGGUUCCAUUUUGAGCAAUUGUAAUUGAUAGUUGGGUCUAUCAUUCAUUUAAAUUGUCUAAUUAUUUCUGAAAGCCACCUCAUCUAGUAAGAACCAUUGCAUUGUUCAAUUAUUGUCUUAAGCAUGAACUUCCUAGGUGACCAAACUACUAUUAGUUCAGUCUGAGCCCCAUUCAUGCAAUAGUGGGGUGACUGUGGCCAACAUAAGGUGACUGCUUAUAAGGGUCAUUGAGAUAAUUAGGGUUUUUCAUCCAUUGUUAAUAAUUUUUCAGUUACCUAAAAGGACAGUUCUGAUGUAGCACAAUUGUUCUAAAUAUAGCAGUUUUACCAAAGUCGCUCCUAAUUUCUAGUUAGAGAUGUUUCUAAGUGUUCACUUGAAUUAUUUUUAAAGGAUUUCAUAAAGUUUUUCCAAUGUGACUGACUAUUGCAUUUUAUGUUACAUUGUUGCCUGUUUGCACAGCUUUAAGCUCCUCUUGGGACCUCUUCAAUUUGCUUUGGCUUCACUUUCCUGAAUGAUUUUGUGUCUGCUGUUGUUCGUCUUAAUUGUAAAAACUGCAUUUAUUCCUACGCUCUAUUUCCUGUGCUUUGAGCAGUUAUGAAUCUAUAUUAAUGAGUCAUGUUCUAUUAUCUGUUAAUUUCUUUGAAGCUUUGGUAAGGAACUUUAUGAAAAAACUGAAGUACAAGUACAUUAAGUCUACAGAAUCAUCCCUACUAAUAUGUUGAUACCCUCAAAGAAUUUUAAAGGAAGAAAAAGCCACACUAUCUCUUUGUGGAAGCCAUCCUGAUUCUAUGUGAGCAAGGUGCUUUGUUCAAUAUGUUUAAUAAUUCAAGCAAAAAUGAUGUUUACCACUUUACCUGGUGCAGACAUUAGACUGCUAAUUUCCCGGGCAUCCCGUCCGUCCAUCCGCCCCCACCCCCGCUCUAGAGCCUUUCUGUUAUUUUAUUUUUUAAAAUUGCUUCCUCCAAAUAUUCCUCCAGAUUGUAAAGCAGCUGGUUUUAGAAGUGUGAUGAAUAAUUUUAACUGUAGAGUUGUUGGUUUUUGAGCUCAUGCUAUUUGGCAUGCGCGACUUGUUUGCAAGUACUAUAGUUCCCUAUACUGAUGAGCACGUGUUGAAUGUAAAUCUGAAGGUUUUGUUUGAUACUCCCAUAGAAUAAUUGAAUAGCAUUUCUGAACAUUAUUUUGGCAUGCAAAAAGUGCAACUCUCUGUAACUGCCUCAUGCAGCAAUAGAUUGUAACAUGAUUUGUAUUUUUAACAUUAACACGCACACCCUGCAACUUCAAAAGAAGUAAGUGACUUGAAUAGUCUGCUUUGUAUAAUAACUGUUCAUUCAUCUACCCUUCGCAUGGUACCUACAGCCUGCUUAACUAAGGUCAUAAUUAUUCAUAACUGCUUACUUUUGGUAAAAGCUUGCGGCAACCCCACAUUCCUAUCUGACUAAAAGCCUUUAGCAUUUCUUCCCAAUGUGGUGUUAUCUAGAUUGGUUCAGUACCGCUAAAGCUGCUGCUCUUAUGAUUCAGUUUGACAUUAGCCAAUUCUUCAGGUAUGAAGAGAACACACCAAAAAGGGGAGCCUUAUCAUAGUAUGAAUGAUUUAUAUUCUAUUGGCUGGGAAAGGGAGAAUGCCAAAAAUGUGUUUGGAAGAAGAAUGGCUUAGCUUAGACUGGUGGCAGGGUAGAGAAUGUAAUUUAUUUAUGGCACCACUUUGAAACUGGCCUAUGUGGGAAGUGGCUGGAUUUAUCUUGUAUAAUCAUUUGUGCCUGUUGAUAUGGAACAACCAUUGUUUCUAGGAAGGCGGGAUCAACAUCUCCUUCCAAAUGACACCAAAUAGUGGAGCCAAAAUGUGGAAAUUGGUAUUAUUGGUAUCAAUGGCAUGAGAUAGAAGUGUGUCUUAUUAUUAAUUUUUUUGGACCAGGCAUAUUAUUUUGCUAUCACAUAGCUAUAAAAUUAUUCUGUAACGCAGUGAUGGAUAAGAUAGAGUAUUUAAAACCACUAUGGGAAUCACAUUUGAACUGUAAUAUUGAGCCAACUAAAUGGCAUAAACUUUGGGAGAAAUGGCCAUUUAAGCCUGUAUCAACAAGAUAAAAGAAAAUACGGUGGUACCUCGGGUUAAGUACUUAAUUCGUUCUGGAGGUCUGUUCUUAACCUGAAACUGUUCUUAACCUAAAGCACCACUUUAGCUAAUGGGGCCUCCUGCUGCCGCCGCAGCACGAUUUCUGUUCUUAUCCUGAAGCAAAGUUCUUAACCUGAAGCACUAUUUCUGGGUUAGCAGAGUCUGUAACCUGAAGCGUAUGUAACCUGAAGCGUAUGUAACCCGAGGUACCACUGUAUUAAGAUUGGUGGCAUCUUUCACCUCUCAGAGGCUACAAAAUAAACCGUCAAUCCAACCCAUUAUAUUGGAGGAGUCUUAUUAGCACAUGUAGUGGAGCUGUGAGAAUGUUCAAGGUUUUUGGAGUUUAGUAAUAGAUAAAGGUAUUUGUUUUACAGUUCAAAUGUAAAUCCCUUUUUAAUGAUGGCAAAUUUUAGCUCAAAAUUGGAAGGUAGCUGCUGAUUUGACCCUUGAGGAAUGAUAAAAUAAGAUCUAGAACACUGCACUCAUGGAAAAACUAUCCAAGCAACUUAAGGCUCUAAAAAAAAAUACACCAAACAAAGACUAUUUUGAGGAAACAUGGUAUAUUUUUAUUCAGCAUAUCAGAAACAACAGGAUGAGGACACCGCCUUCAGCACUUGGCAAUUUCUGGCAUAAUCUGUGGAAACAAUUAACAUGAUAUUAUAUAAUACCUACAGUUGAUCUUAAUAUAUACACAUGAUUUGUGAAAUAACUUACCUCUGUGUGAAUGAUAUACAGGUACACAUUGAAUGAAUGGUAAGGGAGCAAGAAUAGGGGUUCCUUUGAGUUAGUUUAUCUGUGUUUACUGUUCAAAAUGCAUAAAUAAAGACUACAUAAAAAGAGAACUGGAACAGCAAGAAUCAAUUAACCCUUCUUUAAGAUAAUUGAAGUAAAUAUUUAAAUGCAGAAGUACAAAGUGCAGAAUGGGCAUGAAUCUUUAGCAAGAUACCAUCUAACUUGAUCAGUGUGAACUUAAAAGGAUUUUGCUUUCAAAAAGGUGUAUAAGUGCUGUCUUAAUUCAAGAAGAUUAAGUAGGAUAUAUCCCAGCUCCUCUGCUGUACGUGGCUGGUGCCAAUCCCUACAACUUGACUUGAUUUACAUUUUCUGAUCAUGCUUUCAUAUUGGACAACUCUGGAGAGACUUAAAAUUCAACAGAUGACAGGUUGCUACUUUUUGAUCUCAAUCUGACCAUAUUCAGUCACUGGUGUAUAUUGGAAUAAAGUGCACUGAUCUUCCAGAAAACAGUGGCAUGUGAUGAGUGUUGAAAGUCCACUACAGUUUUGCCCCCAAAAAACCCCUAUUCAAACAAUAAGUGACUAUAGCACUAUAAACAUCUCAUUUGGAAGGGCCCUUGGUAGAGUCUGAGAGGUUCUGACUUCUGAGAAGUAACGGUAGCUGGUAUUCUUCAUGCUGCUUUACCAUCUGAAAGGAGGUAGUCAGGAACAACAACAGUCUUUGUUUCUGGGUAGACCUUGCUGUCAGCCUGCUAUGUCAGUCCAAAAGUGUGUGUGUGUGUUGCUCUUGCUACCUUGUGAGGGACAAAGUCUGUGCCACUUAAGAAUCUAGUUCAAAGGCUGGAAGGAUUUAUGUAUACAUUCUAUCUACUAGUCUUUGUCUCAUGGCUACUUCAUUUGCUAAUUUUUGCACUCAGGACAAUUCAGGAAGACACAUCCACAAUUUUGGGGGUUUGCUGUAAAGAUGCAUGCAAAUAGUGGACCAAUGUGAACUGAUAUUUCCAGGAUUGACUGACACUUGAAUAUGUGGAGAUGAUAAUAGCGAAUGCAACAGCUAUGCUGCUUCAUAAAUGAGUGGCACAAUCAACUUUUCCUCUGUCGUAGCUUUAACUUUAACUGCCUUUUCUCUCUGGGGUCAAUGCUGAAUUCAGGUAAGAUCAGGAAUUUCCGAAGUAAGGUGUUCCUUCAGAGUUUUUAAUGGCUCUGUUCUGUGACUGUAUUUGUGGUAGUCCAGAUUUCCUCUGCUUUGGACAAAGGAACCUGUAACCUCAGAAGGCAGGCCUCGCUUUCAUGGUUGCUGCAGCCCUAGAGUGUAAACAAAGAUGGGUUCUUCUAUACUUAAGGAAAUCUUCCAACAGCUUGCAGGAAGUUACAGGGUUUAGGAGUGUUUACACAGUUUCAUUAAAUAACAAUAAAAGUAUAUUUGUCUUCCUUGGAAUGUGUUAGAGAGAGCAGUUUCUUAGUAGUUAAGAAAAGCAAGAUCAGAGCCCAUCUGAUACAAAAAAAUUUGCCACUUGUAAAUUAGCUAUAAAGCUGUAAGCUUGAUCGUUAUGGUAGCUAUCUGGGCAUUCCUUUGUUAGAGAAAGUGCUUGUUAUUUUUAUAACCUGCCCUGGGAUUUUAUGGUGAAGGUCAGGGAUGAAAUCUUACAAAUACAUUGGAGAACUAAUAGCUCUCCUGUUCAAAAUGCUCAAAUGAGAACUUUGAAGAUGACAAACCUUCCUACUACCCCAGCUAGGAGGAGCGCAAUUAUAUGAAGUGGUGUGGGUGUGGGUGUGGAGUGGGUAUGAGGACAAAAAAAGGAGUUUUGGAAACAGAGAAAUGGCCAAGAGUUAGCUGGAGGCUGGCAGCAUCUUUGGUGUUGAGUGUCUCUUUGGUGUGUAGGAGUGCACAUGUUGCUUGCUGGCUUCCACUUACUCUUUUUGUCAACAAACGAAGUAUUUUAAAAAUGUCCUAAGUCUUGAGUGCCGCCUUCAAAGAAAGCCAACCUAAGCAGUGCUGCCCCAGAAACUUCUCACCAUCAGCAGUGGUGUGUGUGUGUGUGUGUGUGUGUGUGUGUGUGCAUAAUCACGUUUUCUAAGCAUCUGUUUUUAAUGCAGCAGUUUUCUGCUUCUUUCUACUACAGCUACUGCUACUAAGGCUUAGAAACAUAGAAUUGUAGAGUUGGAAAGGACCACAAGCAUCAUCUAGUAGUUCAACCCCCUGCAAUGCAGGGAUCUUUCGCCCAAUGUGGGGCUCGAACCCACAACCUUGAAAUUAAGAGUCUUAUGCUCUGCCAACUGAGCUAUCACACAAUUGUUGCUUUUCCAUUUCUAUACUAAAGUCACAAAUAAAGUUCACUGCUUCAGGAGUAGGAAACUCUUAUGUGGUAUGUGAAACAUGCUUUAAAAGACAUGGGAAAUGUAAAUAACACAUCCGGUCAAGUUGGUGCUGCUUUAAAAAACUAACAGGAAAGCAAAUGCUUAAAUCAACAGAACACGUUAGCAUUUAUAUGUUUACAGAAAGUCUUCAAAUAAAUCAGUUGUUGAAAUAGCUUUCCAAAUCUGAGAACUCAUUUAUUGUGCAUCUAAUUAUCACUUUCUAAUAAAAUGCUAUCAGUUUUUGCAUUUUUUUAACAAAUAGGUUUCUUUUAAAAAGUUGUGAAGAUAUUUCACAUAGCUGUGAAUGGUAAAAUCAUUCACUUUUGCUCUCUUCCUGAUGUUAGCCAGACAACUCAAGGGAAGCUGUGUCCUCUUUCACAGUCUUAGAUACUGCCUUAAAAUAUUUUUAUGGCAAAGCAGUAAGAAUGCUUUGUACCUCCAUAGUAAUCAUCACCCCAUUCAAAAAUAACUGUGGGAAAGUUAUACAAAUUACAUAAACACUUUUGAUAGAUCUCUAUUGUUGAGAACUUGAGCCAAGAUGGAUUAUCAUAACUUACCGUAAGUGGCCACUCAGAACAGGGGAAGGGUUUAGUUCUUAUGAGCUUUAAUGGUGGCAAGGUUCUCUGAGAUAGUGACUAGGUGUGCUUUUUGCUUAGUUUGUCAGCCCUAAAGACCAAAAAAUGGUUACUAUACCAAUUUUGUAUAAUCAGGAAAGUGAGUGUUUCAUAGUGUGUUUUUUCUAUGAGAUUACAAAUGAGUCUGUCUCUUGAAUCAUAUGCUUAUUUAAGAAAUAAAUGCAGUUAUAUCAAUCCAUAUCCACUAUCUUCAAGUAAGGCACAGAUCAGUCUGUUUACUGUGAAUUCUUAAAUUCAACGGGCUCUGGUACAGCAAAGGUGCUGACUGUAUUUCAACAGGGUGUUAUCCUUAGAGUGCCAUCAGGCUUGAGGCAUAAUCCUGAAAUCUGACUGGAACCUAUUGGACUGGAGCUACUACUAAUGGAUUAUCCAGGCAAUUGUUUCAAAGAAUGACCCUACCACAUGUUAGACUUGGGAGGAAAGUUAUGCAUAGUUUGAUUCAGAGGUGUAGCUAGGAAGGGGUGGGGCACACUGGGAGCCACACCGAGGAGGCAGCACUUACCACAGGGCCUGCAGCAUGCCUGAGCCACGCAGCUCUCCUGGGAGUGACGCGGUGGCUCAGACUGCCUGUAGGCCCCAUGUUGCUUGAAAAAGCGGUUUGGGCACUGGGAUUCCGGCACACCUUGCCCUGUCCCAUGGGCACAUUGCCCCAUCCCCUGUGCGUGGCACACGUUCACAGGCCACGCAUACCACCCUGGGUGCCCAAGCAGCUAGCUAUGCCACUGGUCUGAUUAAGAUACAAUAGUGUGAUCUUCUCUAUUUCACAUGCAAUGAAUGGAGAGGAUACUUUUCAUGCAGGUAGUGAAUGGAAAAGGUAGUUUUUCUGUAGAAGAGGAACUGUGUUGCAGCUGUUUGCUCCCCUUCCUUUAAAGUCUGUUUGCGUUCUAGCAAAUAAGGUGAUCAUUCUUAGCUGUCCUUAGGGACAGAAAAGGAGGAGCAGAAAUUGAUGAGAGAGUCCCAAGAAAAUGGCUCCAUGGAGAAAAGUUGUGCUAUCUAAAGGAAUGUCUUCUCCAACAUGAACCUACCUCCCAGGAAAUACCUUCUCCAGGUGCUCCAGCCUAGGGGUGUGGUUACUGGAUAGGGGGCCUUUUCGCUGGUGGUAUUCAGAUUAUGGAACUCUCCUCCCUUGCCUGUUUAACUAGUGAGGCACCAGGGCAAAGUCUGUAGAAUUCUCUCAGGCCUUUAGUAACUGUCCCCUUUUUAUGGCCUGAGCUGCUAUCUUCUUUUGCGUGGAAGUUGUCUGUUAGCUGCUUUUUUGUGGUAUUUUUUGUUGUGUUAUUGUAAGCCUGAGGCUUUUGCAAUGAGUGAGCGAGAAAUGGGGAAACCGCUUCAGACAUCCCCUGGAGCUAUUCAUUUUCAGUUGUUGUGGAUGAUGGUCACUGCAAUAAGGCACAAAUAGGGGAGCUUUGCAAUUUGACACUGUUUAAAACCAUAUUUACUAUCAGGAGCCUAUGUAUGCAGAGUGGCAUUUCUGAUAAAACUCAAAUCAUAAGUGGUUUUAUCUAGUGCUGCACCAACUGCAUUCCAUUCUGUCAGUGGGAUUUGCUCUUUCUCUCUGUGCACCCAGAAUCUGCUCUGGAUGGUGCCCCAAAACUAUUUGCAUAAACCCUACAUAAAUCUGGAGUGGAGUGGCUAAGAUGGUUGGAUGGUACCUUGUACACCUCUUUCUGGCAAGCUGGUGCCAAAUGCUGGUGUUUUCCAUUGGAUCACAUCAGUGAGGCCAAGAGGGGGGCGGGUCUUGUCGUCUGGGCUACCCAAGAUUUCCAUACACACCGCCUAGGCUUUAGCCCCAGAAAGGUCACUUUGGUACCUCUAAUGUAGGGGUUUGCCUUCAACCCUGGAAGCACACUCCAUUGUCUCUUGAGAUGGACAGAUGUCAACCAUAAUUGCCUGCAUAGAAGUUACACUUCUGAUGAAAGAUGUGUGGUUUCUGUGCAACAACUGAGUAAUUUAAAAAUGGUAUGCAUAAAAAAAAAAGAGUUCCACCUUCUGGAAAAGCCUAAUGCCUGUGUACAGAUUGUAAAAAUUUAUCAACCAAAACAUUAUGAGGUACGCUAAAGUCCAGCCUCUUUAUCUGCAUAAUCUGUUCAGUGUUGAAGCCAUUUUGUUAGACCUCCUUCAUCAAGAUUUUCUGGAGUUGCUGAAAAUCAUUAAAAUACUACAGGCCUCCUGUUAAGGCUACCAUUAGCCUUUAAAUAUCUUAGAAAUCAUCUGUUGCUUUAACAAACAUGCUUAGUUUCCUUCCUGCAUUGUAACUCUAUGACUGAAUGAGAAAGCGUAUUUCACAUUCUUUGUGCAGUGAUAAGUACAACCUUCUUCAUCAUAGCUGUGCUGUGCCGCACCUUCUAGGUGGUGCCAGAACAUUUCUGCCGAUUUUUCACAGCUAUGACACUUGAAGAAAUGUAGUAGAAAGGAUGAGUGGAACUGUAGACUGAUAAUUAGUAGAAAUCCACUGUUUCAAAAUUGGUGAAUGAAUAGGGAGACAGGCAAAGUAAGUAGGAAUGUCUUUAAUCAUCGCAUUAAUGUGUUGGUGGAAAUGCCAAGAAAGUCAGCAUUCACACAGAGCACAUUCACUCACACGCAGAUACGCAAAAAGGAAAGGCUAGAUUAAGCUAGGCUGGGUGUUCCUUUUUAGUGUAUCAAAAAAGAGGCAAAUAGGGAAAUUACUUGGACUUUCAAAAAGCUGUUGACAAUUUCUGCCAUCAAAGACUCCUGAGUAAGCUUAGCAGUCAUGGAAUAGGAGGAGGGGUGCUCUUGUGGAUGGGAAUGGGAAAAGUAGAAGUAGGAGAGAAUAGGAAUAACUACAUAAUUCGCCAAAUGGAGGGAUGUAUUAUUAUUAUUAUUAUUAUUAUUAUUAUUAUUAUUUAUUAGACUUCCAUACCACCCUUCAUUACAAGAUCUCAGGUCAGUUCACAGGAUAAAAUACCAAGGGGUGUUGUUUAUUAUUUUAUUCUUCUUUUAUAUUCUGCCUUACUUCCAUCAUGCAACUGAAGUCUGUGUGUACAUGGGGUUUCCAGGCAGUUACAUGCCCAGGUGCUGAACAGACUCCUAGAACAUGUCUGUAGUUCAUAGCUUAGUUGAUGUAGGUAGGAGUAUUAUUGUGAAAUGAAGUGGCAAGGGGAUCACUAAUGAAAGUUAAGUGUGUGUGUGUGCCAAGGAAACAAAAGUACCAUAUUACUCAAAUACAUAACUUGCAUGCAUAUUUUACCAACAGCUCAUCACCAGUUGUAUUUCAUAACACAAGAUCAGUUUGCUUUUGCAUGUGAGGAGAGGGAAAGAUAAGGUGCUUGAAAAAUGUGUCUGCAAGCCAGGGCAAAUUUGAAAAUGCAGGCUUCGUGUAGAACAGCAUCCGUUGAGGCCUUCUAGCCCCUGGCUGCCCCUUGUCUUUUUUAUUUAAAAAAAUUAUUGAAUUUGUUGUCAAAUAUUUCCCAUUUUUGCUACAUUUUUAUGUGAUUUUUCAGCUGGUUCAUCAUUAUUUUCCCCACUGCCCUCUCCCAGCAGCUGUCUGGUCUCACAAGGCUGAAAAUUAAAUCCUUCUCUUCAUUGUUUUCUAUUUUCAGGACAAGUAGGUGAUUUUGCUUCCUAACCCAGAAAAGAAAAACAUUUUUAAAAAAUCCAUUUAAAACACAUUUUUGAACUUUGGUGGACCUCCUGAUUCAAAGCUAACACUUCUUUUCUAGCCAACAAUAUGAGCUCAUUCCAGAUCUGGAAAAACAAAGAAAAAUAAAUACAGGGCACUUAGCGUUCUUAUGUAACAUCCGUGGAUUUUUGGCACAGACCGUGUGGAAAGCUGCAUGGAACUUAUUAAUACGGCUUGAAAACUGGGUGGACUUCCUUUUCUGUGUUUAACCUUCCCUAGCAGCAGCAGUGAAAGCUAUAUAACUAAAACAGUGCAGUGUGGUAAUAAGGGGUUAUCUUGCCAGAGUAUUUCCUCCUCUUGUUUGAGCUCUUCAAAAGAGUUUCCUUUGGCUAGGAUUCACUGUUUGCUUGGUGGUACAGAACUGGAGGGAACUUUUGCCACUGUUUAGCUAUAAUGAGGAUCUGUGGUGGCUGAUCUAGCUAUGUAUGGGUGCCACAUAUAUCCUCACCCUGCCAAGCUGCUCAUAAGGACAUGAGAACAGUACUGCUGGAACAGACUAAAAGCCUAUCAGGUCCAGCAUCCUGUUUUCCCACAGUGCUUUGCUUGUUCUCUAAUCAGAACACUGGUUAUCAAGCAGCCUUUUUUGCAUAGUUGUUGUCAGGUGCAAAAAGGAACUCUUCCUCCAUGCUUAAGCUAAUUGUAAAUAUCAGAUACUUGGUCUUUGGUUACCGCCAUACCACCAAUGUUUUUCAGGAGAGUUUCAAGCACAUACUGGAAAUUUCAGUUUGUGCAGUUUAAGUGGUUUAAAGUGCCUCUGUCUCUAGCACAACAAAUCCACUUUAGAAUAAUAAUAAUAAUAAUGAACAAACAGAUGUUUUGUGGUUCAGAAAGCAUUGAAGAAAUGCAUUGAAAAGUGUAGUGUGAACAAGUGAUUAACAAGACAUCUAAACACAGCAGAAGAAAUCAAGAUGACAGCUCAUUGUCGUAUAACAAACAAAUCAGAAGAAAUUCUCAGUGAAGACCACACAUAGUCUAACCCAGGCUUCCUCAACCUCGGCCCGCCAGAUGUUUUUGAGACUACAAUUCCCAUCAUCCCUGACCACUGGUCCUGCUAGCUAGGGAUCAUGGGAGUUGUAGGCCAAAAACAUCUGGAGGGCCAAGGUUGAGGAAGCCUGGUCUAACCUCUGCAAAAGCUUUAUGCAAGCAAAUGUGGAUGAAUGCUCCAAAACAUUAUUUGGAGGAGCCUAUCAACUCUCCUCCCUUUCUCCACCAUUAUAGCAGCUUGAAAUCUUUCAUUAGUGAAUUAACAUCAACAUGAGCCAGGCACUGCUGGCCAUCUUUUGCCAAAGCUUUCCAUUACCUUGUGGGAAUGCUGCAUGGGCAGAGGGACUUGGCUUGGCUGAGAGACCUUUGGCAGACAGUGCAGCUGGGGUCGCAAUCCAGUUUUAGCCUUUCCCUUUGCUCAUGGAGCCCUCUCUUCUCUGUUUACAACAGUAAAAAGGUCCGCUGGCAACUGUGUUAAUUGCUCACAUGGAAAAAUAACUUUAGUGUGUGUAUUUUUAGCUGCAUUUUUCUCCUAAAAUUCAGCUGAAAACUAGGAGAAGGGUUGUGGUUGCUCAUCUCUUCACAGAAAGCAAGUUGUGAGCCUCUCUCUCAGAUACUGGAGGUCAAUUUCAAUUGACCCAAGGGUCUUUUCGCAGAAGACUCUUUUCAGGUCAGAACAGCUUGACCAGCCUAUAAGACUGAAAAAGUACAAAACUUAAUUUCUUCUGUGAGGUAGCUCACCUUAGUUGUCCUGCAGCUUACAGCUGUGAACCAGAUAAAGGUAAGACUACUGAUGUUCUGCAUUAAAGUUGGUAGGACCAUUAUUGAGGGGGAAGGGCAGUAACAGUACUGACAAAUAUUAUCUUACAGUUGCGUUCUGUGUGGGUGGCUGUGUGUCAGAUACAAUAUAUUAGUAAUGUGCUCAUAUCAAUUUUGCUGGUUUUGGGGUCUUUCUAAUACAGUGGUACCUCGGGAUGCGAACGGGUUCCGUUCUGGAGCCCCGUUCACAUCCUGAAUGGAACAUAAGAUGUGAUGGUGUGUCUGCGCGUGCGCGGGUUGCGUUUUACCACUUCCGCGCAUGCGCGUGAUGUCAUUUUGAGCAUCUGCGCAUGCGCUCUGCAGCAACCCGGAAGUAAUGGAGCGCGUUACUUCCGGGUUGCUGCGGAGCGCAACCUGAAAGCGCUCAACCUGAAGCACAUUCAACCUGAGGUAUGACUGUAAUAGUUUACUUGUGAGACCACAGAGUACAUGCAAAGAGUACUGCUGGAUUAUUUUGAAAUGCUGCAGUUAGGAUUGUCUGACUCUUUGCACAGAUGUCUUGUUAGAAUGACACUUCUUUUGUGCUUGGAUGACUUGGCUACAUUCAAAGCUGUUGUCAUGUGAUAGCAGCCAAAAGCAGCUGUCUUUGUACUGAUGGCUGAAACCUUAAAGUGAACUUUCUUUAGAAGUGGGCUGUGAUUGUGGUGUUAACUCCUUGUAUACUUAGGAGUUGUUAUGUGUGUGUGGAGAGGGGGGCAGCUUCUAAAAGCUUCCUGAAUUGCAAUGAUGCUUUUACUAUAGUAUUCCUUCAAGUGUAGAAUAUCUUUUUUAAUAUAUAUUACAAAUAGCUGGUGCAACCCCCUCCAUUACCACCAAGCUGGAUUGAGACAGUGAAGUGGGUGGACAGGGGCUUUUCUCCCUGCUGUGGUCCUCACCCCUGCACCUACAAUUUUAAGAGGGGCACUCCCAGUAUCCUUUACAGCAGACAAUCUGCUCUUUAUCAGGUAGCUCUGGCCCCUGUCACCUAACAUAGGAAUUGGUUAAAUUGAGCUGUGGGUCUUCCAGGUCUCAUCUUUCACAUCUGUCAAGCAAAAGCAACAAGACUAAAACCUCUGUCAGAACUGUAAUAUAUAUAUAUAACAUUUUCUGAAAGCUCACAUACAAACACAGAUGGUGUAUCCAAAACAGAUGAUGAAUCACUAUUGCUCAUCUUUGCCCCCACCUCCCCAAGGCUUUUUCACCACCCCGUAAUUUUAAUGUGUGUGCUUGUGCUAAUAUAGCAUCCACACCUGUUUGGGGGAAUUGUGUGGGAAGCUAAGUUGCUGGAUAGGUAUUGGUUACUAUUUCAUUUAGGAAUUUGUUACAAUCUUACAGCAUUUGCCUACACAAAACUUAAAUUAGCAAGGAGUUAAUUACUGUACCUGUGAUGUGAUGGAAACAACUAUGAAAACCCUUCUUAAAUUUAAACCAACUGUAAACAGUUUUGUUUCUAACCUCUGUGUACUCCAAGUUUUUAUUUCAAUUUAUUGAUUAUAAGGCCCCCACCUUUUACUCUUGUCAAAUUCCAGUAGGAAUAGGCUUAAGGCAGGUGUGGAGAACCUUUGACGCUUCAGAUGCUGCUGAACUACAGCUCCCAUCAGCUCCAGGAAGCAUGGCCAAUGGCCAGGGAUGAUAGGUAUUGUAGUUCAGAAACUCCAGGAAUGCCAAAGGUUCACAACACCUGACUUUAGGCUACAUUGCUUAGGAGAAUUACAUAUGUGUGCUAUGGGCAAAGAAGGGAGCACAUUUUGUACUUAUCUCAAAUCUCAAGGUAACAUGCAAUCAAUGUGUGUUCCUCCUCUUGCUGCUGCUUUUGCUAACGUAAAACAAUCCUGUUCCCCCACCUUUUCCCUUUAUUCUUCUUCAGUAAGUACAUCCUUACAUUGUUAGCUACAUCACACAGUCCCUGUAGCUGUUACUUGGUUAGACUGGCAUGUUUGCACGUAUCUGACUCUUGCUUUUGUUUUCUCAGUAGUAUUCCUGUUUGCUGGCACAUCCUACCCAUUUUAUUCUAUGGAAUGGAGAAGGCACAUACAGACAUACUUGUGCUUUGAGAUAUGGCCCCAGGAGCCAGCUUUUGUAUUAACUGCUGAAACAAAAGACCGAUUCAUAUGCAGUGUAAAAGCUGUCAAAACCCUUAAGAUUUCACAAUGUGAAACAGAGGGUUUACUUUGCUCUGCUUAAAGGGGAUAUUUCAUCCAAAGCAAAUACACCUCUUACUUGGGGGUGCAGGGAAUAAGGUUAGUCAGUUGCAAAAGAAUCUAUCAGAAGAUGCAUCUGACUCUUGUCCUUUAAGCCCUGACUGGAAUGUGCUUUAUCAAGUUGAGUGCUGCCCAGCCAUAUUCUUUCCGAAAGUGCAGUCUGUAGUGCUAAUAGUGUGGUACUCAAGUCUAUGUGUUGCUUUUGGAGGGGGUAGAAAGGAUAGCAUUGCUGCAGGGGAGCAGCUGUGCUGCUUUUCACUCUGCACAACCCUCUUACUUAAUUCUUUUUUAAAAAAAGAAGGGCUGCCAUCAGAACAUUGGAGGAAGCUGGAGGAGGUUAGAUUCAAAAACCAAAGAAGUCACAUGUCAGGUGCUUAGGAGAUUUUGCAAGAACAUCCCAGAACUGGAGCACUGAGUGCCCCUCAAGCAAAGGGGAGAGCUUAAAAGCUCUUUCUGCACCAGGUAACCCAAAGUGGACCCAGCACAAAACAAGCUUUUUAGUUCUCCACUUUGCUUGGAUUUAACUGCACAAUUUCAACCAGCCUGCCUUCAACUGGGUUUGGUUGAGAUUGCAGAAGUUAAAUGUGCAUAAGAUGUGAUCAUACUGCAUGUCAUCCUGUCCUCCCAGUGGCCGAACAGAUGCCUGUGGGAAGCUUGGAAGCAGUGCAACAGCUCUCUCCUCGCAACUGCCAUUCAGCUGCAUACCUCUGACAGUGGAUGUAGAAUAUAGCUGCAUAAAUGCUUUUGGGGAGCAAAUGGGCCUUUAUUUUGUCAUCUCUACCUAGUAUGUUAUUUUACUUAUCCAUGUAUCUAUUGCAGCUUCUUUCUUUAGUGUAAUUUUCAGUUCUGCCCUUGAAACAUACUGCCAAGAAUAAUUUUCUUGUUUGUUCCCUUAUGUAGAUUAAAUGUCCAAGAACUGUUGAAGAUUUUUAAAAGGUGUGGUGGACUUGCAUAGCUUCUAAGUGUCUCCUACUGUAAUGUAAUGGAGAAGUUAUCACAGCCUAGAUCAGGCUCUCCCUAGGUUGGCAUGUUCCAGAGGAUGCUGAGAAUGCCCCUUAGGCACUGAUGUGGGUGGGAGAGAGACUAUAUUGUGUUCUUGCAUAAUUUCUGUUCUGUUAGGAUACAUAAUGAGGCAAAGACCAAAGUGCUUAUGAGUCCUAGCUAUUUUGUUACUGGAUUUCUGUAGUUGCUCAUCAACACAUGCUCCCUACAAGCUUGCCAGACAAAACAAAAAACAAUAUGAUACAGAUGCCUUGUUGAGAGGUGAACAGCAUGAAGUAGAUGCAUCUAAUGCUAAACUGGGAAUUACAGUCAAACCUCUUCUUACGUCCACCUCCGCUCGUGUCCAUUUCACCCAAUGUCCGCAGCAAACCCGGAAGUAACUGGCGGGUUUGCCACUGUUCACGCAUGCACAGGAGGGGUGAUCGCCGUUCGCACAUGCGCAGAAGCGGGCAAUCACCACCUGCGCCUGCGCACAAUGGCACCUCUCCCAGCGACCCAUUUCGACUUCUGGACUGCCUCCAGAACAGAUUGUGGUCAUGAGUAGAGGUUCCACUGUAUGUAUUUACAAUGGGGUUCACUGAAUAGAUAAGAGCCCAGAACAUAAAGCUAGGCACACUUUAAAAAAUGUUGCUACCUAGACUAUGCGCCACCCCCAAUCUCUACCAAGCAGUAGCAAGAUCCCAGGGGGUCCAGGUGCUCACCCAGAGUUGUGUUUCCAUUGGGAAAUCAGGGCAAAGUGGAGACUAGUAUCUUUAAGAAAUAUGGUUUAUUGUACACAUAUUUGCACCUGAUCUACUUUGGAGUUUGGAGCAUUGCAUGUUAAUAGGGUCUUGUUUUCCACAGCAGUACAACAUUAGAGUCCAAGGCAUCCUGCAUACCCUCUUUAUGCAUCUGUCCCAGCCAGCGCAAGAUGGUUCUGCCCUUCACAGCAGCUUAUGGAGUUCUGCCCACUUCCUUUCUUCUUCCUAAAUACUCCCGCUCCAAGCAGCAGCUCCCCAUCUAUCUGCUUGCCCACCUUAUCCAGACCUCUGAUUUUAAAAAGACAGUAUUUUUUCUAAUGUGACAUCACAUCCUCCCCAUCACCUUGGCAGCUUCCUGUCCUCACCAGCAGAGCUUCCUACCUGGUUGAUGGAUUCAAUCAACCAGGUUAUUGUGCUUCUGUCCCAGCUGUCCCAGUUUGGUUAAUGACUUGUUUCUAGCACCUUUUUUCAUUCUUCAGGACUUCUAUCUCAGGUGAGGCCCUGGCCUGGCAUCUUCCCUUUAGUACUCCAAAUAUUAUCUAAAUUCUAUCAUUUAUUCAUUUCUACAAUUCGCUAACUCUAGCAGUUAUAAACUUUGCUUUGUGUCCACAAUUAUAGCUCAAGCAGUUCCUUUGAAUAUUCAUGGUAAGGGAGAGCAAGCAGGGUUUCUGGUGGUGGCAUGAUUACAUAGGGAAUAGUCUAGUGAUAUCAGAGUUCAAAUAUGUAGAGGGUGGGAGGGGGUUGGCUCCAAAUGACUCCAGUUGUUGGAACAGUGCCGGUCUUGCAUUGCUAGUGUAGUUUUCUGGAAUGUGUGUACUCUACAAGUUGCUUUCCUCUGAAGUAUAGGAUAUUAGAGUUCAGGGGCAGUUAUCUUACAAAAAAAGAGGGGGGGAAUUAAAGGAAGAAAAUACAUGAAAGGAAGAAUAAUUGAUCCCAGGGAUAUACCUGUGGCAUUUUGGAAGAGAAGAGGGACCCAGUUUUCUGAAACAUUAGUGAUCCAGUAUUAUUUUAAAAUGUGUACCCUGACAAACAUGGCUCAUGGAGUCCUUGAUGCACCCAGUGCACAAUUAUUACACCCACUUGACUUCUCUGAAUGUUGAAAAGUUUACAGGCUGCAACAGAGUUAGUGUCCUUUUGGAAGGAGGUCACUGGAGGCUUAUAGCAACUGGCACUAUCUGAGUUGAUUUACUAAAUAUUCAGGUUGGACUACAUAUGGGGAAUCUGUGGCCCUCCAGCCCCCAGCCAGCAUGACCAAUGGUCAGGUACAAUAGGAGUUGUAGUCCAAGAAUAUAUGGAGGGCUACUGGUUCCCCAUUAAAUACUUCAGUAGCCAAAGUCUACUGUCCCACAUAUUAUCCCCAUAAAGUGAUGGGCCCCCAAAUGUUUACAGAACACAAAGCUCAGUUCUCCAUUUGCAAUUUGUCCGCAAGCACAUAUGCUGCCACUUGAAAAGGAGAAAAAGCAGGUUUUAGUUUCAAGAAGAACCCAGCUGCCUACUCUGAACAAUUGUGUCUGAAGUGGCUGGGUAGGGAUUUCUAGGGCUUACGCAUGUCCAUCAGUUAACGGCUGCAUCAGUAUUGGGAUUUUUUACAGUCUGCACCUGCACUGAGGGUGUUUUUAAAGAUGUUUUUAAUUGCCCUUUUAUUGUUUUAUUGCUUGUUUGCCGCCUUGGGAUCCUUUGGGACAGGCAUCUCCAAACUUGACCCUCAAGCUAUUUUGGAACUACUAUUCCCACAAUCCCUUACCACUGGUCUUGUUAGCUAGGGAUGGUGGGAGUUGUAGUCCCAAAACAUCUGGAGGGCCAAGUUUGGCCCUGCCUGCUUUGGGAGAAGGGUCAGGAUAAAAGCAUAAAAACAUGAUAGAUAAAAAAUAAAAUUGCACUUUAAUUCUACCUAGCCCUUAGUCUGAUCUUCUUUUUAAAUUGGACAUGAAGCAAGCUAGGCAACCCAGCUUUGUCCCUUGGAGAAGACACAGUAAGCCAAAAUCUGGCUUGGGAAAAGGAAUGCAUAUUCUUCUUCAAAAAAAUAGUCGGGAGGUGGAGUCCAGGCUUGAUUGUGUCAGCUGUAACAUAUCUGGCAGUUAGGAUUGUCCCCAUCUGCCCUACUUAGGGCCUAAGAGAUUAUUUUAUAAUCUUUAAAUAGUUUGGGAAUUUUGUUUAAAGUGAGCUGCUUUGAGAUGACUUGCAGGAUAAUUCAUAACCAAAUAAGGGUAUAUUUGUCCCCAAGAUUGCUUCCAUUUCGUAGAUACUCCAUAUAUUGUGGAGAAUCCCUAAACUAGACUGCAUUUCGAGAUCCCAGGUGUAUAUGAUUACAUCUGUAUUACUUCAGUUUAGCAAAUAACUAGAAUUUGCAGUUUAAAAGCUAGGUUGAAAUUAGUCCCACCUUUGUCACUAAACCGUACAGAAUCUGAAAUACUAAGCAGUUGAGAAAUAGUUUUGGAGACACCAGUCGUUUAUACGAAACAAUUAUACAAACAGAAAGCUACAAUGUUAACAUAUUUUGUUUUCUAUUUCAAGUCAGCUUAGCAAAUAUUUGAGAAAUGAGCAAACUCAUAAUUAUUAAGUUCUCUUAACUAAUAACUAUAACCUUUCAGUUUUCCCCAUGUUCCUCUGCCUUUUCUUAGCAUGAUCUAGAGGUGUGUUUUAAAUUGUACUCAAGGAAAUUACAGUUUAGCUAAUACCUUAUCGCUCUCCUUUUCUGUGACUGGCUAAUCACUUUGACAUAGCUGGUCCUUUUAAAGACUAUUCUGGUGUGCAUAACUUCAGGUAGCAUUGUGCUAUAUGAAUCAGGGGGCUUGGAAAGCAAAGCAAGUAAAGGGAAAACUUGAAGCAAGUCUAAUCUGGUUGCUGAAUGGAUCAGAUAAAUACGGGGCUGUUGUUUGUUGAGGCUUUGCCAUCUGUGCUGUGAGCAAACACUUGAAAAACUUGCACCUUGUAGCAUCUGUGUGGGUAGGUGCAUUGCCAGUCCUAUUUAGGUAGGUAGGAAUCUCUCUACGGGACAGUUUAUAUAUUUAACAAAUCCCACUUUACAUUAAAUAUAAUUUAAAAGAGAAUAAACAUUUGGUAUAAAUAUACAGUGUGUGCUUAAAUCACACUUGUGCUCUUCCUCAAAUCUGAAGGGAGCUAGGCAACAUGCUGUUCACCAAAUACUAUAGACUACAACUCCUGUCAGCCCCAGUCAGCAUGAGAAGUGGGCUGGGAUGUUGGGAACCGUAGUUCACAACCUCUGGAGGGCACCAUGUUGGCUACCCUUGGGACAACUAUUGUCAUUUUAAAAUAGACUUAAAUGCAUAGCAUUAAAAAUGCUUCAUAAAAGCGAGUGACAUCCAGCACAACAGUUCUGCAUCCCUCAGCCCAAUUUUAUAGGAAUUCAGCUGGUAAGAGAUCAUCUGAAUUCGGGCUGCCAUACGUCUGGAUCUUCCCAGAAAUUAUUGUGAUUUCAAAGGUGGAAUCGAUUUCCGGGGGGAAUUUCCAAAAGGUGAUGCUUUGUCCUUGAUUUUAGGCAAGUCAAGUCAACAAUUUCAGUGGUUUCUCCCUAAAAAAACCCAACAACAACAACUCAACGACUUUCAGGGUGUCCUGGUUUUUACUUUUUUAAAUAUGGCAACCCUAUCUGAAUAUAUGUUUUUGGAUUCUAGUUGUGAACAUCCCCCACACACCCACAACUCCUCUUACAGCAAUGAAUGAUAGGAAAUCCUUGAAAUGCAUGCUGACAGUUGAGCAAUCCUAAAUGCUGAAGUUUGCUACUGAUGAAACCACAAACUAUUUUUGUCUAGACUAAAUCCAUUAAAAAAAAAUUAUUAUUAAUCCCAGCUAGCCAGUUAAAUUAGGACACCUGAUUACAACACAAUGGGAACUUGAAGUAAUGCUGGUAAUCUUUGUGUUUCUUUCCCCACCCCUUAACUCUGUGUUUAGGCAUCUUCCUUUUAAAAGUGAGAGAGCCUUGGACCUGUACAGAGAUACCAUAUAUGCUCUUAAGAGGUCACACUCUUUGAACUAUUGAGGGCCUGUGAACAUUUUGUUGAUUUAUUUAUCCCACAAUUUAUAAGCUUCCUUUGAAACUAGUGCACUCAAAGCAGAUUACAGUGGUGCCCCGCAAGACGAAUGCCUCGCAAGACGGAAAAACCGCUAGACGAAAGGGUUUUCCGUUUUGAAGUUGCUUCGCAGGACGAAUUCCCCUAUGGGCUUGCUUCGCAAGACAAAAAUAUCUUGCGAGUCUUGAGAUUUUUUUUUCGCUUUUCCCCCCCUUUAUCUAAUCUGCUAAGCCUUUAAUAGCCUUUAAUAGCCUUUUAGCAGCUAAUCCCAUAAGCCUUUAAGCCUUUAAUAGCCGCUAAACCGCUAAUAGCGCUAAUAGCGCUAAUCCGUCAAUGGGCUUGCUUCGCAAGACGAAAAAACCGCUAGACGAAGACUCUCGUGGAACGGAUUAAUUUCGUCUUGCGAGGCACCACUGUACAAAGUAAACUGCAAUUAAAACAACCUCCACAGUAUGAUCUUGCAAAUUGCAGUAUGAUCAUACAAAUAAAACAAAUGGCAUAACAGCGGUAAUUUAAAAUGUAAUGAUAAUAAUAAUAGGCACUAAUUAAGUACAUAAGAAGUGUCUUGUUGGAUCAGACCAAAGGCCUACCAGGCUCAGCAACCUUUUCUCACAGUAGCCAACCAGAUGCCUUUAGGAAACCAAUCAGGAAGACCUGAGUGCAAUCUUUUCCUGGCAACUGGUAUUUGGAGGGGUAGAACAUAGCCAAAAUGGCUAGUACCCACCCAUAGCCUUAUUGUCCAUGAAUUUGUCUAAUUCUUUUUAUAAAACCACCCAAAUUUUGUGUUGUUAUUUAUUCCUGUAUCUGCCUAUGAAAAGGCUGUCAUGUUUGAGCAUGUUAAGGCAGCACUGGGAAAACACAUUACUUCUCAUUCCCAGCCAUUUUGUAAUUGGGAACCAGCAGAUUGUCUGAUUCUUCCGGUCCCCACCCUUGACCCCAAGGUGUUGCAAUCCCUUGUUUGCAGAGUGUUUUAUGUAAAUACAUCUAUAUGAAGUGUGAAUAGGAUAUGCAUAUCUGUCACACAGGUACAAUUGCUUAGGAUCUGGCCUUUCUGACUCUUUGAAGUUCACAUUCAGUGGCAAACUUGAGAUUAUUAUAGAUAAUAUGUGAAAGCUUGGUGAGCCAGAUAAGAAAUCCACACAUUUCUCUAAAAACAUAUUUUUAAUAAAAAAAGGGUGACCUGUAGGUGGAUUUUUGUGAUUAGAGUUAAGCGUAGGACAUUCUUGGGAACAGAUAAUGGUUUUCACACACACACCCCACACCCCUCAAUUUUCUACAUGUAGCUCCUGGCAAAACAUAGGUGCAAAAUAACACACCAACCUUACAUAAUGUAGAAUAAGAUACUUGAUCAUAUCCCAGAAUUGUGUCUGUAUUUUUGUAAGUCAGCUCACUGAUACAGGAAGUUGAAGUUUUUCAAACACAGCUGAGAUCAUAUAGAAGCUAAUUGCAUUAUGCAAAACAGCCUUUGACAAUUAAUUUUCAGUGGGUGUAAAUAGAAUCAUUUGGAGAACUGCCAAACAGCUAGUGCAUGCAAGCCCUUAACGGCAGGCUGAAAUAAGUGAAAUUUAAUUUGUAAGUAAAUUCCAUUACGCUUAAGUGGCUAAACAACUGUCUAAAAAGCUAUACACCAUUAUGCAGUUUGUUUGCAUACAAACUGGUAUUUACAGGCAAUAAUGGCAAUAUCUCACUCUUAAAAAAGGGUUGUAUGAUGGAAGAUUUGGUGUAACAUUGGCUUGUGUUCUUAUAGGGACGGCUUGCAUGCUGGGUGGGUUUAUGUUUUGAACGUUAUGUUGAACUACCCACAGAGUAUCUUUUACAACUUUAGAUAAGCAGUGAUUCUUUGAAGAUGUGGGUGUUGUGGUAUAAAUGCCCACAAGUUUACACGCCCACCCACACACAUUUUUUUUAUUUCUGUUUUUAAUUUUCCUUUCAUGUGUCAUUUCAUGCCCAUCUUACUGCUUGGGUGGAAGACUAACUAAACAAUCCACUAUGUUUGCGCAGAAGUAAAUUGCACUGAUUUCAGUGAAACUUAGUCCAAUGCAAGUGAAUAUUGUACCGUAGCCUUACUUUUAAAUGUGGAAUCUUAAAAGUGCUUCCUCUUGACUAGAGUCAUCCAGAGCUUUAGCUAUGAGGUUAAGAUACCUCACCAUUUCUGUGGUGUGUGUGUGUGUAAACUGCAUUUAAUUUCCUCUGCCCUACCUACUUAAGAAGAGUACAUCUAGAAUGUAUGUAAAAUAAGCACAGAGAUAAGAAGUGCAAUUUGUCUCUGGUCAUAUCUAAUGAAUAGAAUUUAAUUACUUGAUGAAUUCAGCAAUUUUACAUUGGAGCCUUCCUUUGAAAUUCCUUUGUUCAUGUAGCAGAGUGUUAAGACUGAAAACUUCUACUGAUUUUUGAAUACUCCCAUUUCUGAUGUCAUUUAUGCCUAUUGAUUCUUUUCCAUAAGGACUGGCCUUUUUUUACUUAUUAUGUAGAAUGCAGAAGGAGAUUUCUAACACAUGACAUAUAUCACAUUGGAAGAUAACCAGGUGAUGUUGUGGCUCUCAUUAUGAUGUCCUGUAAUAGUGUUGCCUGACGACAUAUGGAUUUGUUGCAGGUACUGGUUCCUCUGUGUGUGUUUGUUUUGUGGUCUUUUAUUGCUGGGAAAUAGCUAUUUUGGGUUAGUGGGCUGUAAGUGACCUAUCACCUACAGCUUGUGAAAAGGAAGUGUCAUUGUCCAGGUUAGACUGUAGGUCCUUAAUGGUAUGUUUGGCUAGUUUUAGCUGGGACCUAUAGAUGACAGGUGGUCAUUUUUUUCUUCUGUACUAGACUGUUCCUAAGUAUCAAUGUUUCUUUGUUAAUCUGUUGGUUUUUACUUAAUUAGAAGGUUUUGUAACCUUAAGCUGCAUACACACACCAUACAUUUAAAGCACAUGGCUCCCCCCCCCUAAAGCCUGGGAAUUGUAGUUUGUUGCAGGUGUUAGAACUUGUACAUCUGUGAGAGGUAAACUACAGUUCCCAGGAUUCUUUGAGGAAAGUCAUGUGUUUUAAAUACAUGUUUUAUAUGCAGCCUUAAGAAAUGUACCUUCUGCCUCUGAUGAAUUAGACUCUGGGCCACAAAAUAUUAGUCCAUAAUCAACAUGUUAGCCUUUAAGGUGCCAUAAGACUCUUGUUGUUCUUGUGAAUUCAGUUUCUUAACUGAAGCAUAGGAUAAAUAAAUGCUUGACCUGACAAACUGGUUUUAGGAAGCUUAUUGAGUGAAAGGCUCUGUUGAGUAAUAAAAAGAGCUCUGGAACUGUGGUGACCCAAUACUUGAUAAAUUCCUAAUCUAAAUUCAGUUCGUGUGCCGAUAAGGAAACAAAUUUCCAAACUUACAUAUGCCAUUUUAUGCAAUUUUAGUCAAGCUGCUAACUAGGGAUAUCUCUGCAAUAGCUAAAAGACAGGCCAUGGAAUCUUACUCUUUAGAGGUUUUCAGAAAAGAACAGGGAACGAACUUCCUCCCAACUGGCUACGGAAGGUCAUAGGCAGAAGUCUUUCCAAGGCACAACAGCCGUUACCUGGAGGCAACAAGGUGAGAGGAUGGGCUAUGUGAUUAAAUCAGUGCUAAGAGUGUCCCUGUCCUCAGGCUCACAAUCUAAAAAUACACAAUACACAGGAAGGAGGUAUAUGUAUUAUUAUGGGUAUGGUUGCAGGGAGCUGACGUUGCUAGUGGUACAGUUCACACCCAGUGGCUACCUUGAUGAUGCAAAUUUACUAUGCCAAAAUCUUUGCUUCAGGUUGCACAGCACCUUUUCUCUAUUCAGGAAUGGCACUGGUUGCUUAACAUAAGGCUGGGUUUCCCUUUGUUGUGGAAAGCUACUCCCAUCCUCCCUGAUCUGGCUGAGGUGGUUGAGAGUUCUGUAUCCCUGCUGCCCAUUCUGGCUGCCCUGACCUCCCUCCCUGUGUUAGUGGCUGGGUCCCCCACCAAACUCAAAAACAGAACAGGGCAGUCAGCUAUUCAUUGACAAGGGAAAGAGGUUGGCCACCCUGAGAAGAGUAUGCUGGAGUAGGCGGGUCAUGGGCUUCAUCCAGCAAGCUGUUGUGGAAGCUUAUUGCCCAAAGAUGGAACAGAAAGGGGGCAUCCUUAUGUCUUCCCCCACCCUGUAUUUUCAUGCAGAAAAUUAAAUCCUGGUGUUCCUCACACACCUCGAGGCACUGAUAUAGAUAAGCUCCUCAGGCCCUCCUGGCACGUCGCUGUCAGUCACGUCCACAACAGCGACCGUGCCUACUUAUUGUCCGCCCAGCCCAGCCCAGCCCCUCGCUCGAGGAGAGGAAGUCGCCAGGUGCCUGCGAGGCUGAGGCAGCCGCCUCCUUCCCUCAGCGCUUCGCCGGCCGCCCAGAGAAGUUGGCGGGGUGGGUGGAGCCGGGGUGGAGGCAGCAGCGCCUCGCUCCGUUCGCCUCAGUGGUGCCGGCGGGCGCGUCGUCUCUCUUGCGCAGCGGCGGGGCGGGAUCUGUGCCUUCUGCGAGCCCUUCACAGCCUCUGUCACGCUCCCGGCUCCCGCUCUGGUUUCCUUCGGCGGCGAUGAAGUGAGCUGGAGACUGAAGCUGCUCCGGUUUCGCUCAGCGCUCAGGACCGAGGCGGGAUGAUCCUCACGCGUAAGUGGCUUCGCCUGGGGGAAGUUCUGGCGGCGAACGAGGCGCCUUCAAACGGAGAGCGGGAGUUUGGGGAGACCGAGGAGCCGCAAGCGCCACGCGACAGGGAGGGGGUUGUUUCUCGGGAAGGGGCUGCGGGUUUUGCCCGCGGAGGACGAGAGGUUUUCCCAGACUCGAGGAGGAUUUUGUGCCUGGGUCGGGUAGUUGCCGAGCUUGGCUUUUCGCUUGGGGUUGGCUGGGUUAUUUGAAGGGGUUGAAGUUUGGGGAACGAACAGGUUUGUUUGCGCGCAUGUUGAACACAAACGCGACCCCUUUUUUUGCAGCGGGGCGGGGUAAGAUACUAGUUUCAGUAAAUAUAACGCACAUUGACUGCAGAACGUGUUUUAGGAAAGAUGUAUGCCGUUAAUAGUGUUGCGAAAUACGAACUCACUCGAGCAUGGUGAUCCGGCAGAGAUUGUGCCUCGCCGUAAAACAAAUCCAUCGUCUGCGCCCCGUUUUGUCACGUGUGGAAGCUGGCAGAAGCUGGCUAGCUAUCUUUCCUGGAGCGAAGCUUUUGAGUGAGUGAGAGCGUUUUCUACUUACCGUAAGUGAAAGAAUAAUAAUACUAAUCUGCCACUGUUGGGCUUCUAAACAGCCCUAACUCAGCUCUGAAGAAUGUAGGUCAGCAGUAGUGGAACAUUUAAGGUUAGUUCUCUCCUUUGCAAUCCAGACAGUUGGGAAAGGAUCCAUGGAACUGAUUUAAAGCUGAAUCUUCACUCUCACACAACUAUCUCAUAAAACCAACGUGACUCAGGCAAUAGGUAGUUGCCUGAUAUAUUAUGAGGGAUGUUCCCACUCCAUAGAGACAGAAGUGAUGCUAACAAGUUUCCAGUAAGCACCUUUGAUAUUAGCAGAAUGAAGUGCUGCAACCUGCAAUUUUGUAUGUGGAGGGUGAGACUGAAGAGAAGACCUCCUAUUCUAGACCAUAUAUUCUGGUACCCUCUGUCUCAGUGAUUCCCAGUUAGGGGUCCAGGGACCCCUGGGAGUCUGCAGAAUACACCCAGGGGGUCUGUGGCCCCAUCCAUUGCCUCCCCCAACUAUUUUUUUGGUCAUUUUUGCAUGGUAAUAUCACAAGUUUUAUGGUAUGUUUUAGCACUGUGCGUUUUUUAAAUAUAUUGGCCAAAAUUGGUUUCAAAAUCACACCGCAGUAAUGAUUUUGACCCAGCAAUACAUCACUCAUUGCAUGAGGAAGAGCAGGGGCAGCCAAUUUCAAGGCACUGACUGCCACCACCCAUUCAAUCCCUGUGGCUGUUCCCCCACCCAUUCAAUCCCUGUGGCUGUUCCUUCCCUCAUCCCCAUGCCUGAUCUCCAAUUUCAGACAUUGGGAUAUAUCAGAAUAUAAUGAUGCUUAUAGAACAGGAUGCGAAAACAUUUAUUUUUGGGAAUAGGUGCUUUAUUGGAAGGACUAAUAAAAUUAAUAUGCAGCAUGUCCUUGCCUUAGUGGUAACUCCCCAGCUGCAGACACAGCCAAGAACAAGAACAAUACAACAGAAGGCUGCACAAAGGGUCUUGUCAGAACAGUUGCUGAUGGGAUAGACUCUGGUUCUAUAGGUAAUGUGCAUUUCAGUGUGUGACAUCUGGCUGUUGCAGCUGUCAGGCAGAUAGAUCCCAUGCAUAUUGACUGGUUCUGGAGCAGAUGGAGGGCGUUGGAGGAAGAACAAUAGAGUUAAGUUUCCAAGAACAGGAGGAGUAGGAGGCAAAAAUAUUAGUUUAGUUCUGGGGCAGUUUGCUUUUUAUUCUUCAGAACUAGCAAACACAAUGUUUUGUUUUGUUUUUAAUUGUGUUAGGCUUUUUGUUUUGUUGCACAAUGACAUUAGUAUGCAAAAGUGAAAACCUACAAGUAUUGGUAUAAGUAGCAAUGGGAGCAAAACUAUCAUAAUGUAUUUUUUUUCAAAGCUGGGAGUCUUGUUCCAAUGGUAAAACAUAGGAUUGUAGUGCCAGUUCUAUAUAAAAUGUUUAGAUUAUUGAAAUGUGCUGUUGUACAUGCAGCUACCUGUAAAACUCUAUGGGAGAUUCAGUUAGUCCAAAAUAGGGCUGCAAGGUUGUUAACUGGGAUUGGACUUCUACCUUUGGUUAUUGCUUUUAGCCAGGUUACUUCCCAUAUGUUACUUCCUGGACCUUGAGGUGAUUAUUAGUAACCUUCUCCAAGUGUCACUGCCAAGUGAGGUCCUGUAAGUGACUAUGAGUCAGAAGGGCCUUCUCUGUGACCACCCUGGUUGCGAAAUGCUGUCCCCAAUGAGGCUUCUCUGAGGCCCGCUUUGUAUUUAUUUUGGCACUAGGCAAAAACAUUUAUUUCCCAAGCUUUUAAUGGGUAGUUUAGGACCUUUUUAAGGUUUUGAGGUCUUGACUGUCUAAUUUGCUAUGAUCUGUGGAGUGUUUGUAUUUUUAUUGUAAUUGUAUUUUAAAUUAGCUAGAUCUAGACUUUGCCUUCCAUGAAUAGAAAGGCUUGUGAUCUAGUAGAAGAAUCCUGCUGAUGGAAUGGGGAGUGAAACAACAUUUGUUUAUUUCCCCCACCCUUUACAGCCCUUAUGCCCCACUGAAAAUAUGCUCUGUAGGGGUUGGGGGAUUCUAUGCAGUAGCAUGAGAGGUGGCACUGGGGGUUAUAGAAGGAAGUGGGAUUCAUUGAAAAUACUACCGUCACUGUUUUCUCCUGGCAGGAGCAUCCUGAGCAGAACUUCACCAGGUGAUGCUGCUACCAGUGCCAGCAAACUUUGGAGCCAAACCCUUUUGCUUGCAUAUUGUGUUAACCGUUUUUAUGGACAACAGAUACAGAGGGGCAUAGAAAUACCACAAGCUAAUGGUAUACUGUACUUUUGAUUGGAAUUAACAUUCAAUUGAUAAUCCAGUAUCAUUUUCAUGUGAAUGCAAUAAUCAAGAUGUAAAGCAACAAAGAACAGUAGAAGAGAAACAUUCUGCUUUUGAGACAUGUAUGGGCAUUUUGAAAUCUUAAUAUGGAACUAAAUGUUUGAGAUUUACUCAGUUCUUUCAGGUCUCCACUACCCCACGACAUGGGAAGCUGGAAAUGGUGGUUGUGCAUCGGAUAUGAUUGUUGUGAAAUUCAAACGUAGUUUAUGCAUAUAAUUGGUUCUCAUUUGCAUCUAAGCUUAAAAACUGUGUAUAAGAUAUAAAGCUGAAAGAGGUGGCCAGGUGAUGAACUUAAAUCAGAUGUCAGUAGAAUGACAUUUCCUUCUCUAACCACCAAAGAUAGUUAAAAAUGAAUUACUUAGUGUUUGUAUAUAGGUUUACUGUCAACUAGACAUUUUUAUAUUCUGUAGCUUUAAACAAGGGUCUUUUAGAAGUAAGUACCAGUUUAGAUUGUUAAAAUGAAAUACUUGGACUAUUAGUUUUUAUUUUUUUAUUUUUAAAAGUUUUCAAUAAUAAAGCAUUGUAACAAAGCACAAAUAUCAAAAGUAACCAAUGCUCAAAUAUGUUAGACAAUGGUAAAGGACAGGCAUUAUUCCUACUUGCAUUUCUAUAAAAUAAAGUUUGAUUUUCAUUCUUCUGGCUGCUACGUGAUUACUUUCUGCUUGUGUGUUUAAUGUAUUUUCACAGUAAUCACAAUGAUGCAUGCAAUUAGAAGUGGAUAUGCUAUUGAAAUAACUGGAAUGGAAGCAUGCUAGAUUAUGUUAAUCAGUUUUGCAUUAGUUUGCUUCAUACCUAAGGGGAAGCUGGCUUAAUUUUCUUCAGUGCUAGUUGUAAAUGUUGCUUAAGGAAGAUUUGGUAUCUUUGCCUCAGCACAGAAGAAAAUUAAUAGCACAUUCUUCCUGUUUUCUCAGGCACAGACUGAUCUGACAUGGUAGCAUCCUUUUUAAAGUAUUUGUCCUGUAUAGCACUCAGAAUGAAAAAUUAACCAGAAUUCAUAACACAUGUUUGUAUAAUUUCUCAAAAGGAUCUAGCAGUGAUAGUUUUAUUAAGGAAGAACAAUUCAUUUUGAACUUCUGCUUGUUCUUUAAUCUUUGAGUAAUGAGGCCUGCAGGAAGUGGAAACAUUCAACUGUUCAAAUGUUUAGAAAGCCAGGAAAUGUGUUACAUACAAAGAGUAGGGGGUCAUGUCAGAGCUGACUCUGGAAUCUUGCGCUAUAUGCCAGUGGUUCCAUAAAAUAUAUUUAAAGCCCUGUCAUCUUUUUUUCCUUUAGCAAAUGCCACUCAAUGGAAACUAGAAAAUAAAAGACUAAUACUGGAACAUUCUUUGAAAAGGCAGCCCGGGAAUGAGCUACACAAAAGAAGUUGUCCAAUUUGAAUCUGUCUCCUGCUAAACAAGCUUCUUUUAAGUAGCUUUUCACACAAAAAAAAACCCUAGGGCUUGCCACAUAUUUUCUCUCUAUUGGUGGCAUGUAUGUGAAAUAGGACCGUCAACAUAUCUGUUUUUAUGAAAACAGACUUUGCUGACUAGCUGAUUUAGGGUGUUCAUGCCAAAUGAGAUAUCCCUGGCUCUUUAUAAAUUUCAGUAUGUGUGGCUCCAUGUGGCUGGUCUCAAGCCUUCAGCCCCAUGUUGAUGUGCUGGAAGUGCAAAAUUUUGAGCAGGGAAGCUUGUUCAUUGAAUACUUUGUACUUAGCUAGUCCGACGUAAAGCUCCUGCUUCUACACUCCACACAUCUUUCUUAAAAGUUUACCUGCCUUAGACUUAAAAUCAUUUUUGUAAAGGAAAGGUGUUCUCCAUAAUAUUGUUUUGGAAUUGCCUAUACCAAUAAAAGUUGGUUAAUCGUCAGUGUGGACAAAAUCAUUAUUAUUAUUAUGAGAGACUGAAAAUUUGUUUAAUAAGAUACAAAGCAAAACUUGUGAGACUCUGGAAAUAUUUUUUCAUACUCUUCUCUAUAAGCUGAUAACUUAAUGAUGAUGAUUAUUUUGAGGAAAGGUACACUAUAAAUUGGGACGUGGGUGGCACUGUGGGUUAAACCACAGAGCCUAGGACUUGCUGAUCAGAAGGUUGGCGGUUCGAAUCCCCGCAACGGGGUGAGCUCCCGUUGCUUGGUCCCUGCUCCUGCCAACCUAGCAGUUUGAAAGCACGUCAAAAUGCAAGUAGAUAAAUAGGUACCGCUCCGGCGGGAAGGUAAACGGUGUUUCCGUGCGCUGCUCUGGUUCGCUAGAAGCGGCUUAGUCAUGCUGGCCACAUGACCCGGAAGCUGUACGCCGGCUCCCUCGGCCAAUAAAGCGAGAUGAGCGCCGCAACCCCAGAAUCGGCCACGACUGGACAUAAUGGUCAGGGGUCCCUUUACCUUUACACUAUAAAUUAACAAUAAUGCAUUCCAUCAGGAAAGCUUUGCCAGCUGGUGUGGGGGGGGGAUCCUUUUCAGUCAGCAGUCAGAAGGCCUUGGGUGGCCAUAUGAGGGCUGUAACAUGAACUGGACUAGAGGAGAGAACAGCCUGGGGUCUUCCUUAACAGGAGACACAGUAACUUGCAAUAUUGGUUCACUUUGGAGACUGAUGGCUUAUGCUCUUCCAGAAGUAUAUUAAAUAUGUUUACAUUUUUAAGGCAUCUGGUGAAUGUUCUGUAGUUCUGCAAAGUUGUGUUUUUCCUUUUUCCUGUGGGAAUGUUAUACUGUUAGCCACAGGAUUUUUAUUAAUUGCCACAAAAUAAGUCAUUAGUUUUUAGUUCCUGACAUCUGUUUUUGUGAACUAGAUGCCAGGUGUUAUAGAUAGUGAGCUGUAAAACAAAUAGUAAAAUACUUUAGGAAAUAGGUGGGCCAUAUGGAGCAUGGUUGUUUCCUCAAAGCACCACAGAACACCUUCCAAGCCACCAGAGCGCCUAGUUGUACACUCUAAAGCAACAAGCAUUUCUCGGCACACUGGAGGCAUUAGCCUUGUUUUCAAACCAUCAUCAUUUCUCAAAUGCAGAAAGUGUGCCUCACAAAUAAUUUCUCAGUGUUUAAACAAAAGUAUUAUUCUGACUAUACAAAAGAUGCAUCUGAGCAGGAAAAUCACUAGGGGCACCGAGUAAGCAAAGAUAUUAUACUCAAUUCCACCAGCUUAGAUGCAACUGCAUGUCAAAAGCAUCUGUUGUGUGCUUGGAUACUCAGAAUGAGUAUGAAGAGUACAGGCAACCCCUGGUUUAGGCGAGUCCAAAUGAUGUAUGCCAAACCCAGAAGUAGCUCCAAAAGGUCAUAAAAACAGCAUGAAAGGGGCAGAGCAGACUCAUGCACUCUACUGACACACAUGGGGGUCUGGACACAAAACAAGGAUUGCCUGUAAUAUAUUAAAAGGUAGGGAGGAAAGAAAACGGGUUGCUUUAAAGCUAGUAGCAUAACUUAACAAUGGGUUGUUUUUUGCUCAGUGUUGGAAAACAAAACUUAAUUUGUGUUUUUGUUUUGUUUUGUUUUUGUAAUUGCAGAAAUUGAGGCCAAAGAAGCCUGUGAUUGGCUGAAAGCUGCUGGCUUCCCCCAAUAUGCUCAGAUGUUUGAAGGUACUACUUCACCCAUGGCGUUCUGAGAUGCAGAAUAAUUGAAAAGUAUUGGCAAUAUGUUCCUUCCCUUUGUAAACAGAAACGCUUGUGGUCCAAAAUGCAGUCAGUUAUAGAGAAAUACCUAACAAAUUCAUGGAUGACAAGGCCAUCAGUGGCAACAUAGCCAUGGUGGCUGUGUUCUACCCUCCAUUGUCAGAGGCAUUAUGCCUCUGAAUAUCAGUUGCUGGGAACUGCAAGUGGGCUAAGGGCUGCUGUGCUCAUGGCCAACUUGCAGGCUUCCCACAAGCAAACUGGUUGGCUUCUGGGAGAAGAUGAUGCUGGGCCAUUGGCUUGAUCCAGCAGGCUUGUCUUAUGUUCUUAUCAAUGCAAGCUUAUUCAAGCUUAUUUGUGUGCAGUGGGCAAUUGGAACAUAAAGCAUUUUAUUAUCUGCUAAUUAUUCUGUUUUAAAUGUGCAUUUUAUAUUUGACUUUCUUCUGUAAUCUUUUCUUCUGGACUGUUUUAUUUGAUUUUUUAAUGUAGGUUGUGAAAUGCUUUGAGAUUUUUUUAAAAAUCAAAAUAUAAAAUGAUCUAGCAAUGAACUUAGUGAUAGACUCUUGACAAUGUUAUGAGUCUGUUUUGCAUUAUCUGCUUGUUCCUAUCUCUGAGUAGACAAUGGAGAUAGAGAUUGAGCAUCUAAUAAUCAGUGGCUAUGUUUGUAGGUAACACUAAGCAAAAUCACAGAUUAGCAUGAAUGCUAGGGAGGAGAUUGCACCUACCUUGCACCUCUCUGGUCACUUUAGCUCAGUGUUGUCUUAGCAUGUUGUCUGAAUCCAGGCGUGUGGUUAAGCUCUCUCCUCCUUAACCACAAGCUGCAGCUGAGGUUGCUUCUUGUCUUAACAGCCAUGUCUAGCUGAAAGGGCAAAGUAGGCACAAAGUGUGUGCAAGGUCUUCUCUGGGAGCUACUGCAUUUCUGCUGUCUUGGUAAGCCAUAGUUUGCUAGGCCAGUGUUUAUUUCCUUCAUAGAAGAUUUUGAACCUUUUUUGAUUAAAAAUGAAUCCUAUCAGCUGGCAAGCUGAUGGUGUGUUCAUUUAUAAAUCUAUGCUUUAUUCCUUGCAGAGAUUGAGACCAUUUUGAGACUGGCAGCUGUCACUAUAAAAAAACCACUACUUGGGGAGUUGGUUUGUUGUUGUUGGUUUGUAUUUUUAUUAAGGGUUUUCUUGAUUUACAGAAGUGGGGAGUUUGUUUUUGAGCUGAUUUGAGAAAUUGUGAAAUUAAUCCCCCUCUCAAAAAAAUAAAUAAAUCAUUUACCAUUGUGAUCUCUGUUUUGCAGAUAUGCAGUUUCCUAUUGACAUCAAAACUGUCAGAAAAGAUCAUGAGUUUUUAGACCAAGAUGCAAUAGAAUCCCUAUACAGGUAAACUUUGCUCUGAAUUAAAUAGAUGUGUCUUUAGAUUGACAACCUGAGGCUUUAACUAAGUCAAUUGGUGUAUCUUACUAGUUUCCUGUUGGGAUGUCUGAAGACAGGCACAUUACUAUAUAAUUAUUAGAAUAUUUGUAACUAGUAAGAACUGCUAUAUGGCUGUACAAGUCUUCGAAGGGCUUUUUCUUUUGAAAGCUAGGACUAUUCCACACAUACAGUGUUGCUGGCAUGCUGUUGAUUGCCUCCAAAUCAACCUGGGUUUGCUCAUGCAUUAUCCUCUAAACUGCAUAGGAAUAGUCUUGUAUCUUGUAUGAACUGAAAUAACAAUUAUUAUUAUUAUUAUUAUUAUUAUUAUUAUUAUUAAUUUUGUAUACUAUUUUUCAUCUGAGGAUCACAAGGCAGUUUACAAUAUAAAAACACAAAAAUGCAUAACAUAGUAACAAAUAGAAACAAUAGCUCUCCACAGUGUAAAAGGCCAUAGAUGGCUUAAUUAGCUUGGGGAAAGAAGAAUGUUUUUGUUUUGUGACUAAAGAUACUUAUGUUUUUGGAUUGUUGGCUUUCUGAGAAAGUUAGUAGGUUAUUUUAGAACGCUAUUUUAUAUGUUAUAUUGCAAUGGACCAACACUGACUCCACCUCACAUCCCCUAUCUACUGACUUCCUUUAUUUUGCCUACACUAAGGAAGAUCCCUCUCCCCCUGAAUUCUAACUUUUCAGGGUGCAUCAUGUUUAGGAAUAAUCUGACCCAAACUACAGUGAAUAAAAGUAGCAACAUUUGCAAAAUUAUGAACCCUGGAAUUAUUCUCAGAAAGAGCUUUGGUAAGAUGCUGCAGGCACAAAAGUGAUGCUGACAUUUUGCCAAAGCAGCUGUAGUAAUAUAGGUGCACUUUAUAAUUUCUUUUUCUUUUUUUAAGGCAACAGUAGCUUUGCUAAAUAUAUGACUCUUACCCACUCCAGGGGAGUACCGGAGUAAUUGCUUAAUUGCAAACAAAUUGCACAACAAUCUUUUUAAAAGCUGCUUAAUUUCUCAACAGAUUGCUUAAAGGCUUCAUGUAACCCACACUAACACAAUUUGGGCCUCCCUUUUAAAUAGCUUCUCAAGAUAAAAAGAACAAGUCUCUCUUCAUAGAGUCAGGUCUGAACUGGCAAAUUUUAAUUCAUUGAUCUAUUGUUGAGGCUUUUAUCAACUUGUGCAAAAGUGGAAAGAUAAGAAGGUGCCAGAUGUUCGUAAUUGGACUGCAAGAAUUUGAGAUUUACGAGUUACAGAAAAAUAAAACUUUCUUAGAAAUGACACGAACCCCUGUAUUUUUAUUUUUUGGGCUUCCGUUUAUUCACUGCAUAGAACAAAAGCACAUCAGGAAAUUUAUAUUAUACCGGGCAAUAUGUAUAUAUUAAUAGAUUGCUUAUAUGUGCUACCUUGAAUUCAGCAUGGAAUAAAUGAUGUUGCCCACAUUAACUUUUUUAGCCAUUACUUUCUGAAAGAGGGACUUGUUUACCAUUCUUUAACGUUUUCUACCUGCAUCUCAAGAAGGUUCUCCUGCACUUUUAUCACGGUUAACAUUCUGACCAUUUUUGUGUUACCGAGGCAUGAUUUUGUACCUGUUUCCAUUUGUAUGUGUUUAAGAGCAUUAAUAGGGAAUUGUAGGGUUUUAUCCAAUAUUAGUUAUACUCAAUGUAGACCUACUAAAAUCAGUGGCCUUAAGUAUAUUAGAUGCAUUGAUUUCAGUGGGUCUACUCUGAGUAUGGAUUAGCUUCCCACAUUAUGAGGUGAUAGCCAACUAUUAUUAGUGGAAUAGUGGAGCAAAAUGAAGAUGGCUUAAUGAAAUUACAUGUUAAUUUCCUUUAAGAACUUUAGUGGAUUGAGAGCCAUUUAGUACAAGAGCCAUUUAGUACAAGAUUAUAAGUAACCUCAGGUUAAACUUCUUAAUGUGUCGCCCCCCCCCCCCCAGGCGUUUGAAUACACUGAACAAGUGCACAGCAAUGAAGGUGGAAAUAAGUCGGCAAAGAAAGAGGGUACGUUUCCAAAUUAUGCAAUUGUUUUUAUAAAAGAAACUUCUCAAUAUAAAUUCAAAGGUGUUGACAUAGAAGACUAUAAACCACAGAGAGAUUUAAUUUUUUUUACAAUUUCUGUUUAAUAAUCAGCAGGCACCAGUUAUUUAUGACUGGGAAUUGUUUGUGAGUUUUGUUGUGCUGAAGUUCUUCCUCAGUUACAAAUAUGUUUGAACCAUUCUCAAUUCUCACCAGGAAGCCAUGCCAAUGGAAUAAUGUGAGAACCCAACCCUGAAGCUGAGCUCUGAAUUGCCCACUUUGAUUUUAGAGUUUUAGUAAGAUAACUAGAAGCAGAUGCAAAGUUAAAAAAAAAGCAAAACAACUCACCUAAGCUAGCAUUAAGCAGAAAUAGUUCUUAAGUGGUUUAAAAAUCACUUUAGAUUGAACCAUUGCAGCACUAAAAUGUUGAGCAUAAGUGCAGCUGAUUGACCAAAGCAUCCUUUUACAUUACAUGAUGUCUUGGCUGCAAUCCUUUGCAUUUUCAAGGCAAGCUUUAGGCUGACAAUAUUAGGUUGAAUACUUUGAAAAGCACUGAAUGCUUUGAAAAGCAUUCUCUCACACAUGUAAAAUAUUGCAGGCCUAAAAUCCACCAUUCAUAAGUAUAUCUUACUGAAAUCAAUUGGACUUGCUUAAGUAUCUUGGAUUCAAAGAUGAGAUCCAUGAGUCUAGGCAUAGUAUUCCCAUAUGUAGGGUAGGUGUCACACUUCUUUUACCCAUGGAAUAUGUAUCUGGAGUCAGAAGAGUUAUUUGCAUUUUUGGAGUGGCUUUCUUUGUGUGUGGGAGAGCUGGCAAUAGCAGGCAGGGACUGAACCAUAAUGCAUUGUAGUAAAAUGUAAGAAUGAAUAUUAAAUCAAAAUUUUGAUCACAUGUCUCAUCUUUUUUUAACCUCUUUUCUUGUCUUAAGAGUGAUGAAUCUGAAGAGGAUGAACCUUGUGCAAUAAGCACCAAAUGGACUUAUGAGAAAUGUAGUCGGAGAUGGUCUCGGUUAGAAUGCUCGGAAGGUUCUGGUACACCAGCCUUUGACGGUCUCAGACUUAAAUGCUCUGGCAGCGGGGAUAUAGCCUUUUCUGAUCAAGGGGAGCGAAAUGACGAGUCUUCAGUUCACAGUUCUAGUAGCGGGGAUAGUGAUUUAAUCAGCUUUCCAAAGACGUUUGAGGAGGUUGAGAUGAGCAGGAGUUCUUCAACAUGCUCCUCAAAUAUAUUGGCAUCUCCUGACUCUACCUUCAGUUGCUCUUCUUCACCUAGUGAAACCUUGAACAUAAUUAGUGAGGACAAGCUCUUGGAUAAGCCAUUGCACAGAAAGGGAAGGAGUUUCUUAAAGAGAAUGGAGAAGCUGCGCCUGCGAAGCAGCAGCUUGAAGAGAGAAGCACAUUCAAAGGCCAAGCCCAUUAUUAGCGAGCCUAUUCUUAUAGAGGGACUAAAUGAAGAAAAGCUGAAAAAUUUCAAUUGCGUAAGUAUUUCUGACGUGUCUGAGAGUCAGCCGAUGCAGCAGUCUUAUUCCUCACAGACCUGCAGCAGUAGCAGCCAGUCUGAAAACAGCAGCACUGUGAGCACGCCGAGCCCCAUUAUCAAAAUGAGGAGACACAGUAAAAGAGAAGGAAUGUAUGGAGAAGAAUUUGAUUCCAGCAAGUUUUCCUUGUGGAAUUAUCUUUCGGAGCAUAACGAGAUACAUUUGCACAAGAACAAAGUGUUUCAAGUACCACAAGGCCAUAAACCUGGGACUUUCCCCAAAGCCCUUACAUACAGCCUCUUGUCUCCAAUGGACAACACUUCUGUGAACUGGAGAACUGGGAGUUUUCAUGGGUGUAGGAGGAACAGGGUUCAAAUGGGUUCUCAGGAGCCUGAAACGCCACCUGGCUCCCUUUCAUUGAUGGAUAACAGACUGAGCAUAUAUGACAAUGUGCCAGGGAAUCAUCUAAACAAAAUGGAUACACCAGAGGUUGGUGAUGAUGAUGUUUUUACAGAGCUAGACAGUGUUAUGGAGCAUGUCAAUGGACUCAGGAAGUUGGUCAGUCAGUGGACAGAGAAAUUCUCUGAUGAUGGGGACUCCGACUCUGCCAGUCCUUCCAACCAGUCCAUCUCUCCGUGCCCAUCAUCCCCUAAAGAAAUCCGUCUUGAGACUGAAAAGCAUUCAGAAGGGAAAUUGCCAGAAUUGUCAGUUACUGACAGUGAAGGGAACUGCAAUGAACAUGGCCUCACAGAACUGGCAUAUGUAACAGAAUCGAGGAUGAGACGGACAUUGGCACAUUCUAUCAGGUCAGCUAUAUACUGGUUGAAGUGGCAAAGAAUUAAAAAUGAAAUUUGGCUGGGGUUGUCAUUGUAAGGGGUUAAUCAGUUGGGCUUAAAGCAGUGUAGCAUAAACUUAAGCUGAAGUAAUGAUUUAAUAGUGAAGAUAAUCUGGCUGAAUAACUUGAGGUUUUGAUGCCUGAACACCGCAGAACUUGGUCACUAAAGUACAGUGUUCUACCUUUCACAAGGUAUUUUGAAAUUCAUAGUGAUUUUCUGUGGGUGUGCAGGUUUAGAGAGAGAGGGGGUAUGGACAAUAGUAAUAUUGAAGAGCACUGAAACAAAUGUGGUUUUUUCCCCUUUAGACAUGUGAGGAGACAAUGGUCUACUGAGGAAGGCACAAAUUUGGAAAGCCUUUCUCAGCAAAUUGACUGCCAGUCAGCUGCCCACCUAAAUCGAUUGCAGAAGCUUGCUUUGUUAAAAUUGACUACUUUAAUGGACAAAUACUCUCCUUCCAGCAAGCAAGGAUGGAACUGGUAAGUUAGAAUGAAGUUGAAGUGUUUCUAAAGUGAAAGAACUACCUUAGUCUUGAAUUGGAAAUUGAGCCUGACCCUAUAUGCUGAUUUUCAGAGCAAAUCCCUCCAAAGGAAACUUACAAAAGACAAUCAGCUCCAUAUACAUAAGCAGGAACAUGGUGCUUUCAAUUGAUUUACAGUACCAGUCCACUUGCAAUGCUUCUAAUACAGGACACCAAUGAUUUCCCUUUUACUUAUCCAAUCUGUGACCCUUACUGCUGAACCUAUCCACCAACCAGAGCUGUUCUCAAGCUGUAUACCUCCUCCCCCCGCCCACUUCAUUUCAUGCUCUAGAUGGUUCAGUUCCUCAAGUCUGUGAAACUUCUGCUGUAAUUGCAGAAAUAUUUUAGACUUUUAGCAGCACUUCCUUUCAGGUAAUGAUUAGACUUGUCUUGACUUUCUGUCUUGUGUAAUGGGCAGUAAUUCUCUUUCUCCUUCUGAUGGUCUCAGCUGGUCUCAGAACUGUAUGCAUGUAUGAUGGAGGUGUGCCCAAAUGCUUCUCUCCUUCUGAUAACCUCUGAUUGCAUUAGCAAUCAAAACUCAGUGGCAUAAAUUUUACAAAAUGUAUUCUGGUCCUCAGGGCACCUGUAGGAAGUUGCCUGUAUGUAAUUCUCUCAUCAUAGUGUCCCUGUUUCUCUGGCUAACCAGGUAGAACUCUCUACGGAAUCUUCAGUAUGUUUAUGCUGAUGUUUUUGCUUACAAACAAGUAUAUUGGGGUUUGCAAAAUUUGGGGGAAUAAAUUGGCUGAGGAUUGCAAUAGAAGAAGGGCAGCAGGAGAUAAAGAGCAGGAAACUGGAGGGUGGAUAGCUAUGCAGUAAGUAGCUGUACUUCAGCUUAAAGAAACUGGUAUUUCAUAUUUGAGCAGUAUCUUAUUUGGCAUAACAAAUACUAAAGUAAAACUUAUAUUGGGAUGCCACAUGGCUAGCAUUGGCAGAUGCAGCAGCUUCAAUGGUAUGUUUCUUUUUCCAUUGCUUUGGUAAAUACUGCUUUCCUUUCAAACUAAUAAGGGUUAGAAUUGUUAAUUGUGUCCUCCUGAUACUUUUUGUAUUCUAUAAAUGAAUUCAGUGUAUCUACCCCACCUGCCUGAUAUGCAUACCCAGCUCAGAGCAUAAAUCUGCAUAAAAAAAAUGAAUUCUGUAUUUUCAGGACUGUUCCAAAGUUCAUCAGAAAAACAAAAGCACCAGACUAUAAGGACAAAAAUGUAUUUGGAGUACCGCUGCUGUUAAAUGUGCAGAGAACAAGUCAUCCUAUUCCAAAGAGCAUACUCCAAGCCAUGGACUACUUAAGGGAACAUUUUCUUGAUCAGGUAUCAGUAUGAAAGCUUAUACUGUAUUAAAUAGGAAAAAGCCAUUCUGUUACUAAUAUGAGCAAAUGUCUUAUAAUAUUUCCCCUCGUGAUGGUUCUUCCACCCCUUCAAAACUUAAGCAGUUUUCUUUAAAUGGGGUAAAGCUUUAUUUUACUCACAAAACACUCAUUAUCUCCAUACUUGCAACAAUUUCUUAUGCUGAAUUUAUGAAGCUUUGCUCAUAAUUUUUCAUAGCCCUGGCCAGCUCUCAACCCUCUCUUUAUUAGAGCCUCUUAUUCUGAUUUUGUGUACGUACACACAUAUGCCAAUAACAUUCGAUGUGUUUGGCUUGGUAUAGCUGCAAAUUCCUUAUUUUGGUGGGGUUGGGGAACCCCUGAGUUUAUUGUUCUAAUGGUCUGAAAUGCUUAUGUGCUGGAAACAAAAACAAAAAAAGGGAUACAAGGCGAGGGGUUGGGGCAGAGUAACUUUGGGACUGCUGAGGCAGACAUUUUCAUCACUCAGAGCCUGCACUAUCAAGCAACAACUUGCUUGUAGGUGACUGCCAUUAUAGUCCAGACACCAUAAACACGACACUCUUUAGCACUUUACAUCACCUCCAACCUGCUGAGUGACAAUAUAGUGUGUACAAUACUGCAGAUGAAAGGGUCUAUACAUGUAACAAGGAGAGAUUAAAGAUGCAUUAUCAACAUUCUUUUUACAUUUUCAAACGAAAUAAUCUCUCCCCCCCCCCGUUUCUUUUAUUGCGCAUAUAUCAAAGUGCCUUUGAACAUAGUACAAUCAAAGUGCCUAGAAAGCUUGUGGAUAUGUAACCACAUUAAGAGUUCCGUGCCACAGCCGGAGUCAAAGGACAUUAUUCUGCAGAUUGAAUGUUUACUUUUUUUUGUUCUUUUUCAUAGGUUGGCCUUUUCAGGAAAUCUGGUGUGAAAUCCAGGAUCCUUUCCUUAAGGGAAAUGAAUGAAAAUGACCCAAACAAUGUAACUUAUGAGGGACAGUCAGCAUUUGAUGUGGCAGACAUGGUGAAGCAGUAUUUCCGAGACCUUCCGGAACCUAUAUUCACCAGCAAGCUCUGCGAAUCCUUCCUCCAUAUCUACCAAUGUACGUACCUGCUGUUGUUUUAAUUCUGGUUGGCUAUUUUAGACAUUGAUUUUAUAAGUGGAAUGUAAUUUUGCUUUGUUAGUUUAAGUGUGCCUGAUGCUACUUAGUUCUGAUUCUCAAUUAAUUCAGUUUCUUAAGUCAGAGGUCAAGGGACAAAUGAUGUAGGAAUAUAUUUUUCUUUCUUUAAACUAGUCUCUAAGAUGAGCCUUCUUCUUCUUCUUCUUCUUCAAAUUUGUAUACCACCAUAUACAUGUAGAUCUCAGGGCAAUUCACAACAUAAAAUUGCAAUAUAAAAACACAGAAUACAUAAUAGAAAUACAAACAAAGACAACCCAAUAAUCCCCUCUACUGCAACACAUUUAAAGGGCACCAGAUGUCAGCUCAAAGCCUGGUUAUAGAGGAAUGUUGUGUGCCUGAUGCCUAAAGAUGUGUAAUGUAGGCAUCAGCCAAACCUCCCUGGAGAGAGCACUCCACAAACAUGGAGCUGUUCAGAAAAAGCCCGUUUGGUAUGUGUGUUUAAGUUUCUACCCUACUGUAUUAAAAGUAAAUGGAAACUACAUUGUACUCAAGUAAUAAAUGUCAACUCUUUUUGUAAGAAGAUACCCUAGUUCCUGAUCUUGGCUUCCAUCUUUUUUUCCUCUCUAGAUCUGCCAAAAGAUCAGCAGUUUUGUGCUGUCCAAGCUGCUGUUCUUCUGCUUCCAGAUGAAAACCGAGAAGCUUUGAAAACACUGCUAUUCUUUCUCAGAGAUGUAGUGGCUUUUGUGGAGGAAAACCAGAUGACUCCAACCAACAUUGCUGUUUGUCUAGCACCAUCCUUGUUUCACCUUAAUACCCUGAGGAGAGAGAGUUCCUCAUCGUCUAGGUAUUUUUGCGUGAAUAAUACUUGCUUGCUGAUGAGCAGUGAAGGAAAAAACAUUGUACAAGUGUAAAGGUGCUUCAAGUCAGGUCACCUUUUUAUAUGGCAUAAGCACAGUAUUGCCUUUUUACUUGCUUACAACGGUCAUUUCUUUCAAGUGUAGGUUUCUUUUAGCCAAUUUGUGCUGCUUUAGCUGAGUUCAGGUACAAAUCAUAGGUCUGUGAGGGUUGGAAUGCACCUUAUUUCAGAUGUUAACAACUGUUAAUGGCUGUUAAUUGAAUAUGGCUGUACUUUUUAAUCAUGGUGUGAUUAAAAAAAAAGAGUUAGCACUGCCAGAAUGGACAGUAGAUAGAGAAAAUACCCCCUGUACUGUUUGGAUAUUUGGUGAGUAGCUGCCUAAGGAUAGCUAAAGGAUUUUAUAUCAGCCUGUUAAUUCAUUUCCUGACAAUAGUUAGUGUAUGUUGACCUGCUCCAUUUAAACGUUAGUUUCUUGCAGAGGGGUGAGUGGGUGGGGUUUUGCUUAUGGCUAUUCCAGACAUUCUUACUCUGGAGGACCUUUUCGCUUUAUUAUACUCAUCAAGUUAACCAGUGAUAAGCACUACACUGUCCUUCUCUGAAUGUAUGUACUUUCCUAAGAUGCUGUUAUUAUAUUACCUCAUAAGUAUAGCAGCGCUUCAGUGUAGCUUCAUGCCAUACAUGGCUUGAUAACGCAAUAACACAGUGGUCCUGGGCCGAUUACUUCCUGGGCCAGUAUGCUCCCACCUUUUAAAAGAGGUAGCGCAGGGGUGGGAAGUAGCGACAUAACUGGCUGCUCCCACAAGAGAUCUGUGACCAGAGUAGUGGGGGAAGCAAACCCAUGGUGAAGUAACAGCACAAAACGGGAUAUUGGACUGCAUCCCUCAGGGCUAUACUUCCAACAUAACAUUUCUGUAGAGGCAACCAGAAAAAGGUGGCAGACAUUUUUUAAAAAAAAAUAUGGGGGUAGCUUUGGAUCAGCCUGAAAAGACCAGGGUGGUUUAGCAGAGACAUACAGCUCAAAGAGGCUUUCAAGAAGUGAAUGAAUCUCAGUUUACUGAUCCCCAUAUAUACCUAAAGUGUAACUUUUUCAUCUCUGCUACAGUGAGAUGUAGACGUUGCCUCUGCAUUUGGGGAGCUUGCCUAUCUCCACAUGCAGCAAUCCCCACCGUCAUUUAGAAAGUUGACUGGGAGUCAGGUUUAAAAUCGUAGAAAAAUAGUACUGUGGGUACAGAAAGUUGCAUCAGUACCAUCACUGUACCAGAGGCCUGUUCAUGAUGAAAUGCAUAUGCAGUCAUACCUCAGGUUAAAGUCACUUCAGGUUAAAUCUUUUCAGGUUGCGUCCCAUGGUGACCCGGAAGUAACGGAACAGGUUACUUACAGGUUUCACUGCUUGAGCAUGCACAGACACUCAAAAUGCCGUCACGCACAUGCACAGAAGCGGUGAAUCGCAACCCGUGCAUGAGCAGACGCAGGUUGCAUUCUGCUCAGGAUGCGAACGGGGCUCUGGAACGGAUCCCGUUCGCAUCCAGAGGUACCACUGUACUAACUAAUAGGAAAAACUAUAUUUGAGCAAGAAGCGUUCUUUAGAUUGUGUGAGCUGAAUGUCUGUGGCAGGUUAAUGCCAUUAAGAGUGUAAAUUCUGUUUCAUGAGUGGGGGUGGGAAGCUUGAAAAAGUAUCUGCAUGUUUUAGGAUGAUAGCUCAAUCUUUGAGAGAGGUGAAGAGAGGUAAAGCAUGUGAAGAAUGUGCUUUUAAGAAGAGUACGCAUCCCAGAUGCGUAUCAGGCUAUAAAACAAGUCCUGUGAUGCUCAGCAUUCCCCAGAGAGAGAGAGAGGAAUCCAGAACUGAGAUGAUGACAGCAUUGUCAGUCAUAAGAGAAUGAACACAUAAUCACAGCCAAGAAUGUGUCAGAAGAAUUGAUUGCAAAAUAAAAUGCUAAAUUCUUAAUUCCAGGUGAAGAAACUUAUAUUUUGGAAGUUUAGAACUUUUAGAUGAGGAGGCCUCUACCAUCAGACUUUCCUUUGAGCUCUGUACUACAGCAGGAGCAGCUAUCUUAAGAAAAGAGGGAGUGCUUGUCUUUUCUCCCCCUCCCCACCCCACCUCGUUGUUUUAACAGCAAGGUUGCUUUGAACGGGAAAUUUGGAUAAUAAAUUUGCUAAUAUUUUACUUUCAGUGUUGGGACUUCAAAAGGACCUAAUCUAACAGCUUUGGCUUCAAGGAUUAAAGUCAAGCAUCUUUAUCUAACAACCUCUUUUUAAAAACCAUUCACAAAGAAUUUUCCAAGAUAAAGCUAUUAGAGAUGAAUGCCAGGCUCUUGGCAAUCCUAAUCUUGGCAUGAUGCCACAAAUAAGCUUAAAAUAUGAAUUAAUGCUCUUUGGCAAAGCAUUUGGAGCUCUUAAAUAAUGUGAUUGGCUUUCCCUUAGACUUUCUGGGCCAGCCUUUAAUUAAACACGUCUAAUGAUAAUAGGCAAAUCAAUGAGAGCUUUGUGUGCGCCUUUGAAUUAAAUGUACCUGACCAGGAUUGGUUAAAGUAUACUCACUUAAUAGGCCAUUCUUCACUUGUGGCUGUGCAGCGCAUUGGGCAGUGACAGCUCCAUGACCAUAGUUGAGGGAGUUCAGGUUAACCUUUGGUUAACAUUAAAAAUGAACCACAAACCUUAGAUAUUGAGAGACCGUUUACCAUACUUAAUAAACCAUAGUAAGCUAUGGGGCUUGGUUCACAUACAGUGCCAAGCCAUGGUUUAAUAAAACAUGUACCAUUGUUUUCCUCCUUCGAAGAAAUUCAGUGUUGUGCUUUGGCAAUAAUUUCAUCAGCACAAGCUGUUCAGCUUGCUGGAUAGGAUGAUCCUCCCUCUCUUCUUCCCGCAUACUCUUCUGGGGGUAUUUUAAGGACCCACCCUGAGCCAGUCUUGCGAGGGCCCUGGAGGAGGAGAGGGGGAACCUUUGUGUGGGCUUCUGAUAACAGGACCAAAGUUUGUAAGCCGACAGCAAACCAUGGCUUCAGCUCAUGGUUUAUUGGACUGCAUAUAAGCUGCUGGGCACGGUUAAACAUACUAACAUUGUUUAAUAAACCAUGGUUUAGCAUUAUGUGCAAACUAUCUUUUGACAUGUAGCCUUCAGGGGGCCUGCCCAACCUAUUAUCUGUUAAAUUUUUAGAAUGUUGGUGAAGACUACCUUAUACUAGAGGGCUGUCACUGUUUAGAUUGACAACAAAACAUGCCACAGAACCAGGAGCAGUUAUUUUACAUUUCUAUCCCUCCCUUUCACCUGCAGUCUGAAGUGAUAGUGCCCUUACCAGCUACAUUGUGUGAUUUGAAUAAGCAGCCCUUUGUAUUCUUCUCCUUAGGUCCAGCCAGAGGAAGCACAGUACAGGAAAACCUGACCAGAGAGACCUGAGUGAGAACCUGGCUGCAACUCAAGGCCUGGCCCAUAUGAUAAUGGAGUGCAACAGACUCUUUCAGGUAACUUGCUUUCUUCAGGAAGAAUCACUGCUUAACUUCAUUGGCAUCCACCAUCUCUCAUGCUGCUUAGAAACUUGUGUAGUGGAUACUUUGUUGGUUUGAAAUCGGAACAGCAGCCCUUUUCAUUGUUGGCAAUAACGAAAAGCAGAUGUUGGACCAACUCUUAAUUGGUAUUCAUUAGUACCAGACACCUAUGGUCUUUUGCUCCAGGAAGUAUACCUCUCUAAACAACCAAAAUUUACUUUCUCUUAGUCCCUUGAUAGCAAGGAAACAGUUUGCAUUUUUAUUUUGAGCUAGCUCAAUAUAAAGGUAUAUUCAUAGGACUAUGAAGCAUAUAAUUAAUGCUAUAUAUAUCAAAUCACUAUAUUCCAAAAAGCUGAACCCCGAGCUUCAUGCAUCUCUGCUAGUGGUGAUAGUUCAUUCAAUUUAUAUACUGCUCAGUAUUAAAAUAAACAAAUCUCUAAGCAGUUUACAACUAUAUUGGCAGGAUUACUGAGUACAUAUAAGGCAGCGUCACUACAAUGGUUCAGUUAUAGGCCAUCACUUGGAGCUGAACAGAUAACUGUUCCAGGAGCACUUGUCUUUUGUACUUUACAGAGUAGGAUCAGCUCACCUUCCUGGGGUUUGAUGCUUUCCAACAUUUCCUGCCCAAAUCUCAAAAUCCAGUGACUCAUUGAAUUUCUUGAUGGCUAGAAACACUGGUACCACACUAGUUUCAUCUCCAGAAUCCUCUUGCUCCUCUUCAUCUUCAUGUUCACUACUUUCAUCCUGUUCUUCAUCAGACUCCUAAUCUUCUCAUUUGUACUGUCACCAUCACCUUCCUCCUCCUGUACAUGGUCUUUGAUUCAUUGUAUGAGAGUUCAGAGCCAGACUAGGUUAAUAGUGGAGAUGUUUAAUUUAGUAUGUCAUAAAUUUCUAAGCACAGUUGAAAGCGAGUGCCUGACUAUUUUGAUUCUUUGAUUUGCUACUUUCCGCCACCCUUGGUUUCUUCUUGGCUUAUGCUAAAUAUGGGCUCAGAAAUGCCUUAUGGUGUGGACAUGACUCAGCCUGUCCUUUUUUGAGGGGCAGCACCCAUGUUAAGCAUGAAACCAACAGAAUACCACUUUCUACAUUGAUCUAAAAAGUUGUUAAUGAUGAGGGAGAAGUGUGAGUUUUCCAGUCUCUUGUUUGAGCACAGCAUAACCUUGGUUAUGCCCAUUUAGUCCUGACUUGUAGACCCACUGGAAUCUCUUCUUCCUGCAUUACGUUGUUUGCAUCUUAUGUUUGGGAGUUUGACCUGCUUAGUGUGAGGCCAGAGCUGGGAAGGGUGAAGAAUGUGUGGCAUUUGGGCCUUCUGACCACUCCUCUUGGCAGCACUUGAGCAGAUAUGAACUAGUGCCAAGAUGCCCUUCCACUCUGGCAUUGAAAUUACUUGUUGGAAAGGCCUGGUGAACAGGGCUUUCGUGCAUGAGGCGGGAGAGUGGCUUUUAAUCAAUUGAGAUGUUCCAGUCAUUCUUGCUUCGUCCCUUGUCUUUGACCUUGUUUUGUGGCAUGAAGUGUGUGGGAAAGGGAUUAAAAAAACAACAGAAAAGCAAGAAGGGGAGGGUGGGGAGGAAACUGCAGAGAAGAGAGGAUGGGAGGGAGAGGCCACUGACUAUUUGUGCAGCCUGCUGGGCCAAAAUUAGACUCAAUAGUUCAGGCUAAACACUUGUUAGCACGAACUUUUUCUGCUUUGGCACAGGGAGCUGGCAGUGACUUUGUUAAGAGCUAGAAGCAAAGCCCCAAAGAGUGCAAAGGUUGAUAUACUAUUUGUUCAGCCUCAGUUUUUUGGAGAACGGCAGCUUAGGUUCCUUCAAAUAAGUGUUUUAUAUGUAUCAAAAAUCCUUUCCUCCCUUUUUGACUUAAGUCAUGUGUUUGAGUCAUACAUAACUGUAGAAGCGCUAUACUGUAGCAUUCAGCAUCAAAAAACCACAUUCCCACUCUGCUUGCGCCUUGAUGGGUGACUGUAUGACAGUUGUGUGUAUACUGUUCUUGAGUUCCUUUACAGGAAGCCUGGGAUACAAGUGUAAUAAAUACAGUGGAAUAUAUUGGGAUAUCCAUUUCUUGCGUGGCAAGUUCCCGCCCCCCACCAAGGAUAAAUAAAGACACAGGACACCAGAAUUAAGGUUAAAUGGGCGAAUUAGGCCACAGCUUUAUUGAUUUCAGGAAUGAGAGGCAUUGGCUUAGGCAUUGGUCUUAUCGACUAUCCGGCUCCAGCCCAUUUGCUGAAGACCGGGAAGGGUUAACACCAUAAAGGGGAGAGUCCUACUGAGGCAUGUCAACUAGGAGCUCUCCCGAGUCACCGCUCGGGGGCGUGCCUUAGGCCCACACCUCCAUAGGCUUCGGACAGGGCCACACCUUCCGGAGUCCUUUAUCGGACCACCCUUCGCUCUUUGGGGGGAGGUGAUGACGUUCCUCCCCACACACAUCCUCUUAACCCCUCCUUACUAAUGCCUAACUGCCAAUGCCAAGGAGUUGUGACGAGUUGCUGCGAGGUAGGCGAAAAACCAAAUGGCUGCAAAUCGCCAAUUGGGAAAAAUUCCUACCAUGCCCCUUGCGGCGACAGACCGAAGUCCAUAGCAAAGUCAGAAGCCUACCUAAAGGGAGGGAGGGUGGGAAAACGUGAGGGCUGGCUGGCAAAAGAGGGCAAGUCCCGGCCGCACCGGCCCCCAAUAGGGCAGGCCACGCCCCCCAGCCACCCGAUUGGCUGGCUGGGCGGACGAUGCGGCCAGGAUUCCCCUGCUCUCGUGGGGGCUGCAAAGCCCCCGCUCACGUGGGGUGGGCAUGAUGCCCGCAACCCCACCUCCUUGCCAGGUCCCGGAAGUGGCUUUAUGACCUAUGCUUCCUAGCAACUAAUUUCUAGUAUUCUUUUGCAGAUUCCUGACUACUGUUUGGAUCACAGUUAUGAAAAUUUACAUGAUCAAACUAUCUCCAGUGAAGUAGAUCCACACCAAACCUCCUUAUCAAAGCACUGUAACACAGUGGUCUCCCUGGAGCGCUCCAUGCAGGACUUGCUCCGAGAUGCCAAGGAAAAAUUCAAGAACUGGGUUACUUGCUCCACCUUAGAAGGAGUGGAUUCUGCAUAUAAAAAGGUAAUGUUGGCAUGAGAACGUUAAUGAGGCUCAGAGUAAAUGAGUUUUAAAAUGACAUUAAUACAUGUGUAUUCUGUGAAAAUAACCAGUUAACAGUAUCUUGUCCCAUUUGCAAAUAACCUCCUCUGAGAAAUAGGUCACACAUUAACUGGAAAAGGUAUGGCAUGGAGCACAAAAGUACUGAAAUGCCACCAUGGUACUGUUUCCCAAACUGGAAAAUUUAUUAUUCUUUUGAAUAUGUGGAUAGUCACGUUAGGUGCUGUGAUAUGACAUCCAUAGCUAGCAGGACCAGAGGUCAGAGGUGAUGGGAGUUGUAGUCCCCAGACCCAAGUUUGGGAAACCAUGUCUUAAUGGAUUGAGGGACCAUGUUGACUUCAGUCCCAGGGGUUCUACAGCCAUUGGAUCCCAGGCUGCUUUUGGCAGACUCAAAUAAUUUCCUAAUGGAUUAACUGUCUUCAAAGGUGGAUGAUAACUACUUGGUCCGGGUAUGGAAAGCUUCAGCUGAAAUUGAUGCUGCCCCUAAAGUGGUUCUAUAUCGGAUACUGAUGGAACAGCACCUAUGGAACCCAAGCCUUCAACAAACAAGAGUCCUAGAAAUCUUAGAUGAUGAAACAGACAUUUACCACUAUGCAACGGAGAGCAUGUCUCCACUUCCUCCACGAGAAUAUGUGGUUCUAAGGUAAGGAAUCUACAAUAUUCCUGUCUCUGCCAACUGCUGUUAAUUAUGAGAUGAGCUGCAGCAGAUGUAAUGACUUAACCGUAGUUGAAUAUUAUUUUUAUACAUACAGCUGAACACCUUGAUCAUGUGCAGAGCCUGGAAGUUGAUGUAAAUGAGCUGUUACAGUUGAUAGCAUGGUUUCAGUUCAUAAGCAUAAUGGCAUAUUGAUAGCCAAUGAGAUGAUUGAUUUGACCUUUUGUUUCCAGGACUUGGCGGACUGAUCCUCAAAGCAGCACAUGCAUAUUAGCAGCUACCUCAAUAGACUGUGAAGGUGUUACCAUGACGGGGAUCUUGGGUCAGGUCCUACUUUGUCAGUAUCUUAUAGAAGUAGUCGGCACUCAGAAAUCCAAAGUCACACAUGUCUGUCGAACAGAUACCAGGUAUCUAUAUUUCUUUUAUUUUUCUUUAGAAUGGCGUGACAUAAUAGAUUAGGUCCAAAUGCAAUGAAGGUCAAGGGCUUGCUAGAGGUAUGAUUCAAUUAUGAAAAACUGGCAUUCUGUUUGUGAAUUGGCUGGCUGCUUGUUAUACGUCACUGCACGAAUUGUUUUGCCCACCGCUACAGCUGUUUCUUCAGAUGUACAGAAAUGUGAUAGAAGCUUUGAUUGCAGUCCUUUUAGUUAAUAAUGAUUAAGUGGUUCUUUCAUGCUACAUGUGAUUUAGAAAAGUAAUUUCAGGCAACCUCCUCAUAAAUCUGCAUAAAGAUUGAACAAUUUUCAGAAGCAGUGCUUCAAGUGUGUGUUGUAAACAUGCAGUCAAUACAGUGGUACCUCUGGAUGCAAAUGGGAUCCGUUCCGGAGCCCCGUUCACAUCCUGAGUAGAGCGUAACCCGUGACUGUGCGGGUCACGAUUCACCGCUUCCAUGCAUGUGUGUGACGUCAUUUUGAGCGCAUGCACAAGCGGUGAAACCCGGAAGUAAUGCGCUCCAUUACUUCCAGGUUGCCGCAGAGUGCAACCGGAAAAUACUUAACCUGAAGCUACUUCAACCCGAGGUAUGACUGUAAUUUUAUAGCACUGGUGGUGGAGGAGGAAUGCCUAAAAUGAAGGGUGGAUUUAAGUGUUGCACUAAUAGCAUUUCUGCUUGCCAGAUGGAACAAUCUGUACUCUCCUCCCCCUGUGCACUGUUCUGUGGGUUCCCCAGAGAGAUUUUGGGGGAGACAUGGGGUGGAAAGCCUUGUUGGAAAGCACUUUGCUGGAAAGCAUAGUUAGCUCAACCUGGCCCAAUAGUCGGGAAGAGAAAUCGUUUUAGACUUUAGUUUUUUUUAACAGGCUGUUUCAUUUAUUGGCAGGGGCCGCACAACUGAAUGGUACAACAGGGCUUUUGGUCACAUGUGUGCUGCAGAACUGGUAAGGAUUAGAGAGUCCUUUAAAACUUCAUCAUACUGAGAGCAAGCCAAAGAUGACAUGGUGCUUUUGGAAGUUAAAUCAAAUGUUUGGUGGCCAAAGCUGAAGUUUACCAGACUUCAUUAUUGUAAUUGAAGCAUUCUAGAACUGUUAAGACAUUUUUAUGCAUUUUAUAAAGUUACUGCUUUUUUAUUAAAAAAUUCUACUGAGAAAAUUAAAUUGUUCAAUAUUACCUAUCAAAAUAAGUUAUUGAAAAAUGAACAUCUUGAUGUUCUAAUAAUGUGUAAAUGUGAGAUUUUAUUUCCCCCCAGAUGCUUUAUAAACUAAAAAUGUGAGAACAAAUGUGUAAUACUUUAGCAGUGCUAUCUGACUAAAGAGAACUCCGCACCUGUGAUGUCUUUUUCUGUUUUUAGCAUUCUAAACUAUUAGGAAUAUAAUGAUCAUAUAGGAAGCUAUGCUGUAUUUAUUGGUUACAGACAUUUAUACUUUUUACAGUGAAGAAACAAUAAGAAAAAGGACGUCUUUUUUCAGUGGAACUUUGUGUUCCAGCACCUCUGAGCUGCGCCCCGAAAGUUGGGGGGGGGGGAGAAACUUGACCUGCACCUUUUAUGGGCUCUAGAAAAUUGCAGGAGGCCUUUGGGGAGGGUCUUCAGCCUAACAGCUGGCAUGGGGAAGUCACUUAGGUGGGGGCCUUGUUAAACUGCUCCACUGAGGUGCAGGCAGCUGCACCCCUCAGCGGAACAGUUUAAAGAAGGCGCCCACCUGUACCUCAGCUGCCUUUGCACAGGCAGGCAGUUGGGACACCUCUUGCUCCUGGGAGGAAGAGAUGGCCUGCCUGUCGCCUGUGUGAAGCAGUUGAGGCAGCCCCGCCAACAGAGCAGCCUCUGGCUUGUGAACAUACAUAUUUUGAACUUCAAUUUGCAGUACACCGCUGUUUUGAAAAUGGAAAAAAGGGUUGUGGGGGUGGGAGGGAAAAGAUAAUAUAUUGAUACUACUGGUACUUCCAGAAUAUAUAUGAUACUUUUAAGUCUGUACAUUCAUUGCAUUUCCUAAAAUACUGUAAUUUAGUGUCAAUUGUGUUUUAUAAGCUCAGACAAUAUACCUUUAAUAAAAAGGUUAAGCACUCA